AUGUCAACACAGGCGCCAACAUUCACACAGCCGCUGCAGAGCGUCGUAGCACUAGAGGGUAGUGCUGCGACGUUCGAGGCUCAAGUUAGUGGUUCUCCAGUUCCUGAGGUGAGCUGGUUCCGUGAUGGCCAGGUUCUUUCAGCCGCCGCUCUGCCCGGCGCUCAGAUCUCGUUCAGCGAUGGCCGCGCUGUUCUGACGAUCCCCGCUGUGACCGCCGCACACAGCGGGCGCUUUUCAGUCAGAGCGACCAACGGCGCCGGACAGGCGACGAGCACCGCCGAGCUCCUCGUUACAGCGGAGACGGCGCCACCCAGCUUCCUGCAGAGACUACAGAGCUCCACAGUGAGGCAGGGCAGCCAGCUGAGGCUGGACGUCAGAGUCGCAGGAAUCCCCACACCUGUGAUCAAGUUCUUCAGAGAGGGAGCCGAGAUCCAAAGCUCGGCCGACUUCAGGAUCGUCCAGGAAGGAGACCUGCACAGUCUGCUGAUCGCCGAGGCCUUCCCCGAGGAUUCUGGGACAUAUUCUGUGACCGCGACCAACAGCAGCGGACGGGCCACGUCCACCGCCGAGCUGCUGGUUCAGGGUGAGGAUCCGGCCGUUCCAGCAAAGAAAACCAAGACCGUGAUUUCAAGCUCUCAGAUUUCUCAGAGCCGUCAGACCAGAGUAGAAAAGAGGAUGGAGGCCAGUUUCCAGGCCUCCUCCAUGAUGGAGAUGCAUGUGGAGGGCGCCGAGCUGAUGCACCAGCUGGCUCACAAAACUCCACCCAGAGUUCCUCCCAAACCAGCAUCCAAGUCCCCGACUCAGUCCUCGCUGGUGGCCCGGGUGGCUGGAGGACGGCAGCAGUCGCCGUCACCUGUCAGACACGUGAAGGCGCCAACGCCGACGCCUGGCAGGCCCGUCUCUCCUUCAAGACUCUCAGUCUCCCCCAUCAGACCAGUGAAGUCCCCAAUCACCGCACACAAGACGAUGGUCACUUCUGCUGACGUCCCGCCGCCCUGGAAGCAGGGGGGCUACCUGGCCGAGGGCAGUUACACCAGCAUGGCCGGCAUGGCCAGCAUGGCCGGCAUGGCCAGUAUGACCAGUAUGACCAGUACGACCAGUAUGACAGGCAUGAGCAGCAGCUCCGUCACCCAGAUGGCCGAGGAGCAGCAUGUCACCACAGUGAAACAGACUCUCAGCUUCGUGUUCAGCAUCGAGUCUCUUCAUCAGCAUCAGUUCAUCUUUUCAUUUGGUCGCCCAAACGUCCGAAUCAUCUGGAACAGCAGACGAGAGUUUGACCCCGAACACGUCGGACUGAAAUAUCAUGUGACCAAAACUUCCACGUCAGCUGGACUCAAACAGCCGCGCUCUCUGAAACACUCGAUGACUUUAUCAGAUGAAGAAGAAGACGAGUCCACGAGAGUCUCGAUCAGACUGAAACCUUCAGACAUCACAGCGUCGCUUCUCUGUGAUGAAGACGUUUCUACGGAUGCUGAGGGAGGGAAAAGAGCCGGGGCGGUGGCCAAGGUGGUGGCCGCCGUAGACCUGGCUCGCGUCCGUCAGCCCGUGCAUGUGGAGGGCGGUCGAGCUGAAGAGGAAGCGGAGGCCGUAGAGGCGGCGAUGAGGCAACAGGCCGAACAACAGUAUCAAGAGAGCUGGACGACAGCCGGAGCGCAGGCUGGACCUGCACUCUGUUGGUUACUCCAGAUUCAGAGAACGACAGAAAUCUCCUCCCAUGUGGACACUGGUCUCGCUCCGUCCCCAGUUCCACAUUUCACAGUUUCAAAAGUUUCGGUCCCAAAACGCGAUUCUAGCUACGAGGUUUCCAUCGCCGGCUCGGCUAUCGCCAACCUGCAGCGAGAGCUUUCCUCGUCCUCCGCCGCCGCUCGAAAGAUCAUCAAGACGGUCAAGUCUCCGAGUCCGUCUCGUGCAGCGACGGAGACCAGAGUGAUGGAGUCCGUCCCUCCGCCGUUCAAAGACUCGGCUGAGAGAUAUCAGAGCCAUUAUGGCGCUGAGUUACAGACGGGGGUGUUGUACUCGGGGGGGACGCAGACAGUGUAUGAGGACUGGGAAGCCCAGGUGGUGGAGGCAGCAGCUGUACCUGCAGCCGGUGAAGGUGUAGUCCCACCAACACUGAUUGCUGGCUUAAAAAACACAAAUGUGACUGAGGGAGAGUCGGUGACCCUGGAGUGCCAGAUCAGCGGUCACCCCGCCCCCGUCAUCAUGUGGUUCAGAGAGGACUACAAGAUUGAGAGCUCCAUCGAUUUCCAGAUUAGCUACGAGGACGGAUACGUGCGUCUGGUGAUCCGCGAGGCGUUUGCUGAGGACAGCGGACGCUUCACCUGCACCGCCACUAACGAGGCGGGAACCGUCAGCACCUCCUGCUACCUGCUCGUCCAGGUGUCUGAGGACAUCGAGAGCAGAGAGGAGAUCGCUGUCGUCACCGAACAUGUUGUAACUGCUCAAGAGAAACUAGUAACUGAAGAAACCAAAGAAGAAACCAUAACCCAGGUGAGCGUGAGUGAGUCAGAGGCCGCUGCCGCUGCCGCCGCUCCCUUCUUUAUCAGGAAACCCAGCAUUCAGAGGCUGGUGGAAGGAGGAAGUGUCAUCUUUGAAUGUCAAGUGGGAGGAAGUCCCAAACCACACAUCAUCUGGAAGAAGAGCGGCGUACCGCUCACCACCGGAUACAGAUAUAAAGUUGCCUACAACAAAGAGACAGGAGAGUGCAGAUUGGAGAUCUCCAUGACCUUUGCCGAUGACGCCGGAGAAUACUCCGUCUUUGCCAAGAACCAGCUUGGAGAGGUGUCAGCCUCUGCAAGUCUGAUGGAAGAAGAGGAAUACGAACUUUACAUGAAGAAACUGGAAGCGGCCUCAAUGACUGAAGUGACCACCAUGGUGCAGGAGCCCCAGGUGGGAGACGUUCCCCCCAUCGUUGUUACAACAAUGGAGCAGAUGACCACCACCAUUAUAUCUGGACAGGAAUUCCAUCUUUCUGCCAUUGAGCAGAGGAUCAUGCAGGAGAUCGAGCUCCGCAUCAUGAUGAUAACCUACAGAGAGAUAGUGAGUGAGGACGGAGAACUGAUAGUGACUGCUGCCCCCACUGAGGCCAUGCAGCCCGCCUUUGACACUCCUGUCAAAAACUACAGGAUCAUGGAGGGAAUGGGUGUCACUUUCCACUGCAAGGUGGCUGGCAUGCCACUCCCCAAGAUUGCUUGGUUCAAAGAUGGCCAGCGUAUCAGGGCCAGUGAUCAUUACCAGAUGGAGGUUCUUCAGGAUGGACGAGCCAGCCUUCGCCUUAGCGUGGUUCAGCCAGAGGAUGAAGGUGUCUAUACAGCCUUUGCUGCCAACAUGAAGGGAAAUGCAGUCAGCUCUGGAAAGCUGUAUGUGGAGUCUUCUGAAGCUGGAGCACCUCAGAGAUACACACCACAGCCAGCAAUGCAGAGGAUCAGGUCCACAUCUCCUCGUUCUCUGAGCCGUUCUCCUGGACGUUCUUCCAGCCGUUCUCCUGGACGUUCUCCUGCCCGCCGACUGGAUGAGACAGACGAAGCUCAGCUGGAAAGACUCUACAAACCCGUGUUUGUCAUGAAGCCUUCCUCAUGUAAAUGCUCUGAGGGGCAAACUGCCAGGUUCGAUCUGAAGGUCGUUGGCAGACCGAUGCCCGACACAUACUGGUUCCACAAUGGACAACAAGUGGUUAGUGACUAUACCCACAAGAUAGUGGUUAAAGAGGAUGGUACUCAGUCCUUGAUUAUUGUCCCAGCCAUGCCACACGACUCAGGAGAGUGGACAGUCGUGGCUCAGAACAGAGCCGGACGGUCGACCAUCUCCAUCACUCUCACAGUUGAUGCUAAGGAAACCUUGGUGCGUCCCCAGUUCAUUGAGAAGCUGAGGAACAUCAGCGUGAAGCAGGGAACUCUGGUUGAACUGGCUGUCAAAGCCAUCGGAAACCCGCUGCCAGAUAUCGUCUGGCUGAAAAACAGCGACAUUAUCAGCCCACACAAGCACCCACACAUCAAGAUUGAAGGAACUAGAGGAGAAGCCAAAUUCCAGAUUCCCUCAACAGCCGGCACAGACAGCGCCUGGUACACGGCUACAGCCAUUAACAAGGCUGGCAGAGACACCACCCGCUGCAGAGUCAAUAUUGAGGUGGACUAUGUCGAGCCUGAACCGGAGAGGAAGCUCAUUAUUCCCAAAGGAACCUACAAAGCCAAAGACAUCGCCCCCCCAGAAGUGGAACCCCUUCAUCUCCGUUAUGGUCAGGAGCAGUGGGAGGAAGGAGACCUUUACGACAAAGAAAAGCAACAGAAACCACAGUUCAAGAAAAAGCUGACCUCUGUCCGAAUGAAGCGUGUCGGUCCGGCUCACUUUGAGUGCAGACUGACCCCAAUCGGUGACCCCACUAUGGUGGUGGAGUGGCUGCAUGACGGCAAACCUCUGGCAGCUGCUAACAGGUUGCGCAUGGUCAAUGAAUUCGGCUACUGCAGCCUCGACUACGAUGCUGCUUACGCUAGAGACAGCGGUGUCAUCACCUGCAGAGCUACUAACAACUUUGGAGUGGACCAGACCUCAGCAACCCUGGUCGUCAAGGAUGAGAAGGGUCUUGUUGAGGAAUCUCAACUUCCUGAAGGCAGGAAGGGAGCACACAGAAUUGAAGAAAUUGAGCGCAUGGCACAUGAGGGCGGACCCUAUGGUGUCACUGCUGAGGAGGAGACUGAGAAAAUGAAACCUGAGAUUGUCCUUGUACCUGAACCAACCAGUGUUAUGGAAGGUGAAACAGCCCGAUUCCGCUGCAGAGUGACCGGUUAUCCAUCACCCAAGGUUAACUGGUCCAUCAACGGUCAACUUAUCCGCAAAAGCAAGAGAUACAGACUUCGGUAUGAUGGUAUUUACUACCUGGAGAUUGUUGACGUCAAGUCCUAUGAUUCAGGAGAGGUCAAGGUUGUUGCAGACAACAACCUGGGCACAGCCGAGCACACUGUGAAGCUGGAGAUUACGCAGAAAGAAGACUUCAGGACUCAUCUUCGUAAGGCCCCUGAGGCAAAGGCACCUGAGGCCGUACCUGAAACUGGAAGAACACCAUUUGAGGUGGUGAAGGUUGAGAAACCUGCAGACGACGCUCAACUGAAAGAAGUGGUCAAGCUGAAGAAGGUCCAUAGAAUCGUCCAUGAAAAAUCCACGGAGGAGUCGGAGGAGCUGAGGAGUAAGUUCAAACGCAGGACAGAGGAGGGCUAUUACGAGUCCAUCACUGCAGUGGAGCUCAAGGCACGCAAGAAGGAUGAGUCCUACGAAGAUCUGCUGAAGAAGACGAAGGACGAACUGCUUCACCGCGCUAAGGAAAAGGAGGAGGCUGAGAAGAGGAAGGAGGCGGAGAGCCAACUUACUGCUACACCACUCAAACCAGAGAGGGUUAAGCUUUCAGCCAGCAUGGAGGCUCCUAAGAUCAUGGAGCGUAUUACCAGCCAGACAGUCGCACAGGGUGACGAAGUAAAGUUCAGAGUCCGAGUUGUCGGCAGACCUGAUCCUGAGUGCCAGUGGUUCAAGAACGGCGUUCAGCUGGAGAAGUCUGAGCGUGUUUAUUGGUUCUGGCCUGAAGAUCAUGUGUGUGAGCUGGUGAUCAGAGAUGUCAGAGCAGAGGAUUCUGCUAGCAUCAUGGUUAAAGCCGUGAACAAAGCCGGAGAGACUUCCAGCCAUGCUUUCCUGCUGGUGCAAGCAAAGCAAGUCAUCAGCUUCACAGAGAAACUGGUGGACAUCAGCGCCAAGGAGAAGGACACCAUGGCUACCUUUGAGUGUGAAACCAACGAGCCUUUCGUCAAAGUCAAAUGGAUGAAGAAUAACGUGGAGAUCUCCUCUGGAGACAAAUACAGGAUGCACUCUGACAGGAAGGUUCACUUCCUGUCUGUGCUGGCGAUUGGAAUGAAGGAUGAUGCAGAAUACACCUGCCAGGUUAUAGAUGAUGAUCUGAUCAAGACAACUGCCAAGCUUAAUGUUGAAGGAGAGCCAUUGUCGAUUGAGAAGCAGCUGGAAAGCACCGAGGUGCCAGAGACGUAUUCAGCAGAGUUUGAGUGUGUCGUGUCUCGUGAGGACAGUGAGGGCAGCUGGUUCUUUGGUGAGAAGCGUCUCACUGCAGGUAGUAAAUACGUCAUUGCCUCCCGCCGUGGACGACACAACCUGUCUGUCAAGGACGUGAAGAAGGAAGACCAAGGAAAAUAUACAUUCAAAGUGGGCGAGCUCAAGACAAGUGCUUCAUUGAAGAUGAAAUUGCGUCCCGUGACGUUGAUGCAGCCUCUGACUGACCUGACCGUCUGCGAGGGCGACAUCGCACAGAUGGAGCUCAGGUUCUCCCAGGAGAACGUUGAAGGAACUUGGAUGAAGAAUGGGGAGCCCAUCUCUGCCUCGAACCGCGUGCAUAUUGUUAUUGACAAACAGAUCCACAAACUCCUGAUUGAAGACACCAACAAGGAUGACUUUGGGAUGUACUCCUUUGUGGUUCCUGCUCAGGAGAUCUCAACCACAGGGAAGCUGACCAUUCAGGUUAUUGGCAUCCUGACCCCACUGAAGGAUACAAAUACUAUGGAGGGCACCAAGACUGUCCUGGAGGCCAAGAUCUCCGCUCAGGACGUCAGCUCGGUUAAAUGGUAUCACAAUGACAAACCGAUGGCCGCUAGUGACCGAGUCCAGAUUGUGUCAAAGGGAGCCAAGCAGCGCCUUGUCUUCACAAGGACCUACGCCUCCGAUGAGGGUCACUACAAGCUGGUGGUUGGCCGAGCCGACACCAGCUGCAAACUGUCUGUUCAGUCUGUUCAGAUCUUGACCCCAAUGAAGGACAUCGAGUGCUCCGAGUCCGAGAACGUCACUUUCACAGUCGAGGUUUCUCACGCGACCGAUGCUUUCUGGACCUUCAAGAAGCAGCCGCUCAAAGCCAGCGCCAAGUACAGGAUGGAGUCCAAGAACAAGCGCCACACGCUGACAGUCGUACACACAAUGAAAGAUGAAGAGGGCGAGUACAUGUUCGCCGCCGGUGAGAAGACGUGCAGUGGGAAGCUCACUGUGUCAGGUGGCGCUAUCAAGAAGCCUCUGCACGAUAUGAUGGUGGCCGACUCCCAGACCGUCGUGCUGGAGUGUGAAGUAGCCAACCCAUCCUCAGAGGGCAAGUGGCUGAAAGACGGAGAGCCCAUCGACUUCAAUGAGAACGUGAUAAGUGAGGUGAACGGUGCCGUCAGACGCCUCGUUAUCGUCAUCACCAAAGCCACCAACAUCGGAGAGUACACCUAUCAGGUCGCCAGCUCCAAGACCUCGGCCCACCUGAAGGUUGAAGCUGUGAAGGUGAAGAAGACCCUGAAAAACCUGAAUGUGGUGGAGACUCAGGAUGCUGUGUUCAGCCUGGAGCUGACACACAAGGAUGUGAAGGGAGCACAGUGGGUCAAGAAUGGCGUCGAAAUCCCACCCAGCGAAAAAUGUGAAAUCAUCUCCGAUGGCACAGUCCACACCCUGAAGAUCAAGAACUGCAACACACACGACGAGUCGGUUUAUUCUUUCAGGCUUGGGAAACUGUCAGCAAACGCCAGGCUGAACGUUGAAACGAUCAAGAUCCUGAAGAAGCCGAAGGACGUGACAUCACUGUUGGGAGCGACUGCCGUGUUCGAGGUGGAGAUCUCUGAGGAAGACAUCCCCAUAAAAUGGAUGUACAAGAAAACCGAGCUGAAGGACAACGACCACUACAAGAUGGUCUCUGAGCACAAGACCCACAAACUGAUUGUCCAGGAUGUGGACAACAGCAAAGAGGGAGAGUACGUCGCUGUGGUGGGCCAUCUCCAGUGCAGUGCUCACCUCACCGUCGAGGCUCUGAAAGUCAGCAAACCCAUGAAGAACACCGAGGUUCCUGAAACACACUCGGCCACAUUCGAGUGUGAAGUUUCUCACUUCAACGCACCGGCCUCCUGGCUGAAGGACGGCGUGGAGAUCGAGAUGAGCGAGAAGUUUAAGAUCGUGGUUCAGGGGAGACUUCAUCAGCUGAAGAUCAUGAACACGAGCAAAGGCGACUCUGGAGAGUACACCUUCGUCUGCGGGAACGACCGCGUCUCCGCUACGCUAACCGUUAACCCGAUCCUCAUCACGACGAUGCUGCAGGACAUGGACGCUCAGGAGAAAGACUUCAUCACCUUCGAGGUUAACGUCAACUACGAGGAAAUCACGUACAAAUGGCUGAAGAACGGCGUGGAGAUCCGCUCCACCGACAGAUGCCAGGCUCGCUGCAAACAGCUGACUCACACUCUGAGCAUCAGGAACGCUCACUUUGGAGACAGCGCUGAGUACACCUUCAAGGCCGGCUCUGCAGUCACGUCCUCUAAGCUCCAUGUUGAGGCCCGCGUGAUUGAAUUCACCAAACACCUGAGAGACCUGAGCAUCACGGAGAAGAAGAGAGCCACCUUUGAAUGUGAAGUUUCUGAGCCGAACAUCCAGAUGAUUUGGAUGAAGGACGGUCAGGAGCUGGAGAUGUCUGACAGACAUAAAAUGGUCACAGAUAAUUUCACGCACCAGCUGGUGUUGGCGUCAGUCCGCCUGUCCGAUGCCGGAGAAUACACCGCCGUGGCCGGAUCCAGCAUGUCCAAGGCUCAGCUGGGGGUCGAGGGGCGGGACAUCAGAAUCACUGAGCCCCUCAGCAGGGACAUCACUGUUAUCGAGAAGCAAAGAGCGACCUUCGAGUUCGAGGUGGACGAGGACGACGUGGAGGGCCGCUGGAUGAAGAACGGCUCAGAGAUCGAUUUCUCUGUGGAGGAGCGGUUCAGCUACAUCUCCAUCAGGAAGCUGCACCGCCUCACCGUCGCUGAGACCUACAGGAGCGACGCCGGAGAGUUCACCUUCUUAGCCGGCAGGAACCGAAGCUCCAUGACCCUUCACGUCAGACUCCCCGAGCCUCCGAAGAUCGUGCGUCCCAUGGAGUCUCAGACGGUGACGUCGGGGAAGUCGGUUCGUUUCACGGUGAAGGUGAGCGGCGUCCCCCCUCCUCAGGUGUCCUGGUACAAAGACUCUCAGGCUCUGGCCUCCGGAUACAAGUGCAAGUUCCUCCACGACGAAGACGAGCACACGCUGCUGCUGCUGGAGGUUUUCCCCGAGGACGCCGCCGGCUACAGCUGCAAGGCGCACAGCGACUUCGGAGAGGCCAUGAGCUCCGCCUCUCUGACCGUGGAAGUUCCUGAAGUCAUUGAAACUGUUCGGGUUUCUCCUCCGGUCAUCAUCACACCGCUGCAGGACGUUCUGGUCAAAGAGGGAUUCCCCGCUCUGCUGCAGUGCCACGUCUCCGGGGAAGACCUGCAGGUUUCCUGGUUCUCGAAGGACAGAGAAGUCAGGCAGUCAGACAUCUUCAGGAUGUCUCAUUUGGGAGGAACCUGCCAGCUGGAGAUCUCCGGCGUCCUCCCUGAACACGAGGGAGAGUUUUCAUGUCUUGCCACAAAUUCGGCAGGAAUGGUCACAUGUGCUGCGACCCUGAAUCUAGACGACCGCAGUGUUGAGUUUACUGAGUCUGUCUCUGAGAGUUCCUCCGCGUCUUGGAGGAUGGUUGAGAUUCAGAUGGAGAGUGUGAGCUCGGUGGAGAUGAGCUCUGAGAGCAGCUGUCAGAUCAAACUCUCAGCCAGCCCCAAACUGCUGAUGGAAAUGAGCGAUGUCCGCGUGAAAAGCGGCGAGAUGGCUGAGUUCAGCUGCUCGUUUGAUGGGCAGCCCUUCACGGCUGUGGUUUGGGAUCAUAAUGGCCAGAGCUUGGUGGACACGGAGCGGGUGAGGAGCUCUCAGAGCGGGGGUUUGUUGUCCCUGCUCAUCCAGGCUGUUGGCGUGGCGGACCAGGGCUUGUAUUGCUGCACCGCCACCAACCAACAUGGCCAGAACAGCUCCUCUGCCCGGCUCACUGUUGAAGCUAAAGAAGCAAAUCUCAAAGCAGAAACCCCCAUCCCUACCGAUUCUGUACGUAAAGUGUCUCAGGCAGACAGGGAGGCCGCGAGAGAUCCCCCCGAACAAGACAAGCAAGAGGCAACGGAGAAGCCGGAUCCCUCACCUCUCUCUUCCAAGAGACCUCAGAGCCUCAUCAGCCAGCUGUAUUUCCCUGACGUCAUACCUCACGAUAAGCAAAGCCACGGCCUCUCCAGCUGCCCCGACUUCCUGAUUAAACUGCCCCCUGAGCUGCUGAUCAGAAACAAAGAUGGCGGCUCCCUGUAUUGCGUUAUGAACGGGGAUCUUACUCCAUUUGUCAUUUGGCUUUACAACCGGUUGAAUGUUGAGGAUUCGGUGUCUUACUCUCUGAAACACGACGGCCCCCUGUGCUGUAUGAAUGUUAACAAUGUGGGAACCAGACAAAGGGGCUCUUACACUUGCAAAAAUGUGAGCUCAGCUGAGGAAGCUGAGUGCAGCACAGUGAUGAAAGUAUCUGCAGUGGAGAAGGAACAGGUCCAGGAAGUGAAAGUCUUCUCUAGCUCUGCCAUCACAGUGGAAGAGGAAAUCCAGGAGUCUUACUACACCAGCCUAAAAUUAUCAGAUAAAACCAGAACACUUGAACUCAAACCAGAGUCCAAACGCUACUCCAGCUCUUUGGAGAAGAAAAAAGAAAAGCCAGUUUUCCUCAGUGAACUUUCUCCAGCAGCUGUGACUGUUGGAGAAACCGCAAUGUUUACCGUUAAAGUGUCCGGUUUCCCAAAGCCGACCGUCCAGUGGUUCCAUAACGGCCAGAGUAUAACCAGCUCAUCUCUGUAUGAAUUCAUUCAGGAGCAAGAUGAGUACAGCUUGGUCAUCAACAAAGUUGAAAGACAGUUUGAAGGAGAGUACAGCUGCACUGUCAGCAACAGGUUUGGCCAGUCGACUUGCACUUCUUAUCUGCAUAUUCAGGUGAAGGAACCAGAAAAAGAGGACAAAGCAGACAGGAGGACAUUUGUGCCAACUGGUAAACCUCCAGAGUUCACAAAAACUAUAGAGUCUGUUCAGCUGUCUGAAGGAAGUCAGGCUUUCUUCAGGUACAUUGUGACUGGAGAUCCUCUCCCUGAGAUUCAGUGGCUCAAAGGCAGCUUCCACAUGCAGCCAACCGGGUUCUGUAUCGUUGUGAACAACCCAGACGGAUCAGGCUUUAUUCAUAUUAAGAGUGUAAAACAGGGGGACAGUGGUGUCUACACCUGUAAGGCCUCCAACCAAUUUGGGGAAGCCACUUGUACCGCUGAGCUGCUGGUGUUCAGAGAGGAAGUUCAGGAAGAAUUAGUCAAGAAAACCUCAGGUUUGAAAAUAUCCCUGACCGAACAAACGACCAAAUCCAGAUUAUACCAGGAAAGAAGUCGGUCUGAUCAGAUGAUUUAUACCAUCGGUACUGAAGACAGGCAGAUUAUUGCCAGUGAGGAGGUAGGAACCCUCAGAGAGCUGGAUGUCUCCGCUGCCUCCAUUCAUCGAGAGCAGUUAACCCACCAGGCAGCAGUGCUGCAGUCUCAUGAGAUACAGGAGAGGGUUUCUUUGGGUCCUAGCCAACCGCCGCAGGUCUCAGCUGUUCCUAUGAAACAGCUUCACAUGGCGACUUUCUUAUCUUCAGUCCAGGAGAGACAAAAGAUCACUGAGCAGCAUUCUGAACGCAUUGUCAGCCCAGAAGUAGUCGAACUCGAGUUAGUCAAAGAGCAGUCAGCUAAGCUCAUGUCGGCCACAUCUGAAGAGGUUGUGCCGCUCUCCACAGUGCGAGCUGAGGCCUUAAUGGACCAGACUCCAGAACAUUUGAAGACCUUCACUGAACCCAGGCAGCUUGUUAGCGGUCACCUAGUAGAGUCUGCUCUACCCAUCCUUGAUGAAACUUCAGUUAUCACCCACAGACCAGAGGAAGAGAAGAGUUUCAGAGUCACAGAGGGGGUUAAAAUUUUAUACUCAGCUCAGUCUACGGGGCAACUGCCAAUCACAGAAAGACAUUCAGAGCCUCUGCCAACCUUAGCAGCAGCUACCAAACCCCUGGCAGAGAAAGAGCAACCGAAGCCUGUUGUAGCACCAAUGAGUGAAAGGAGAGUGGUUUUAUCCAAAGAGCAGACUUUUGAAACACAAAGACCAGCACAAGAGAGUAUCACUCCAUGCAAAGACAUGCACUAUAAGUUAGCUGUAACCGCCGAAGAGAAGUACGAGCUCCGGGGUGAACAGGCUGGACAGGUGGCAGGUAUAGCAUCUUCCAUGAGUCUGCAGCCUCAGCGAGUGGGAGAAACACUCCUGAAUCUGCAGGUUAUCAGCAAUCAGGAUGUUUUACAGUCUGAGUGUAGGUUCAGCAGUGAAAAGCCCCCACCAGAGCAGGCAGAUUCAAGGAAGAGUCCUGCUUUGUUGCAUUCAGUGACUCAGGAAGAUCAAAGGACUGUGGUUUGUGAGGGAACGUCAGAGUUCUCAGCAACAAUUAAUGCAGAGUCUGUUCAACCAAAGAAAGAAUUACCACCAGCAAAGUACCUCCAGUCAAUUCACUCUGUCUCAGUUUUACCAAAGGAAGGCAUACUCUCAGUCACUAAACCUGACCAGCAGGUGAUAACGCAGAAGCAGGAAAAGUUUAGGAGGCAUGCAGCCACCUCAGAAGAGAGAAGGGAGAUCAUAGCUGACUCCUGCAAAGAUGUGGAUGCGUCGGUGACCGGGGUUCAGUCACAGCUUCGAACUGAGCCCAGGCCUGUGAGCAUCCUCACGACCUCCACACAGCCUUUGCAACUGCCAAAGGAGACGCCUUUCAUCACAGAUGCCAAGCAGCAGCGAGCCCUUGUCCAGAAAGAGGAUUACUGGAAUAUCAUGCAUUCAGUGAAUGUCACAGACUCUCAGACUCUGGAGGAGGGUCACACCACCAGCCUCAAAACUGAUGAACAAUUGAAGCCUGAGAUGAAAAUUGAGCCCAAGAUCCCAAAAAGGCCUAUUUUUAUAGAAGAGAAGGCAGUUGCUACUGAAGGUUGUACUGUCUUGGAAGCUGCUGAGCAGGACUUUGCAGUCCAAAUCCAGGAGGGCCAGUCAGUUAGACAGUCAGUGCUGCUAGAAGAAAAACAGGUCAUUAUUGGAGAGCAGUCCAGUGAGAUACAUAAAUCUGAGGGCUCAACUGUGAGCUUCAUGACCCAGCCAAAAGGAGUUAUGUUUGUCCACGAGUCUCUGGAGUCCCAGACUCUACCCAAAGAACUCAACUUUGUCAUUCAGAUCCCAAAACCAUCGAGUCUGAAUAUACGGCAUCAACUCAGAGAUGCUCUUCAAUCUGCUGUGGCAAGUGAACAGCGGGUGUUACUGGCUGAUGUUGUAGGAAGGUUAAAUGUGGUGGAGGUACAGGAAGUGAAGGUUCAGAGAGAGGCCAAACAGGUCACACAUACUUACCUGAUCACAACACCUGGUGCCCCCAUGGAGAUCACACUGUCUUUUGAGGGUAAAUACCCCCAGACAGCUGACCUCAGGUCAGAACUCCAGGUAGCUCUGCAUGCUAUGGUAUCCCAGGAGCAGCAAAGUCUUACAUCCGAGCUGCCAGGCACCAUGCAGAUUGACAAGCCUCAGAAAGCACUGGUCAGCUCUGCGCUUUCCAAAGAGGUGUUGUCAUCAGUGGUGGACACAUUAACGGUAGCAGAGAGUGCAGUCAGGUUUCCUGCAAGUGAAUAUCAAUCUGCUGAUAUCAAGAUGGAGGCUAGUGCUUCCUUCCAAAGUGCAACAGUUCAAACUCGGUCAGAGAUUCAUGAGUCUAAGCAGAUCAGCAGGAAGACGGUGAGGUCAGAGAGGGACGCUGCUGCUUCUGAAGUGACCGCCACAGUGCGUGAGGGCAAGAUUCAUGUUGAGCAACAUGUGGACAUUUCUGUCCACAGAGAAACCAGAGAGGAAUAUCUUUCAGAGGCAAUUAUGAUCAGUGAGUCCUCAGACAGUUUGGUAGAUUAUCCUGUUGUUGUUGAUGCUUUGGAAGAUCUUUGUACAGAGGCAAAUGGCAAGGCUGUAUUUACUACCUCCAUAAAGUAUGCAACAAAAGUCAACUGGUUUUUUAACGGACAACUGGUGAAAUCUGGCAAAGAGUUCAAGUGUUCUAAAGAUAAUGAGACAUACACACUAGUUAUCGACAAAGUUGUGAAGGAGAAACAUCAAGGAGAAUAUGUCUGUGAGGCUGAGAAUGAAGCUGGCAAGACUACAGCGUCUACAAGACUCAAAGUGGUCUCAAGAGUGAAACCUGUGUUCAGGCACAAAAUUGUCCCUGUGGAGAUCAAUGUUGGCAGCCCUGCAAUGUUUGAAUGUGAAACUGAGGAUGCCCCAAAUGUGGUCUUCAAGUGGUCCAAAGAUGGACAACCCAUCAAAGAUGGUGAUAAAUGCAGGAUUAUCAGUCGUGUCAGCACUUCUUCACUGGAGCUUCUGAGCCCAAACAAAGAUGACAGUGGAGAAUACUCUUGCAAAGCAUCCAAUCAGCAUGGCAGUGAUGAGUGCUCCGCCUCUCUCAGAGUGACAGAACAAUUCCCUCCUGCCUUUAUAAGUAAACCUGACCCUCAAACUGUAUAUGUUGGAAAGAGGGCAGUGAUACAGUGUGAAAUAACAGGAUCUGCUCCUCUGAAUGUUGCCUGGCUCAAAGACAGCCAGGCCAUAACCAAAGAGCAGACACACUGCCAGAUGUUGUGUGAAAAGAAUAAACACACUCUUGAGAUAACCAAACUUGAGCCAGCUGACCGUGGCCUUUACAUCUGCAAAGUGUCCAAUAAUGUUGGGACAGCUGAGUGCAGCAUGGAGCUGAAUGUUAUUGACAAACCCAACUUUGUAAAGCCCCUGGGUCAAGUUGCUGCUGUGGUUGGAGCUCCUCUACACCUGGAGUGUCAGGUGGAUGAGGACACUGGAGUUACUGUCACCUGGACCAGAGAUGGUCGAAAGGUCCACCAGUCCCCGGACUGUAAACUGUCUUUUGAGGAUAAGACAGUUAUUCUUGAUAUCCCAAAGACCACACAGAAAGAUUGGGGCAAUUAUAUUUGUACGGUGACAAAUGAAGCGGGGAGUGCAACUUGUUCCACCUCGGUGAAGGUACAAGAGCCACCAGUCUUUGUUAAGAGGCUGGAAGCCACCACAGUUUGGAAGCAAGGCAGCACCACGCGCCUGCAGUGCACCAUCAAAGGAUCUCCUGAACUUCACACUAGCUGGUUCUUUAAUAACAAGCAGCUGUCUGCUGGUGGCAGAUAUGGUCUCUGUCUGAAGGAUGGUCUUGCCACUCUUGAGAUACAGGAUGUCACACUGAGUGACAGUGGAAACUACACCUGUGAGGUUCUCAAUGAGUCUGGGUGUGAAAGCUGCAGCACUAAUGUUACAGUAAAAGAACCACCAUCUUUCAGAAAGGAGUCACCCUCUGUAGAGGCAGUUAGAGGAUCUGUAACUGUGUUGGAAUAUGAGAUUACAGGGUCUGCACCAUUCAAGGUAGCCUGGAAAAAGAAUAAAAAACCCCUGUCCGCAGAUAAGAAAUACCGAGUUGUGUCCCAGGGAUCCUUGGCCUCUCUGGAGAUCAGGUCUUUUGAGAGCGGUGACGCUGGUGAAUACGAAUGUGUCGUAUCAAAUGAGGUCGGGUCAGUAACCUCAAAGUCUGUAGCUAAACCAAAAGAACCACCUAUGUUCUCAAAGAGGAUUGAGAGUGCCACUGCAGUGUUGGGAAGCACAGUGAAAGUACAGGGAACGAUAAAAGGCUCAGCUCCCAUCACUGUCAAAUGGAUGAAGGACUCUGAAUUGCUGAGAGAUGAUGAUCCAAAUGUCAAAAUGACAUUUGAGAACAACAUCGCCAGCAUUUCCUUCUCAUCUGUUGAAACAAAGCAUAGUGGCAAGUACACUUGUCUGGCAGAAAAUGAGGCAGGACAGCAGAAAUGUGAAGCUGUCUUGACAGUUCAAGAACCUGCUAGGAUCUUAGAGAAAGCCGCGUCCAUCAGCGUAACAGCAGGAGAUUCUGCCACGCUGGAGUGCGUCAUUUCUGGAACCCCACAACUCAAAGUGAAAUGGUUUAAAGAUGACAAAGAGAUGAUCAGUGGCCGGAAAUAUAAAAUGACAGUGAAGGAAAACACUGCCACGCUAAAGAUUCUGGCAGCAGAUAAAGGAGACACCUCAGAGUACAAGAUGGAGGUGUCCAAUAAAGUUGGAAAAGACGAGUGCACCUGCUCAGUCACUGUUCUCGACCGCGCAGUUCCACCAUCCUUCAGCAGACCUCUAAAGAAAGUGGAUGCAAAUAUUGGUAGUAAUGUUACCUUGGAGUGCAGAGUUGCUGGAUCUCAGCCGAUGGUUGUUUCUUGGUACAAAGCUGAUAAAGAGCUCCACAGUGAUGGCAAAUAUAAGCUUGAUUUCAGUGAGAGCAAAGCCUCUGUGACGAUAACCAGCCUGGAGCAAAGUGAUGGUGGAGUUUAUACGUGCCGGGCUUCUAAUGAUGCCGGGCAUAAAGAGACCAGUGGUACCUUAUCCAUUAAAGAGCCUCCAGUCUUCACAGUGAAACCUGAAUCACAUGACACUUCCCCGGGAUCAAAUGUUGUCUUAAAAUCAGCCUUUUCAGGAUCGGCUCCUCUGGUUGUUAAAUGGUUCAGAGAGGAGAAAGAGCUUUUCACUGGUGGAAGAUGUUUCAUAAAGAAAGAUGCCUCUUCAAGCUCCUUGGAGCUUCACUCUGUGAAACCCAGUGACUCGGCUAAAUACACAUGCCAAGUGUCCAAUGAUGCUGGGAAGGUGGAUUGCACUGCCGACCUCUUUGUGAAAGAAGCCCCAACAUUUACUAUGAAGCUCGAGCCUUCACAGCUGCUGAAAACCGGACAGCCUCUGAAGCUGUCCUGCAAAGUGCACGGCACCCCCGUCAUUAGCAUCACAUGGUUUAAAAACGGAGAGGAAAUAAGUUCAGACCACAGACACACAAUGUCUUUCGACAGCUCAAUAGCGACUCUGGAGGUGGAGGAUUGUUGUGUAGAGGAUAGUGGAGAUUACGUCUGUGUGGCGUCCAGCGAGGCCGGCAGAGACAAGUGCAGCAGCUCAGUUCUGGUGAAAGAGCCUCCAAAGUUUCUGAGGUCUUUUGAAUCAGCUGAGAUUGUAAAGGGAUCCAACAUUAUCUUAGAGGGAGCCAUUUCAGGCUCUGCUCCAUUUGAAAUAACUUGCUUCCUCAAUGGCAAGCAGAUCAGAAACGACAAAAAGCAUUUGAUCGGUAUCGAGAACGACACUGUCACUCUUCAGAUCUCAAACUUUGAGAGUGGAGAUGAUGGGAUGUACCAGUGCACUGUUGCAAAUGAUGUUGGAGAGACAUCUUGUUCUUGCCAGAUUUCACUGAAAGAACCACCAACAUUUGUUCAGAGACUAGAGGAUAUGAGCUGUAUGCUGGGCUCUGAGAUCUCUAUGAAGUGUAUGUUGUCUGGGUCGCUUCCCAUGACUUUCUCCUGGAUCAAGGAUGAUCACGAGCUCACAGAGAGUGAGCACAUAAAGAUGUCCUUUGAAACCCAAAGUGCUGUGUUGAAUUUGAAAAAAGCUCAAUUAUCACACAGCGGGAAAUAUUUCUGUCAGGCACAGAACAAAGCCGGGACUCAGCGAUGUGCUGCUGUGCUCAUUGUCACAGAGCCAGCAAAUAUUUUAGAACAUGCAAAGUCCAUCAGUGUCACCCAGGGCGACCCGGCCAGGCUGCAAUGCAGAUUCUCAGGCACCAAACCUGUCAAGUCCAGAUGGAUGAAGGCGGGAAAGGAGCUAACCUCAGGCCAGAGAUACAAAGUAGAACGCACAGACACCAGCUCUGUGCUCAAGAUUAUUAAAACAGAGAAAAGAGAUAGUGGUGAAUACACCUUUGAGGUUUCAAAUGAGUCUGGGUGCAGUUCCUGUGAGGCAGCAGUUACUGUCUUGGAUCAGAUAAUCAAACCAACUUUUACAAGAGAACUGAAGGAGACAGAAGGUAUCAAAGGAUCUUUCAUUGAUCUUGAGUGUCUUGUAUCUGGCACACUGCCGAUGACGAUACAGUGGUACAAAGAUGACAAAGAGAUCCAGACUGAUGAGAAACACAAAUGCUCGUUCUUUGAAAAUGUUGCUUUUCUGGAGAUCACUCGUCUGGAGAGUAAAGACGGUGGAAACUAUUCCUGCAUGGCUACGAACAAAGCAGGAUCUGUCCAGUGCUCUGGGAGGUUGUCUGUUAAAGAACCUCCAUGCAUACUUGAAAAGCCUGAAUCCAUGAAUGUUUUGCCUGGCUCAAAGGUUAAGUUAAACGUUUGUGUCUCCGGCACGCCACCAAUGACCAUCCGAUGGUUUAAAAACAAGAAAGAGAUUUUAUCCAGCGAAGACUGCUCUGUGAUCAGAGACAACACCUCGAGCACACUGGAGCUCUUCUUUGCCAAAGUCUUUGAUUCUGGAGUCUACAUCUGUGAAAUUCAGAAUGAUGUUGGCUCCACUUCAUGCCAGGCAACACUCUUUGUAAAAGAGCCCCCCUUUUUCACUGAGAAACCUAAAGGUGUUGCAUUAGUGAAAGUAGGAGACAGUCAUGUGUUUAAGUGCACGGUUGCUGGUACUCCAGAGAUCUCUGUGCAUUGGUUCAGAGACGGAUCCGAGAUUCACCAAAGUGACAAAUACAAGAUAUUGUUUUUCAACUCUGUUGCCAACUUAGAGAUUUGUCAAGUUUGUGAAAAUGACAGCGGGAAAUACUUCUGUGAGGCCCGCAGUGAAGCAGGCACAGAGAGUUGCACUGUUGAGCUAGAAGUUAAAGAGCCUCCUUCGUUUGUUGAUUGGAUGACGUCUCUUGAGGUUGUUAAAGGUUCUACAGCAGUGUUUGCUUGUCGAGUGGCAGGAAGUGCUCCGUUCAAGGUUGCAUGGUUCAAAGAUAACAAGCCAGUCAAAUCCAGUCAAAAGUAUUUCAUAGUUGAGAGUGAAAAUGUCAUCUUGAAAAUCCAGGACUGUGAAGUGCAGGAUGUUGGUAGUUAUCAGUGUGUGGUUUCCAACGAGGUUGGAAGCUGCUCUGACUCUGCAGCUUUAUCCAUGAAAGUCCCUCCGACUUUUAUCAAGAAGAUAGAAAAUGUCUCCACUGUUUGGGGCAAUGUCGCAGUCUUUUGCUGCAGCGUGGAAGGUUCUGCGCCUCUUUCUGUACAAUGGCAAAAAGAUGAGAAUUGGAUCUCAGAGGAUCCAAAGAUUGAGAGAAGAUUUGAGAACAAUAUGGCCACUCUCAGAAUUCCUGCCUGUGAGGCGAACCAUGGCGGGAAAUACACUUGCCAGGUGGUAAACGAGGCUGGGCAGGACAAAUGCUUUGCCACCCUCACAGUGCAAGAACCACCUAUGAUCAAAGAGAAGCCAGACGUAGUCAAAGUGACUUGUGGAGAUCCAGUUAGUCUUGAGUGCAGAGUAACUGGAACUCCUGCAAUUGUUGUAAGAUGGAGCAAAGAUGGCAGAGAGCUCCAGUCAAGUAGAAAAUAUAAUCUUUACUACGAGAACAAUGUCAGCAGUCUGAACAUUCAGUCCUCUCAACUGGAAGACAGCGGAGAAUACCUGCUUGAAGCCACAAACUCUGUUGGAGGCUGUAGUUGUAAAGUCAAGCUGGUUGUUUUAGAAGGCAUAAUUCCUCCAACAUUCAUGAGGAAACUAACAAAUAUACAAGCAAUUAUGGGCUCAGUGGUUACAAUGGAGUGCAAAGUGGCUGGUUCUCUUCCAAUAUCAGUUGAAUGGAACAAAGGAAAACAAAAGAUCACCAAGAGCUCCAAGUAUAAACUCCUGCACAUUGAAAACAGUGUCUCGCUGGAGUUGACACUGGCUGAGAGUACUGAUACAGGAGAGUAUUCCUGUAAAGUUACCAACCAAGCAGGCAGCGAUUUGUGUUAUGGAGUUCUUACAGCUCAAGUGCCACCAACGUUUGUAACUGAGCCUGAGUCUCAGACUGUUGUUCCAAAGUCUACUGUACUCUUCAGGAGUGUCUUUGAGGGAACACCUCCAUUUACAGUGAAAUGGUUCAAGGAUGAUGUCGAACACAUCACUGGGCUAUUGGGUACAAUAAGACUGGAGAAAUAUUCUUCCUCUUUAGAGCUUUACUCAGUCGGGACUCUGCAAAGUGGGAUUUAUUCUUGCCAAGUUAGCAACGAAGCAGGCACAGUGAAAAGUACCGCAGAGUUGUUGGUGACAGAACCUCCUCAGUUUGUCCUCAAACUGCCUCCGAAUACCUUUGUGAAGCAGUGUGAAGGACUCCGUCUCGAGUGCAAGGCCACCAGCGCACGUUCAUUGAAUAUGUGCUGGUACAAAAAUGACCAAAAGAUAACUGACGGAGGAAACUAUAAAACAAUGUUUGUUGACUCGACUGCAUACCUGCAGCUGCGCAGCUCAAGGUUUGAGGAUAACGGAGUCUACACAUGUGAGGCACAUAAUGAUGCUGGCAGUGCAAGCUGCAGCACCGUUCUCACGGUUCAAGAGUCCCCAUCCUUUAUUAAAACUCCAAACCCAGUGGAGGGUAUUAUUGGGAAAGAUGCCAGCCUGCACUGUGAGAUGUAUGGCUCUCAACCUUUCCAGGUGAACUGGUACAAAGACAAAAGGCCACUGAAGGAGAGCAGGAAAUAUAAGAUGGUCAGUGAGGGCAGCUCUGCCUCUCUCCACGUAAUGAAACUGGAGCAAGAAGAUGCUGGUCUUUAUGAGUGCAGGGUUUCAAACAAUGUAGGAAGUGAGCACUGCCGCGCUGCCAUUAGCCUGAAAGAACAACCAGCAUUUGUCAAGAAACUGGUCGACCAAUCUGUGAGAGUCAGUCAACAGCUGAACCUGACAGCAACAGUUAAAGGCUCUGAGCCUCUGACUGUGUCCUGGGUUCAGGACAAAGAUCACGUUCUCAGAGACGGUGACAAUAGGAAGAUCACCUUUGAGAACAGAGUGGUCACCCUUGUAGUGCCCAAGGCUGACUCAACCACAGCUGGCACAUACACCUGCCAGCUGAGGAACGACUCUGGAGUUGUGGAGUGUGUCUCCCAAGUGACAGUUCUAGAACCUGCUGCUAUUGUGGAUAGCCCCGAGACUUUGAACGUGAAGUCAGGAGAGAAUACAUCUCUUGAAGUCACAGUAUCUGGGUCGCCAGAGCUUAAAACUAAGUGGUUCAAGGAUAACAAAGAGCUCGCUGCUGGUGCCAAGUAUCAGAUGUCCUUCUCAAAGAAGGUUGCCACCCUGAAGAUUCGGUCCGCUGAUAAAGCAGACGCUGGAGAAUACAAGCUAGAGGUUACAAACCAUGUAGGGGUAGCCUCUUGUAAAACUAUGCUCUCUGUCUCAGAUAAGUUGAUUCCACCAAGUUUCAUAAGGAAGCUGAGAGACACUCACCUUGUUAUGACUAAACCGGGUGAGAUGGAGUGUAAGGUCACCGGCUCUGCUCCUUUAACCAUUUCCUGGUUCCACAAUGCCCAGGAGAUCAAGAGUGGUCCAAACUAUGACAUUAGCUGCUCUGAUAAUAACUGCAAGCUGAGACUUCCAGCAGUCACAAUGUCAGAUUCUGGCAAGUACACAUGCAAAGCUGUAAAUACUGCAGGAGCCAGCGAGACGAGUGCUUCAAUAAUGGUGACAGAACCUCCAUCUUUUGUGGAAAAACCAGAGACGAAGGAAACAUUGCCCGGCCAAAACGUGUCUUUCUCAGCUAGAGUGAAAGGUAGUGCCCCCCUGAAAGUCAAAUGGUUCAGGGGAGCCAAGGAAAUGCAGCACGGAAGAGGCUGCGAGAUCGCCCUGAAGGACGAUGUCGCCACUUUGGUGCUUCACAGGGUGGAACAAUCCCACGCUGGAGAAUACACCUGUCAGAUCAUUAACGAAGCAGGGAAGGAAAGCUGCCCAGUUUUCCUCUUUGUUAAAGAACCAGUCCACUUUGUGAGGAAGCUGAAGAACAUUUCAUCUGAAAUGGGCAAGCCUCUGAGGCUUGAGGUCACAUUCGCUGGAACGCCCAUGAUAAGUGUGACCUGGAAGAAGGACGGUCAACCCAUCUGGGCUUCAUAUAAGUACAACGUGAUUACCGCAGACACCUCCUGCAUUCUGGAGGUUCUGAACUCUGACCGGAUGGAAGCAGCCGGCAGAUACUCUUGUGAAAUCAACAACGGAGUCGGAAGUGACGUUUGCGAUGCACAAGUGUCUAUUCUAGAACGACCGUACUUUAUUGAAAAGAUGGAGCCGGUGGAGGUAACUAUGGGCGACGCGGUUACCCUGAAAUGCUGUAUUGCGGGAACUCCUGAUAUAUCUGUAGCUUGGUUUAAAGCUGACGGGAAGCUGCGCACAUCCAACACUUGCUCAAUGGACUUCACAAAUGGCGUUGCCACUUUGAAAUUGAUCAAAACGACCAAGUUUGAUCACGGCGAGUACGUCUGCAAGGCCGAGAACCGGGUCGGUUCAGCCUGCGCCGGCUGUACUGUGACGGUGAAAGAACCUGUGCGCUUUAUCAAGAAGCUGGAAGACACGACUUUCAUAGUUGGUCAACCGCUGAAACUAGUCUGUGCGUACACCGGCACUCAGAGGGUCCACGUCACAUGGAAAAAGGACGGCAAGCUGAUUUGGGCUUCCUAUCAGUAUAAUGUUAGAACUACAGAUUCAACCUGCAUUCUGGAGGUCCUCAACAGCGACAGGCCUGAUGCAGCUGGAACUUACUCUUGUGAAAUUUGCAACGGAGCUGGAACCGACGUCUGCCAAGCUCGUGUCAGCCUAGUGGAGGCUUGUUGUAGUCACAUGAUCUUUAUUGCUUGCUUGCUACAUAACUUCAUCUACAUGCUAUUAACCCAAAUAUUACCACUCUCAGAGCCGGUGCGCUUCGUGAAAAAGCUGGAAGACACGUAUUUCAGACUCCGUGAACCUUUGACUCUCAAAUGCACGUACGCUGGUAGCCAGAGAGCGUACGUGACCUGGAAGAAAGAUGGCAAACCAAUCUGGGCAUCAUACAAGUACAACGUCCAGACAACUGAAGAUACCUGCAUCUUAGAAGUCCUCAACAGUGACCGAGAAGAGGCCGUUGGAAAAUACACAUGUGAAAUUUCUAACGCUGGAGGAACUGAUACCUGCAAUGCUAAUGUCAGACUAGAACCUGUCAGCUUUGUGCUAAAAUUGAGAAACACCUUCUAUAAAAUCGGCCACCCGUUGACGCUGGAGUGCACAUUCACCGGCAGCCAGAGGAUUUACGUCAGCUGGAUGAAGGAUGGCAAACCCAUCUGGGCGUCAUACAAAUACAACGUCGUAACUACCAACUUCUCCAGCACCCUGGAAGUUCUCAACAGUGACAGUCAGCAAGCCGUCGGGAAAUACUCGUGUGAGAUUUCCAAUUCAGAGGGCACUGACAUCUGCCAUGCUCUGGUUAAGAUAGAACCUGUGAGCUUCAUAAAGCAGCUGGAAGACACCACGUUCAGGCUUGGACAGCCGCUGUCCUUGUACUGCGCUUACAGUGCCAGCCCCAGAGUCUAUGUGAGCUGGACAAAGGAUGGAAACCCGAUCUGGGCCUCCUACAAAUACAACGUCAAGACCACCGAUAACGCGUGUGUGUUAGAGGUCCUGAACAGUGAUCGGUUAGAAGCAGCCGGGAGAUACUCCUGCGAGAUUUCUAACUCUGAAAAUUCUGCUAUCUGCUAUGCGCAGGUCAAACUAGAACCCGUGCGAUUUGUGAAAAAGCUGGAAGACAAAACGUUUAGGGUCGGCCAGCCUCUGCGGCUUCAGGUCACGUACACAGGCAGCAAGCAUGUGCACGUGAGCUGGACGAAAGAUGGCAAACCGAUCUGGGCUUCGUAUAAGUACAACGUCAAGAUCACAGACGGCUCCUGUGUCUUGGAGAUUCUCAAUAGUGACAAAGAAGAGGCUGCUGGGAAAUAUUCAUGUGAAAUAUCCAACGCUAGUAGCUCUGCUGUCUGUCACGCUCAUGUCCGACUAGAACCCGUGCGAUUUGUCAAGAAACUGGAGGAUGUCUCCCAUGAACUGGGUAAACCUUUGAGGCUCGAGUGCAGCUACGCCGGCAGCCAGCGGGUCAGUGUAACCUGGAAGAAGGAUGAGAAGCUGAUCUGGGCUUCUUACCAGUACAACGUUAAAACCACAGACUCCUCCUGCGUUCUUGAGGUCCUCAACAGUGACAGACCAUCGGCAGCGGGAAAAUACACUUGCGAAAUUUCCAAUGCCGAAGGAACUGACACCUGUCACGCUCAUGUUAAAAUAGGAACAGAGCGCGCAGUCCCUCCAAACUUCACCAAGAGGCCGUCUGAGACCAUGAUGGAUUCAGUGGGUAAGUUGGUGAAGAUAGAGGGUCGGGUUUCUGGCUCCCAGCCACUGAACGUCACCUGGUACAAGGACGACAGCGAAAUUCACAGCUCUGACAAAUACGACAUCAGCUUCAAGAACAACAUGGCCAUGCUGGGUAUCAAAGGCUCCGCCACCUCUGACGGCGGAGUCUACACCUGCGAGGCCUCCAACGAAGCCGGCAAAACUUCAUGUCGGGUUUCUCUCACCAUCUCAGAAACUGCGCUGGCUCCUAAAUUUGAUGUCCUUCUGCAACCGGUGACCAUGAAGGAAGGGGAUAAACUGAUCCUUAAAUGCCACGUUAAAGGCACUAUGCCAAUGAAGAUCAACUGGAUGAAGGACAGGAGAGAACUGAAGUCCAGCGGAGACACUAGAAUCACCUUUGUGGACGGGACCGCCUGCCUGCAGGUCAACAACAUCGCAAAGACUGAUGGUGGGGAUUAUCUCUGCAAGGCCAGCAAUGCUACUGGCAGUGACUUCUGCAAGGCCAAGGUCACCGUGAAAGACACAGGAGCCAAAGCCGCUCCCACCGAGGCCCCAGCGGCCGCAGUCACAAGGCUGGACAACCUUUACUUCAUUGAGGAACCCAAAAAUGUUUCUGUCACAGAGAAGGGAACCGCCACCUUCAUCGCCAAGAUCGGAGGAGACCCGAUCCCCAGUGUGAAGUGGAUGAAGGGCAAAUGGAGGCAGGUCACGCCCGGCGGUCGCAUCACUAUUGAGCACAAGGGCCAGAACGCCAAACUGGAGAUCAAAGAGGUGACCAAGUCGGACUCUGGUAACUACAGAUGUGUUGCCACCAACAAGCACGGAGAGAUCGAGAGCAGCGCUGACAUGGAGGUCGCCAAAAUGGAGGAGGAGGAAGGACUCGGAGACAUCAGGACCCGGCUGAAGAAGACUCCCUCAAAGCAGAAGAGCCCCAAGAAAGAUGGAGAAGUGAACAUUGUGGAACUUCUCAGAGGCCAUGACCCCAAAGACUACGAAAGGAUCCUGACAGAGCACAACAUCCACGACUACCGCGCCAUCCUCCAAGCCAUCGAGUUCCUGAAGAGGGAGCGGGAGAUGGAGACUGGAAGACUCCUGCUGCAGGAGGUGGAGCGUGGCGGGCGCGUUGAAGAGGAGGACAUGGCCCGAUUCAUCCAGCAGUUGGAGGGCCGCGUCGGCACAGAGCCUGUCUCAGUGAACGAGGACAUCUGCGAUCAGACGGCUCCUGAGAACCAGACGGCCACCUUCGAGUGCCAGAUCAGGAUCAACUACCCAGAGAUCGCUCUGACCUGGUACAAGGGAACCCAGAAACUGGACAACAGCAGCAAGUACGAGAUCAGCAGUGAGGGCGACCGCCACUUCCUGAGAAUCAAGAACUGCCAGUCCAAAGAUCAGGGCAACUACCGGGUGGUGUGCGGUCCUCACAUCUCCAACGCCAAGCUCACCGUCACAGCCGAACAAAUUCAGUUCACUAAACGCAUCCGAAGCAUCGAGGUCAAUGAACGCUCCUCGGCCACCUUCGAGUGCGAGUUGUCCUUCGACAAUGCCAUUGUCACAUGGUACAAAGAGUCAUGGGAGCUUAGAGAGAGCCCAAAAUAUAACUUCAGGACCGAGGGCCGACGGCAUUUUAUGACCAUCUGCAACGUAACCGCAGAGGACGAAGGCGUUUACUCCGUGAUCGCUCGCCUGGAGCCGAUGGGAGAAGCUCGAAGCACAGCCGAGCUUUACCUUGCAGGCAAAGUAUUAAUUAAAGUUGUAUGUAAAUCUCUAGACGUCCCCGACUCGUCGGUUCAGGUCCCUGAAACAGCUUCCAUGGUUAUUUACAGAGACGAGAAAAAACCUGUUGAAGAAAUAAUUGAGAGGACUCAUGUUGAGAAAAGAGAAGUCCCUGAAGUUCCUGAGGUUCACAGGAGACCAGAGGAGAAGCCUGCAGCUCCGGCUCCAGUCAAAGAACCGCCAAAAUACACCAAACCAGAACCUGAACCAGAGAAAGUGACCGUCUCUGAAAAGGUCACUCCAGAACCUAAGCGGGUUCCUCCGGAGCCUAAAGUGCCUGAGAAAGUGGCACCAUCUGAGCCAAAAGUGGCCAAAAUUAAGCCUGAACCUGAAAAGCCAAAAGUUGAAGCUGCCAAGAAAAAACCAGAAGCUCCGAAAGAAUCAAGACCUUCUGGAGCUGUUACUGAACCAAGAAAACCACAUCUGCUGGGUAGUAAAACUGAGCCAGAUGCACCAAAGUACGCUCCUGAAUCAGAACCACCAGAACCAAAGAAGGUUCGAGAAGAACCAAAGAAAAUGGUGGAGGAAACUAAGAAGGUUCCUGAACCACAAAAGAAGGUGCCAGAAGAACCCAAGAAGGCUCAAGAAACACCAAAAAUUAUUCCAGAAGAACCCAAGAAAACACAGAGGGUUCCUGAACCACCAAAGAAGGUGCCAGAAGAACCCAAAAAGGUAGUGGAAGAAACAAAGAAAACUCCAGAGGCACCAGAGAAGAUUCAGGUAGUUCCAAAGAGGGUUCCUGACUCGAAGAAGGCUCCAGAAGAACCAAAGAGGGCUCCAGAAGAACCAAAGAAGGCUCCAGAAGAACCAAAGACGGUUCCAGAAGAACCAAAGAGGGCUCUAGAAGAACCAAAGAAGGCUCCAGAAGAACCAAAGAAGGCACCAGAAACACCAAAGAAGGCUCCAGAAGAACCAAAGAAGGCUCCAGAAACACCAAAGAAGGCUCCAGAAGAACCAAAGAAGGCUCCAGAAACACCAAAGAAGGCUCCAGAAGAACCAAAGAAGGCUCCAGAAACACCAAAGAAGGCUCCAGAAGAACCAAAGAAGGCUCCAGAAACUCCAAAGAAGGCUCCAGAAACACUAAUGAAGGCUCCAGAAGAACCAAAGAAGGCUCCAGAAGAACCAAAGAAGGCACCAGAAGAACCAAAGAAGGCUCCAGCAGCAUACAAAAUGGCCCCACCUGAGCUGGGUCCAGAGACUUCAAAAUCAGUAAAAGCGGAACCAGUGCCAGACCGCCGGGCACCAACACCACCACAAGAUUCAGAACCAAAACAAAUUCUUCAGGCUAAAAAGCCUCAACAACAAGUUCUCCUGAAGACCGAGCUAAAGGAAACAGUAGUGGUUGAAGACAGAAAAAAGUCUUCUCUGAAGAAGAGUCAUGAAGAAAAGAUCUUUGGACACAGGCAAGAGGAAGUCAGGAUAGAAAGAGAAGUUGAACUCUGGGAGUCAAGUACAAGAGAAGAAACCACUUUGAAAAGGGAGGUGAGACAACAGAUGGCUGUUGAACAGGAAGAUGAGGAAAUUCCUACAUGGGAAGAUAGUGAAGAUGAGGAGGCUGAAGAUGCUGAGCCACUUGAGGAAACUGAGUCAGUGUACACAGAAUAUGAGGCUGAAGAACUGGAGGACAUUAAACAUCUUGAUAGAGAAGAGAAAGCUGUGUACCAGAAAGAGUCAUCAUCUCUCAGGCCUGUCAUUCCACUUCUGGAAGAAGCUUCCCGUCUUCCAUCAAAGCGAGAUAUCGCACCUCCACCUGAAACAACUCAUCCAACAAAGACAGAGGUUUCUCCUCAUGAGACUGGGAUCCCACCAAAAGAAGAGGAACCAAUCCGCAGGAAAACGUUGCAAGAAAGGAAACUUAAAGAAGCUGACAUCCCUUCGACCUCCAUGGAACAGAUGGAUGUUGUUGAAACACAAGUGUCAAUAUGUGUUCAAGACAUUGUUCCAUAUGAAGACACUUCCAGUCCAGUGGAGGAUCUCAUAAAACCUGAAAUCACUGCUACACAUAAAGAAGUCACUGUCCCGCAGAAACCUGCUGUACCUAAAGAAGUCACUGUCCCAAAGAAGCCUGCUGUACCUGAAGAAGUCACUGUCCCAAAGAAGCCUGCUGUACCUAAAGAAGUCACUGUCCCAAAGAAGCCUGCUGUACCUAAAGAAGUCACUGUCCCAAAGAAACCUGCUGUACCUGAAGAAGUCACUGUCCCAAAGAAGCCUGCUGUACCUAAAGAAGUCACUGUCCCAAAGAAACCUGCUAUACCUAAAGAAGUCACUGUCCCAAAGAAGCCUGCUGUACCUGAAGAAGUCACUGUCCCAAAGAAGCCUGCUGUACCUGAAGAAGUCACUGUCCCAAAGAAGCCUGCUGUACCUGAAGAAGUCACUGUCCCAAAGAAGCCUGCUGUACCUGAAGAAGUCACUGUCCCAAAGAAGCCUGCUGUACCUAAAGAAGACACUGUCCCAAAGAAGCCUGCUGUACCUAAAGAAGUCACUGUCCCAAAGAAGCCUGCUGUACCUGAAGAAGUCACUGUCCCAAAGAAGCCUGCUGUACCUAAAGAAGUCACUGUCCCAAAGGAACCUGCUGUACCUAAAGAAGACACUCAUUUUAAAGAAGCUGCAUCUCAAAGGUCCAUGUCUCCCCCUCAUAUGGAAACUGUUUCACCUCCACCUGAACAAGACUUACCUGAAAUUCUUACCAGCAUUUCAGUUUCUCAUCCCAUGACAGAUAUUCUUCCCAAGAAAGAAGCCAUACCACCUAAAAAGAUCAAGGGUUUAAGGGAAGAAAUUAAGAAACCUCCCAAAGCUGCAGGAAAGUCGCCUCCUGAGAACAUUGUACCACUGGCGAAACCAACUCCUGUGCUGGAGGAAAUGUUUCCUCAUGAAGAAUCUAAAAAGGACUCAUCUCCAAUUCCAGCUCCGGUUGCUUUGCCUGAGAAAAGAGUACUGCCAAAGGAAGACACCACUGCUGCACUUUCCGAAGCUGCUGUUCCUCCUAAAGACUUUCCUCCUGGAGAAGUGACUCUACCCAAGAAAAGUUUAACUAAAGAAGAGGUAGCUCCAACUAAAAAAUCUCAAGUUACACCACAGAAGAAACCUCUACCCCCUAAAGAAGAAACUAUACCUUCCCCUCCUGUACAAACAGAAGUCAUUCCUGUUAAGGUUGAUUCUUUUGAAGAGGUGAGAACUGUUACAGCUGAACAUCCACCAUCAACAGAAGAUGACAAGAAGGCAAAGAAGGGAACACAGAGGACUGAACAACAAACUCUUCAGAAAGUACCUCGUCCAGAGGAGAAGAAACCAUCUGCACCGGCACCAAAGCCUCCUUCUCCUCCUCCUCUUCCUGCACAGAAAGUUGCUUCUCCUGCAGUGUCUCCUCCAGAGGAGAAGAAACCAGCUGCACCGGCACCAAAACCUCCUUCUCCUCCUGCUCCUGCAGAGAAAGUUGCUCCCCCUGCAGUGUCUCGUCCAGAGGAGAAGAAACCAACUGCACCGACACCAAAACCUCCUUCUCCUCCUGCUCCGGCUCCUGCAGAGAAAGUUGCUUCUCCUGCAGAGGAAAGGAAACCGUCUCCACCAACACCAAAGCCAGCAGAAAAAGUUGUUCCAACUCCAGCUCACGUUGCACCGGCGAAGACGCCCUCUCCACCAGCCGUAAAGGCUGAACCCUCUCCUGUAGAGCAUGAAAUCUCUUCACCUGAAGACAAGGAACCAGUUUCAGCACCUGCACCAACUAAAGUACUACCUCUUAAGGAAAAGGGUAAAAUUGCUGAACCUAAGCCGAAGAGUAAAAUUACCAGAAUACCCAAAGAGAAGGAACCAGAACCAGAGGUCGUUAAGCUGAAGAAGGUCCAAGUGAAAGCUCCAGAGAAAGAGCCAGAGAAAGAAAUUGUGACUCACAAAGCAGAAGUGAUGAAGCAUCAGGAUCUACAACUCAUGGUUCAUAGACUUCAUGACAGAGACGAUCGAGAGAUAAUGUCUCUUGGAAGAACUGAACGAGUCUUCACGGCAGAGGAAGAGACAGUUCAGUUGGGCUACUAUGAGGAAGCUGAAACAAUUACAGUUGUCCAAAAAACAGAGACAAAAGGAUGGACAAGAACCCCAAAACCACAGAAAGAGGAAGAAACCAAAGCACCAAGUGUAGAGAAGAAGAAAAUAACUAAACUGCCAAAGUCUGAUGAGCAAAAAGAGUCAGUUAAACUGAAACAAUUUGAAAAAUCUGGGAAACCAGAAGAAGAAAUACAAAAAGUCCAACUAAAGAGGGUUCCAGCCAAGCCCAAAGAGCCCGAGAAAGAAGUGAAAACUCAAAAAGUUGAAGUGACGAGACAUUAUGAUACAGAACAGACAGUUCACAAGCUUCACGUUAGAGAGGAUCGGGAGGUCUUAACAAUUGGGAGAACUGAACGAGUCUUCACUACUGAUGAAGAGGAACCUGAACUGGGCGUCAUAGAGGAACCUGAAAAGCUGGAGGCAGAAGAUGAAAAGACAAGAUGGAUAAGAACCCCUAAAGCACCAAAAGAUGAGGAAGCUGAACCAGAUAUAUCUAAAAAGAAAAUUAAACUAUUGCCAAAGAAAGAAGAGGAGCAAGAAAUUGUGACUCUGAAACCAUUUGAAAAACCUCAGAAACCUGAGACACCUGAGCCUCCAAAAGCAAAGAAAGAAAGUGAAGCAAAGACUGAUACUGAGCAUACUCAAUACAAGAGAGCUGAGAUGCCACACAGAGAUGAACCCACUGCUGCUAUAAAACACAAAAAAGAUGAAGACACUCCUGUGACAAGUUCAGAUACGACUCCAACUCCUGAUGCCAGCAAAGACCAGAAGGAGAUCCCACAGAAGAAAAAGGUUGAUCAAGCACCCAAAGAUGAGGAACCUGCAGCAACUGACAAGCUGCGUGAGAAAAAGAAGCCUUUGGAUAUUAAGGUACCCAGUCGAACUCCAAAAGAUGAAGCACCCAAGGGGCCUAAGGAACUGCAGGAGAAAGUUCAAAAGACUGUGUCACCUAAAAAAGAGGAAAGAGAUGCCCUCAAAAAAGGCGUUGAACUCAAAAAGACUCCUUCGCCUAGGGUGGGCAAAGACAAGGUCGAAGAGAAGGAUUUGAAGCCUGUAGAGCAGUUCAAAAAGAUUGAGCUGAAAAAGACCCCGUCACCUAAACCUAAGGAACCGGAACAAGUCCCCAUUGAGAUGAAACCAAGUCCUAAAAAACUGAAAAAGCUGCUUCCUAAACCAGUUUCACCGAAAGACUCUAUUGAAUCCGUAACUCUAAAAAAGGUCCCAAAGAAGCCGUCAGCAGAGGAGGCCACAGAACCAGAAAAACCUGGUAAAGACAGGAUUCCCCUGGUGAAGGAGAUCUCUCCUGGAGCUGUGCAGAUGAAGAAGGUCCCCACCCAACCAGAGGAGGAGGUGUUCGAAGAGGAGGGAGAAGAAAUGGAAGCCGGGGAGGAAGAAGAGGCCUGGGGCUGGGAGCUAGUUCCUGAUGAGGACUGGGAAGGUGAAGGGGUGGAUGGGGCGCUGGAGACCCCAGGAAUGCCUGGUGCCAGACGAGAUGGAAAACCAAGAGAAGACGCACCGAAAGGCAGAGGCAGAGGAUUUGGGGCCAAGCAGACCCCGUCCCCUGGAGAAGGCAGGGGCCGUGGGCUGAAGCCUGGUGGCAGAGGUCCAACACCACCAGAAGACCCAUUCGGAGGGUUCAAACUCAAAGCUGUCCCUCUGAAGUUCACCAAGAAGCUUCAGGACAUUGUGUUGAAGGAGGCUGAGUCUAUCGGCUCUGCUGCUGUGUUUGAAUGUGAGGUUUCUCCUUCCACUGCUAUCACUUCAUGGAUGAAAGAUGGCAGCAACCUGCGUGAGAGCCCCAAACACAAGUUUACCUCUGAUGGUAAAGAUCGCAAGUUGAACAUCAUUGACGUCCAGCUGUCUGACACUGGUGACUACACCUGUGUGGCCAAGAAUGCCGGCAAGGAAGUCACAUGCACAGCUAAGCUCAUUGUUGAAGAGCUGCCUGUGAAAUGGUUGAAAGAACUGGAACCAGAGACUUCCUGUAUGAAGGGUCAGCCGAUGUACCUGACCUGUGAACUGAACAAAGAGAGAGAUGUGGUCUGGAAACGCAACGGCGAAGUCCUAAAGAAACAAGCUGGAAAAGUGGCAAUCAAUAUCAUCGGUAUGCAGCACGCCGUAACCAUCCAAAACUCAACGGAUGAGGACGCUGGCACCUACACAUGUGAAGUGGUCGGACAGGAGGACAUCAGUACCACGACCAGUGUUAAAGUUAUCGAAAUCAUCAAAGACUGGCUGGUGAAGCCUCUGAGAGACCAGCACGUGAAACCGAAAGCCAAAGCCACGUUUAAAUGUCAGCUCUUCAAGGACACUCCCAACUGGAAGUGGUUCAAAGGAGACAACGAGCUGGCUCCGUCUGACAAGGUGGAGAUCGAAAAAGAUGGAAAAGACAUGACGCUCACCGUUAACAACUGCCAGCCCGAUGACGUGGCAGAGUAUACCAUUCAGGUGGAGGAUCGCAGAUAUUCAGCCAAGUUGACUCUGGGAGAGCGCGAGGCCGAGAUCCUGAAGCCUCUCGCCAGCAUGGAGGUGGUAGAAAAGGAGGAAGCCAACUUUGAUACUGAGAUAUCUGAGGAUGAUGUGAUGGGUGAAUGGAAGCUCAGGGGCCAGGUCCUGAUGAGAUCUCCGACCUGUGAUAUUAAAGCGGAGGGAAAGAAACGUUUCCUCACUCUGAAGAAUGUGCAGCUGGACCAGGCCGGCGAAGUGUCGUAUCAGGGUCUGAACGCCAUCACCAGCGCCAUGCUCACCGUCAAAGAGAUCGAAAUGGGCUUUGUUGACUCGCUGAAAGAUGUUUCUGUGCCUGAAAAGAAACAGGCUAAGUUUGAAUGCUCCAUCACCAAGGAUGUGUCAAAGGUGAUGUGGCUCAGAGGGGUGGAGAUCAUCACCCCCGGCCCUAAAUAUGAGAUUAUUGAUGAUGGAAAGAAACACAUGCUGAUCAUUAACAGCUGUGAGUUUGAUGAUGAGUCAGAGUACACAAUCGAAGUGUUGGGCCAGAAACAGACGGCUCAGCUGAGGGUCGAAGGCAUGAGGCUCGGCUUUGUGCAGCCGCUUCAGGACCGAACAGUGAAAGAAGGUAACGUUGUUCAGUUUGAGAUUGAACUGACUCAUGAGAACGUGCCGGUGGUUUGGUACCGAAACGAAGUCAAACUCCACGUGAGCCGAACGGUGAUCACACACGUGGAAGGAAAGAAACACACUCUAGAAAUGAGGAGUUUGACUCUAGAUGAUACCUGCCAGAUUAAGGCAGAGGCCAAAGGAAUGUACUCCAUGGCAAAACUGACUGUCAUAGAGGGCGACGCCGUGUUCGUGGUGAAGCUGCAGGAUUACACCGCCACCGAGAAAGACGAGGUGUCUCUGGACUGCGAACUCAGCAAAGACGUCCCCGUUAUCUGGUACCACAACGAGACGGAGGUCAUCUCCUCUAAGAUGGUGGUCAUGAAGUCGGAGGGCGUGCACCGGUCGCUGGUCCUGAAGAAGGUGGAGAGCAGCGCUGUGGGAGAAUACAAAUGUGACUGUGGAACAGACAAGACGACCGCGACCCUCAACAUCGAAGCUCGGGACAUCAAGGUGGUCCGGCCGAUCUACGGCGUGGAGCUGUUCGACGGAGAGACGGCUCGCUUCGAGGUGGAGAUCUCUGAGGACGACGUGCACGGCCAGUGGAAGCUAAACGGAGAAGUCUUGAGUCCGUCUCCUGAUGUGGACAUCAUCGAGGAGGGAGGGAAGCACACGCUGAUCCUCUACAACUGUAAAGUGCCGAUGACGGGCGAGGUGGCGUACACCGCCGCUAACGCUAAGUGCUCUGCUAACCUGAAGGUCAAAGAGCUGCCGCUGAACUUCCUGACGCCGCUCAGCGACGUUCAGGUCUACGAGAAGGACGAGGCUCGCUUCGAGGUGGAGCUGUCCAGAGUUCCCAAGAGCUUCCGCUGGCUGAAGGGAUCUCAGGAGCUGCAGGCCGACGACAAGUACGAGAUGAUCCAGGAGGGGAACAUGUACGUCCUGCUCAUCAAAUCAGCCGCCUACGACGACGAGGCGAAGUACAUCUUUGAGGCUGAAGACAAGAGAACGAGCGGGAAACUCGUCAUCCAAGGAAUUCGUCUCGAGUUCGUCAAACCGAUCAAAGACGUGACGGUGAAGGAACGUGAAACAGCCGAGUUCAGCGUGGAACUGUCGCACGAUAAAGUCGCCGUGGUUUGGUACAAAAACGACGUCCAUCUGCAUCCCAGCAAGGUGGUGCACAUGACGGACCACGGGAAGGUCCACACGCUGGCCUUCAAAGAGGUCACCAUCGACGACACGUCCAUGAUCAAAGUGGAAGCCAUGGACAAGACGGUGACGGCCAUGCUCACCGUCAUCGAGGGCGACCUGUACUUCACCACCAAGCUGCAGAACUACACCGCGGUGGAGAAGGACGAGGUGAAGCUGAUCUGUGAACUCAGCAAAGCCAUCGCAGACGUCAAAUGGUUCAAAGACGGGAAGGAGAUCACUCCGUCCAAGAACAUCGCCGUCAGCACCGACGGGAAGAAACGCAUCCUGAUGGUCCGGAAAGCGGAGAAGGCCAACAUCGGCACGUACACCUGCGACUGCGGCUCCGACAAAACCACCGCCAACCUGAACAUCGAAGAGCGAGACAUCAAGGUGGUUCGUCCGCUGUACAGCGUCGAGGUGACAGAGACGGAGACCGCCAAGUUUGAGACGGAGAUAUCAGAGGGAGACGUCCACGGGAACUGGAAGUUGAAAGGAGAAGCUCUGACUCAGUCUGCUGAUGUUGAGAUGAAGGAGGAAGGAACCAAACACAUGCUGAUCCUCUAUAACGUGCGGCUGGACAUGGCCGGAGCCGUCGACUUCUCUGCAGCCAACGCGAAAUCCAACGCUCAGCUGAGGGUGAAAGCUCGCUCCAUCGGCCUCCUGCAGCCUCUGAAGGAUGUGACGGUGACGGCCGGAGAGACGGCCUCCUUCGAGUGCCAGCUGUCCUACGAAGGCAUCGCGGUGGAGUGGUUCCUCGGGGGGGCGAAGAUGGAGGCGAGCGACCGGGUGAAAACUCGAGUGGCGGGUCGAACUCACACUCUGACCGUCCGAGAUGUGAAGCAGACCGACGCCGGGACGGUCAAACUGACCGCCAAAGACUUUGAGACUGAGGCUCAGCUCAUUGUCAGAGAGCCUCCGGUGGAGUUUACGAAGCCGUUGGAGGACCAGACGGUGGAGGAAGAAGCCACCGCCACGCUGGAGUGUGAAGUUUCCAGAGAAGGUGCAGAGGUACGAUGGUUCAGAGAAGGAAAGGAGAUCCACAAGACCAAGAAGUAUGACAUGAUCGUAGACGGCCGCAGGAGAGGGCUGAUCAUACAGGCGUGCAGUCCUGACGACGCCAAGAUGUACACGUGUGACGCCAAGGAGUUCAAAACCUCCUGCUACCUGGAGGUCACACCUCCUCAUGUGGAGAUUACGAAGCCGUGUCAGGAUGUGGAGGUCAGAGAGAAGGAAUCCGCUAAGUUUGAAUGUGAAGUGUCUCGCGAGUCCGCCAAGGUUCGCUGGUUUAAGGAUGGCAACGAGAUCAGAAAGUCAAAGAAGUACGAGAUCAUCGCUAAGGGAGUCCAGAGAAUCCUCAUCAUCCACAAGUCUGUGUUUGACGAUGAGGCAGAGUAUGAAUGUGACGCCAGGACCUCCAAGACCUCCGGCAUGCUAACGGUCAUCGAGGAAGCUGCCAGGUUCACCAAGAACCUGUCCAACGUGGAGGGCACAGAGACGGACAGCGUGAAGAUGAUCUGCGAGGUGUCGAAGCCCAGCGCUGACGUCACCUGGUACAAAGGAGACGAGGAGCUGCCAGAGGGCGGACGCUACGAGCAGAUUAUGGACGGACGCAAGAGGAUCCUGAUCAUCCAGGACCUGAGGAUGGAGGACGGCGGAGAGUACAACUGCAGGCUGAGUCCCACCAUCAAGACGUCCGCUACGCUGAAACUUAAGGAACUGGCGGCCGAGUUCAUCGCCAAGCCGCAGAACCAGGAGGUGGUGGAGGGCGAGAAGGCCGAAUUCACGUGCUCCGUCUCCAAGGAAACCUAUGAAGUUAAAUGGUUCAGAGGUGACAAGGAAGUAGAAACCGGGGACAAGUACACGAUCGUCAGUGAAGGAAAGAGAAGAGCUCUUAUUGUGAAAAGCUGUGUGUUGAAGGAUGAGGGAGGCUAUGUUGCCCACAUCGGCAGCGUGAAAGCCUCAGCUGAUCUGUAUGUGAUUGAAAAACUGAGAAUUAUCACACCGAUAAAAGACACGGAGGUGAAGGAAGGAAGCGAGAUCGUCUUCAACUGCGAGACGAACGUGGAGGGAGCGAAAGCCAAGUGGCUGAAGAAUGAGGACACCAUAUUUGAGAGCAGCAAGUACAUUGUAAUUCAGAGGGACAACGUUUUCUCCCUGAGGAUCAGAGAUGCCCAGAAGGCUGAUGAGGCCAGCUACACCAUCAACCUGACCAAUCACAGAGGAGAACAUGCCAAAUGCUCCGCCAGCGCUAAAGUCAAAGAGGAGAAGCUCAAGUUCCUGGAGCCCAUCGAGGACAUUGAGACUCAAGAGAAGAACACCAUCAUCUUUGUGUGCAAGGUGAACCGACCCGAGGUGACAGUGAAGUGGAUGAAGGCCGGCCAGGAGGUGACACUCAGCAAACGCAUCGUCUACAGAGCCGACGGCCUCAAACACACCCUGACCAUCAAGGACUGUGUCAUGGACGAUGAGGGCGAGUACACUGCCGUGGUCGGCGAUGACAAGUGUGCGGCUGAGCUGAUCAUCAGCGAGGCUCCGACAGACUUCACUACACAGCUUAAAGACCAGACCAUCACUGAGUUCGAGGAUGCAGAGUUCACCUGCAAGCUAUCUAAGGAGAAGGCUGUUGUCAAGUGGUACAGGAACGGACGGGAGAUCAGAGAAGGACCGAGAUAUCACAUGAAACAAGAAGGCAAGAUAUGUAAACUGACCAUCAGAGUGUGUAGACCUGAUGAUGAAUGUGAAUACGCUUGUGGUGUGGAUGAAAGAAGGACCAGAGCAAGACUUUUUGUUGAAGAGACCCCAGUGGAGAUCAUCAGACCUCCACAGGACGUGUUUGAACCUCCAGGCUCAGACAUUGUGUUUGAGGUGGAGCUCAACAAGGAUAGAGUGGAAGUGAAGUGGAUGAGGAACAACAUGAUAAUUGUCCAGGGAGACAAAUACCAGAUGAUCAGUGAGGGUAAGGUCCACAGACUGCAGGUCUGUGAGAUCAGACCUCGAGACCAAGGAGAGUACAGAAUUGUGGCCAAAGACAAGGAUGCCAGAGCCAAGCUUGAGCUGGCAGCUGUUCCAAAGAUCAAAACCACUGACCAGAACCUGGUGACGGAUGCCGGUAAGCCCUUCGUCAUGACUGUACCUUAUGAUGCCUACCCUCGCGCAGAAGCCGAGUGGUUCUUUGUGGGCGCUAGUCUGCCCGGCCAGAACAUCGACACCUCCGCUGAUAAGACGGAGUACCGCCUGAAGAGCCCCAGCAAGGAGGACCAAGGGAGGUACAAGGUGGUCAUCAAGAACAAGCACGGAGAAGGAGAAGCAUUUAUCAACCUGGAUGUGAUUGAUGUCCCCGGACCCGUCAAGAACCUGAGAGUGGUCGACACAUCUGACGGUGAGGUCAGUCUGGCAUGGGAGGAGCCUGAGAGUGAUGGCGGAAGCAAGAUCGUUGCAUACGUGGUAGAGAGACGAGAUGUGAAGCGUAAGACCUGGACGCUGGCGACAGACCGUGCUGACACCCCAGAGUACUGUGUCAGUGGUCUCAAUAAGGAUUCCAUGUACCUGUUCAGAGUCUGCGCCCGCAAUAGAGUUGGCAGCGGCCCCAUCGUUGCCACCGAGGAUGCCGUCCAGGCCAAGAACAAGUUUGAUGUGCCUGAUGCUCCAGAGAAUGUUGCAGUAAGUAAGGUGAACAAGUUUGGUGCAACCGUCAACUGGGAGCCUCCCAAGUACGACGGCGGCUCCGAGAUUACCUCCUAUGUGAUUGAGCUCCGUGACAGGACCUCUGUAAAGUGGGAGGCAGCUCUGGUCUGCAAUGCCAGCGACCGCUCAGCCACUCUGUGUGACGUGGUGGAGAACAAGGAGUACAUCUUCAGAGUUCGAGCUGAGAACAAAGCCGGUAUCGGCAGGCCCAGCGCUGCCACCAACCCUGUCAAGAUCAUGGAUCCCAUUGAGAGGCCAAGUCCACCUCUGAACCUGCACUUCAGUGACCAAACCAAAGCAGCGGUCACACUCACCUGGGAGACACCAACCAACAACGGUGGCAGCAUGAUCACCGGCUACAUCAUCGAGAAGUGUGAUGAAGGCACUGACAAAUGGCUCCGCUGCAACGCCAGACUGUGCCCAGACCUCUCAUACCGGGUGUCCGGUCUGAAACACAAUCAGAAGUACCUCUACAGAGUUUGUGCUGAGAAUGCAGCCGGGGUCUCAGAUCCCGCUGAGCAACUCGGACCACUGCUCGCUGAUGACCCUCAUGUGGGUCCAACCUUUGACCUGAGUGCCUUCAGGAACGGCCUGGAGGUGAUCGUCCCUCAUCCCCUUACCAUCAGAGUCCCCAUCACUGGAUACCCAACCCCGGUUCCCAAGUGGACCUUCGGUGAGAAGGAGGUGACCACUGCAGAUGAGCGUGUCUCCAUGGUUACAAAGCCCACGUACACAGAGCUGACGGUCACGCCAAGUGUUCGUCCAGACAAAGGCACAUACACCCUUCAGCUGGAGAAUGAUGUGUCCUCUGUCACUGGGGAUAUCGAGGUCAACGUUAUCGCAUGCCCCAGUGCUCCCAAGGACUUCAAGGUGGCUGAGGUGACCAGACAUCAUGUCCACAUGAUGUGGGAGGCUCCUGAGCAUGACGGAGGAAGUCCAGUCACCCACUACCAGAUUGAAAAGAGAGAGGUGUCUCGCAAGACCUGGGCCAAAGUGGCCACUGGCAUCCUGGACCUGGAGCACACAGUGACGGACGUGAUAGAAGGAAAAGAAUAUCUUUUCAGUGUCACCGCCUGCAACAAGUGUGGACCUGGAGAGCCGGCGUACAUCGACGAGCCCGUCAACGUCUCCUCUCCUGCCACUGUACCUGAUCCUCCCGAGAACCUGAAGUGGCGUGAUAAGAGCGGCAAAAGCAUCUUCCUGUCAUGGGAGCCUCCGAAGUACGACGGUGGUGCACCAAUCAAGGGCUACGUGGUGGACAAGUGUCAGCGUGGUACUGAUAAAUGGGAACCCUGUGGUGAUGCCAUCCCUGAGCUGAAGUUCCAGGUGACCGGCCUGAUCGAGGGCCAGUGGUACGCCUAUAGAGUCAAAGCUGUCAACAAGCUGGGAGCCGGUCGACCCUGCAGGGCCACCGAUGAGAUCCAGGCUGUUGACGCAAAGGAGCCUCCAGAGAUCCAGCUGGAUGUGAAGCUGCUGGCUGGUCUGACCCACAGAGCAGGGACCAAGAUCGAGCUCCCUGCUGAAGUCACAGGAAAACCCGAGCCCCGGGUGAAGUGGACCAAGGCCGAUCUGGUCCUGAGAGCUGAUGACCGCAUCAGCAUUGACACACAGCCGGGACACUCUAAGCUGUCCAUUAACAACACCACCAGAGGAGACAGUGCUACCUACAUCAUUGAGGCGGUCAACACCUGUGGACGUGCCACAGCCACCAUCGAUGUCAACAUUCUAGAUAAACCCGGCCCACCAGCUGCUUUAGACAUCUCAGAGAUCACCAAUGAGUCGUGCGUCCUGGACUGGAACCCUCCACGGGACGAUGGCGGCUCACCAAUCACAAACUACAUCGUGGAGAGUCGACAGACAGACAAAGAGGAAUGGGUAAAGCUGUCGGCCACCGUGAAACACACCACCUUCAAAGCCCACAAGCUCAUUCCUAUGAAGGAGUACAUCUUCAGGGUCAGCGCUGAGAACCAGUACGGCAUCGGAGAACCUGCAGAGCAUGUGCCGAUCAUUGCAAAAUAUGCAUUCGAUCCUCCUGGUCCCCCAACCAGAGUUACUCCUUCCGAUAUUGCCAAGGACGCCGUGACACUGACCUGGUUUGAGCCAGAUGAGGAUGGUGGCAGUCCCAUCACCGGAUACUGGAUUGAGAAGUUUGAUCCAGACAGCGACAAAUGGAUCAGAUGCAACAAACUUCCAAUCAAAGAUACCACCUUCAGGGUGAAGGGACUCCCUACCAAGAAGAAGUACCGCUUCCGGGUCCUGGCUGAGAAUCUGGCUGGACCUGGGAAACCAAGCACAGAGACUGACCCAGUCCUCAUCAAAGAUCCUAUUGAUCCUCCAUGGGCUCCUGGUAAACCUGUUAUCAGGGAAAUUGCAAAGACCUCGGCCUUGCUGGCGUGGACCAGACCGGAGCAUGAUGGUGGGGCUAAGAUCGAAGGCUAUAUCAUUGAGUUCCAGAAAACCGGAAGUGAGGAGUGGAUCCGCAUUGCAGAGGACGUUCCUCUGACUGAGCACCAGCUGCAGGGCCUGAUGGAAAAGCAGGAGUACUCCUUCCGGGUCAAGGCUGUCAACAAGGCGGGCGAGAGCGAACCCAGUGAACCCAGUGACCCUGUAGUCUGCAAGGAGAGACUCUACCCCCCUUCUGCCCCUCAGUGGCUGGAGGUGGCCAACAUCAGCAAGAUCAGUGCCGACCUGAAGUGGCAGGCUCCCAGCACAGACGGAGGUUCCCCCAUCACCAACUAUGUGGUGGAGAAGAGGGAUGUGAGGCGGAAGGCCUGGCAGAGCGUCGACACUACGGUGAAGGAGCUGAAGUACACGGUGACUCCUCUGAACGAAGGGUCGCUGUAUGUGUUCCGUGUGGCUGCUGAGAACGCCGUGGGCAUGGGUGAAUUCUGUGAGCUGGAAGACGCCGUGCUCGCCAAAGACACUUUCACAACUCCUGGACCUCCUUACGCCCUGACAGUGGUGGAGGUCACAAAGAGACACGUGGAGCUGAAAUGGGAAGCUCCUAAGAGCAAUGGUGGAAGACCCAUAACCAAGUACGUGAUCGAGAAGAAGGAGAAGCUGGGAACUCGCUGGUUGAAGUGCUGCAAGACUCCAGACAAACAGACUCAGUUUAAGGUGACAGAUGUGGAUGAAGGGUCAGAGGUGCAGUUCCAGGUCCGGGCUGAGAAUGAGGCUGGAGUCGGAGAACCAAGUGAACCCACUGAGAUCCUCACCAUUGAGGAUGCAACCAGUGUCCCAUCUCCUCCUCUGGAAGUGGCCAUUCCUGAUGCCAGCAGAGAGCACAUUAACGUUACCUGGAAGCCUCCAGCCAAGGAUGGCGGCUGCCCAAUCACUGGCUACCACGUAGAGGUGGCUGAGGCCCGACCAGAGCUGAAGUGGCUAAGGGUCAACAACAGACCAAUCAAGGAGCUCAAGUUCAAGAUUGACGAUGGAAUCAAACCUGAGAAGAAAUAUGUCAUCCGGGUCCGUGCCAUCAACGCUAUCGGUGUCAGUGAUCCCUCUGAGAUCUCUGACAAGGUCUUCACCAAAGAUCCCGACUGCGCCCCCACCAUGGAUUUGGAGACACAGGACGUUGUGGUAGUUGAAGGAGAGAAGCUGCACCUGAACAUCCCCUACAGGGCCAUCCCAACGCCCAAGAUGGUGUGGCAGAAGGACACGGUGGAGUGCAAGGCGGACGACCGCCUCUCCAUGACGGUGGAGAUGAACAGCGUUCAUCUAGAGCUGCUCAAGUGCAAACGUGCUGAUGCCGGUGCCUAUGCCAUCACGCUGGAGAACAGUCUGGGAACCGUGACCGGGACAGUCAAUGUCAAAGUCAUCGGACUUCCUGGUCAGUGUAAAGACAUCAGCCCCAGUGAAGUCACCAAGAACUCCUGUAAGAUCAGCUGGGAAGCCCCAGAAGAUGACGGUGGCACUCCCAUCGUCAGUUACACCUUGGAGCGCCGGGAGGCCUCCAAGAAGACCUACAUGCCCGUCAUGUCAGGAGAGGACAUCCUUACCACCACUGUGAAAGACCUCUACAUCAACUGCGAGUACUACUUCAGGGUUAAGGCCAUCAACAAGGUGGGAGCCGGAGAAUAUCUGCUGCUCCGCAACCCAGUCAUCACUGAGGAAAUCAAGCAAAAACCAGAUCCACCCCUCCAGGUGGAGGCCCAUGACCCGACAUCCAAGUCCAUCACGAUCACCUGGAAGGCUCCAGACUAUGACGGUGGUUGUCCCAUCCAGGGCUACAUCGUAGAGAAGAUUGAGAAGGACGGUGACCGCUACGAGAAGGUCACACCAAGCCUGGUUCCUGGCUUUUCCUACGUGGUGACGGACCUGAAGGAGGGUGCAGAGUACCAGUUUAGAGUCAGAGCCGAAAACGCUGCUGGAGUCAGUGAACCGUCCCGCAGCACACCGCCUGUGCUGGCUGCAGACCCCGUUGAUAAACCAAAGGUUACUCUGCAUGCUCGUGUGCAGUCUGGUGUUUGCAUUAAGAAGGGCGAAGAAAUCCGCAUCGAUGCCUACAUUUCCGGGUCGCCAUAUCCCAAGGUCACCUGGUUGAGGAAUGAGGAAGACGUCACCAAAGAGCCAACCAAAAAGAUUGUCCCACUGAUCAAGAAAAAGAGCAAGUCCAAGGUGCCUGAACCAGAAGUGGAGUUUGUGACACCGAUACGCGAGCGUCUGGGUCUGGACGAGAGCAAAAAGGGUCAGGCAGCGCUGAUGAUCCGUGACUCUGUCAGAGCUGACCACGGGAACUUCACCAUCCAGGUGGAAAACCCUCACGGUGUCGCCACCGCCUCCUGCAUCGUCAACGUCCUUGACAAACCCGGCCCUCCCAUCAACUUCACCUUCGAUGAGAUCAGGAACACCUCCGUGAUCUGUAACUGGAACCCUCCGGAGGACGACGGAGGCAGCGAGAUCCUGAACUACAUGCUGGAGAAGAAGGACAAUAAGAACGAUGAGAUCGGCUGGAUCACCAUCACCUCCACCCUGAAGGGCACCAGCUUCCCCAUCACCAAACUCAUUGAAGGGAAGGAGUACAUCUUCAGGGUCACUGCAGAGAACAAGUUUGGCUGCGGGCCGCCGUGCAUCUCCGAGCCGCUGGUCGCUAAGAACCAGUUCGAUCCUCCUGAUGCUCCCAACACACCGAGAGUCCACGAGGUGACGGCCAGCACCGCUCACAUCUCCUGGCACGAGCCGAAGGACAACGGCAGCCCGAUCCUGGGCUACUGGAUAGAGAGGAAGGAAGUGAACAGCAAACACUGGACCCGAGUGAAUCGUGCCCUCCUCAACUCGUUGGACGUGAAAAUGACUGGCCUGAUGGAGGGUCUCACUUACAUCUUUAGAGUCUGUGCCGAGAACCUGGCCGGGCCCGGGCCGUUCAGCGAGCCCACCGACCGCACCGUCACCAUGGACGCCAUCCUGCCUCCUGGACCCCCCACUCCAUGGAUUGUGGACACCGGGAAAGAUUCAGUCAUCGUGGCCUGGAAGCCCCCGCUGUACAACGGUGGAGGAGACAUCCUUGGUUACCAUGUGGAGAAGGUGUUGGCUGGAGAGAAGGACUGGACUCGCAGCACAGAGUUCAGGUGUAAAGAGCUGACCUACACCGUUACAGGUCUGACUGAAGGAUCGGACUACUACAUCCGGGUCAUCGCUGUCAACGACGCCGGUCCUGGAGUUCCCGGUGUCACCGAACCUGUCACCGUCAAGGAGCCUGAAGUAUUGCCCGCUGUUGACUUUGAUGUCUCAGUGAAGAAUGGUGUCAUCAUCAAAGCCGGCCAGUCUCUGAAGCUUCCUGCAGUAGUGACCGGCCGACCCCAACCAGAGAUCAAAUGGGCCAAAGACGAAGCUGAAAUUGACAAGGAGAGGAUGAUCGUGGAGACGGAAGGCAAGAACAGCAUGCUGUUCAUCAAGAAAGCAGUGAGAGCGGAUCAUGGAAAGUAUACGAUUUCUGGCACCAACAGCAGCGGGACCAAGACUGCUGAAACCAGAGUGGAUGUUAUGGAUGUGCCUGGACCGGUGAUUGACCUGAAGACUGUGUCAGUGACCAAGAAGAGCCUCGUCCUCACCUGGGCUGACCCUGUGGACAAUGGUGGCAGUGACAUCAUUGGCUAUGAAGUGCGGAAGAAGGACCACAAGAUGAAGCUUUUCCGCCAGCCCGUUGAGGUGGCAUCCUGUAAGUGUGAAAUCCAUGACCUGCUGGUUGGUGAGGAGUACGACUUCAGAGUCAUUGCCAGAAACAAAUAUGGAGAUGGAGCUCCAGCUGACCUCGGACCCAUCCUGGCUGAGGAUCCCAAAGGUACUCCAUCUGCUCCUCUGAAGCUGCACUACACCGACAGAAGCAAAACCACCAUCAGCCUGGCAUGGGAGCCGCCUCUCAGUGAUGGUGGCAGCCCCAUCAGAGGCUACUAUGUGGAGAAGAUGAGGUCUGAUAGCAAUGAGUUUGAUGUGGCUAACCGCAAGAUCUUCCCUGAGUGCUGUGGGACUGUCGAGAACCUGAUGGAGAACCAUGACUAUGAGUUCCGCGUCUUAGCCGUGAAUGAGGUCGGGAAUGGAGAGCCUUCCAAGCCAAUCGCAGCUAAAAUCAUGGAUGAUGAAAUUCCUCCAGCUAUUACAAUCCUUAAGUUCUUCAAGAACAACACCAUCACCGUCAGGAAAGGAGCUGCUAUUGACAUCCCGGCCGAGGUGAAGGGACUUCCUCUGCCAACCUUGCAAUGGGUGAAGGACGACGUAGUGAUUGAAAAGCCUGAUGAAGAAAAGAUGACGAUAGAGACUGAGGAGGUGAACCGGACAACCCUGAAGACAAAGAUCGCCAUCCUGGAAACCGUCAGACAGGACAAGGGCAACUAUAAGCUGGUGGCUGAAAACUGCUUCGGCAAAGCUAAGCACGUCAUUGAAGUUGAGGUCCUUGAUCGUCCUCUUCCUCCCAGGAACAUUGUAGUCUCUGACAUCAAGGCGGAGUCGUGCUAUCUAACCUGGGAUGCCCCAAAAGACAACGGAGGAAGCGAGAUCACCAACUACAUUGUUGAGCGCAGAGACGCCAGCAAGAAGAAGUCUGACUUUGAAGAGUUGACCGUCAAUCUCAUUGACAGGAGAUACGGGGUCUACAAACUGAACCUGAAUGGCACCUACCAGUUCAGAAUCAAGGCAGAAAACAAAUAUGGUGUCAGUGAUGGCUGUGACUCUGAGAAGGUCCAGCUGAAGGAUCCGUUUGGCCUUCCCGGACCACCACGCAACCCUAAAAUUAUUGCUGCCACAGGAACCACCAUGACCCUGACCUGGGAACCUCCUCUGGAUAAUGGUGGCUCUACCAUUCAGGGCUACUGGCUGGAGAAGAGGGAGCGCGGUGCUGUGUACUGGGGUCGUGUCAACCGGUCGCCCGUUACCAAGCCUUCCGUGAAGGGCCUGCAGUACACUGUGCUGAGGCUCAUCGAAGGAACCGAGUACCAGUUUAGGGUGGCUGCAUGCAACGCUGCAGGAGUUGGACCACAUAGCGAGGCCACUGAGUGCCGCUUCGCUGUGGAUCCCUGCAACCCUCCCAGUGCACCUGGAUCCCCCGAGGUUAAAGACAAGACAAAGAACAGUGUCACGCUCACCUGGACUCCACCAGACAAAGAUGGCGGCAACCCCGUCAAGGGUUACAUCAUUGAGGUUCAUGAGGAGGGCUCUCCUGAUUGGAGGAGGGUGAACCCUGCCGACAAGCUCCACCCAUCGACUGAGAUCACAGUCCCCGACCUGAAGGAGGGCAAGAAGUGCAAGUUCAGGAUCUACGCUGUGAACGGCGCAGGAAAAUCCGAGCCCGCCAAGACGGCUGACAUCCUGGUUCAGGACAUCCUGAUCGAGCCAACAGUCACACUGGACGUGAGCGCUCAUGACCUGAUGAACUGCAGAGCAGGAACCACCAUCAAGAUUCCCGCCACCAUCACAGGACGACCCAUUCCCAAAGUCACCUGGACCUUUGAUGGAACAGCAGAGACCGAGAAGAAGAAUGAACUUCACACCCUGCCCAUCGACUCAGAGAUUCACUCCACUGACACGACUUCUGUGAUCACCAUCCCUGAUGGCAAACUGAACCACAGCGGCCGUUACAUCAUCAAUGCUGAAAACCCUGCUGGACACAAAGUGGUCAAAGUCAGGGUCAACGUGGUUGGCCUGCCAGGACCUCCUGAGGACCUGAAGGUGAGUGACGUGACAAGGGGAACCUGCAGACUCACCUGGAAACCUCCCAAGUGUGAUGGAGGAGAGAGAAUCAAGAGCUACUUCAUUGAGAAGAAGACAGUGGAAGGCAAAGCCUGGACCAAGGUGAACCCGGCCUACACUUCUCAGUCACUGGUGGUUCCAGACCUGAUCGGGGGUGAGGAGUACCUGUUCCGAGUCAAAGCCGAGAAUCGCUUUGGGUUUGGACCAUAUGCCGAGACCAUCGAAGGAGCCAAAGCCAAAGAUCCAAUUCAUCCUCCUGAUCCUCCAACCAGGCUGAAGAUUGUGGGUGUGAGGAAGGGCACGGUGACUCUCACCUGGAAGCCUCCAAAGAACGAUGGCGGUUCACCCGUCACUCACUACAGUGUGGAUAUGCUCUGCUGGGAAGCCAGCAGUGCACAGAAGGAGUCCUGGAGGAGGUGCAAUAGGAGAGAAGUGGACACCACCAGUUUCAAGGUAGAGGACCUGACGGAGGGAGACGAGUAUGAGUUCAGAGUGCAGGCAUAUAACGUAGCUGGACCCAGCCGAUUCUCAACCACCGCUGGGCCAAUCCUUAUCCAGGACCAGACCUGCGCACCAUCCAUUGAGCUGAACGAGUUCAUGGAGACUGAGCAAGGCAAAGACAUCAGCAUUGUGGCCAAAAUCCGCGGCUGUCCAUUCCCCACACUCACCUGGUACAAGGCUCCACCCCACAAGUCUGAUGACAAGGUGGAGGUUCAGUACGAUGAGCACAUCAACAAAAUUGUGUCAGACGACAGCUGCACGCUCCUGAUCCAGCAGGGCAAACGUCCUGACACUGGCCUCUACACACUGGUGGCCUCCAACAGCCUUGGAAAGGCCUCCAAGGAGAUGAGGCUCAAUGUGCUAGGCCGGCCCGGUCCUCCCUCUGCUCCCAUUAAGUUUGAGGAGAUUGGAGCUGAGAGGAUCACACUGUCCUGGCUGCCGCCAAAGGAUGACGGUGGCUCAAAACUCACCAACUAUGUCAUCUGGAAGCGAGUAGCCAACAGGAAGACCUGGGUGCCUGUAACCAAUGAGCCCAAAGAACGUAUCUGGACAGUGGAGAACCUAAUGCAGGGACAUGAGUAUGUGUUCCGCAUUAUGGCCCAGAACAAGUAUGGCGUUGGAGACCCACUGGACAGUGAUCCUGAGGUGGCCAGAGACCUCUACAAAAUCCCCGGCCGGUGUGAGAAGCCGACUGUGACCAGUAUCACCAUGGAUAACAUGACCGUGAACUGGGAGGAGCCCGAUGAUGACGGGGGCACUCCAAUCACCGGUUACUGGCUGGAACGCAAGGAGACGACAGGCAAGCGUUGGGCCCGUGUCACCCGCGACCCCAUCCGCCCCAUGGGCCUGGGCGAGUCCUUUGUGGUGGACGGUCUCAUUGAAGGCUCCCAGUACCUGUUCAGAGUCUAUGCCGUCAAUGCUGCAGGGCCCGGACCUGCCAGUGAACCCACAGACCCCAUCUUCGCCAGAGACCCCAUUUCCCCACCCUCUCCUCCAACUCCGAAGGUUUCUGAUUGGACUAAAUCCACGGUGGACCUGGAAUGGAUCCCACCUCUGAAGGAUGGAGGCUCCAAGAUCCUUGGCUACUGGGUGGAGUACAAGGAGGAGGGCACCGAGGCCUGGGUCAAGGCUAAGGAAAUAGAAAUCCGUGGCACCCGAUUUGUGAUCACUGGUCUGAAGACUGGCGGUCGGUACAGGUUCAGGGUGAUGGCAAUUAAUGUUGCUGGUAACAGUGAGCCAGGCGAAGUCCCCGAAGUGCUCGAGGUCAAGGAUAGAACCGUUGCUCCUGAGAUCGACCUGGACGCCUCAGUGAAGGAGAGGAUAGUGGUCCAUGCUGGCGGGGUAAUCCGCAUCAUUGCCUACGUAUCAGGCCAGCCACCACCUGACGUCACGUGGAGCAGAGAUGGAGCAGCGCUACCUCCUGAGGCCAAAGUGGAGACGACAGCCAUCAGCUCAUCUUUGGUGAUCAAACCUUGUGCCAGGAGGCAUCUCGGUGUCUACACACUGACUGCCAAAAAUGCUGGCGGGGAGAAGACAAAGAACGUCACAGUGGAAGUUCUGGAUGUCCCUGGACCUGUCGGCAUCCCCUGCACCGCUGACAACCUGAGCAGUGACUCUUGCAAGAUCAACUGGUUCUUCCCUGAGAACGAUGGUGGCUCUCCGAUCAGCAACUACGUCAUUGAGAAACGUGAAGCUGAGCGUAAGGCCUGGACCUCGCUCUCCUUUACUGCUAGCAGACAGAACGCUGUGGCUCAUGGCCUCACCACUGGUAAGGCCUACUUCUUCAGAGUGGCUGCUGAGAACGCCAUCGGCAUCGGACCCUUCAUAGAGACAGCAGCUGAACUGAUUGUGAAGGAACCUAUGAGUGUGCCCGACCGCCCGGAGGAGCUGGAGGUCACCAAGGUUACCAAAGAUUUGAUCAGCGUCACCUGGAAAGCUCCCAAGUAUGAUGGGGGCUCGGAGAUCACCAUGUAUAUCCUGGAAGCACGUAUGAUCGGCAAAGAUAAGUUCUCCAGACUGACAAAGGAGAAACUGAUGGAGAGGAAGUACACCUACGAUGGCCUGAGGGAGGGCGACACCUAUGAGUUCAGGGUCAUUGCCGUCAACGACAUCGGACCGGGCAAACCAUCAUUCUGCACCAAGCCAAUCACCUGCAAGGACGAACUGGAGCCACCAACCAUCGAGGUGGACUUCCGUGAUAAGAUCGUCAUACGCGUUGGUGAGAGCUGCCUGCUUCAGGGUCGCUACACCGGCAAACCUUCGCCAUCCAUCAUGUGGUACAGAGACGACGAGGAGCUGAAGGCUGACAUGCAUAUCAUGUUCAAGAAUACACUGACCACCAUGUCACUGGGCCUGAUGAAGGCAAAGCGUGAGCACAGUGGCAGAUAUGUGGUGGUGGUGGAGAACAGCACCGGAUCCAGGAAGGGAGUGUGCAACGUUACAGUUGUUGACCGCCCGACUCCUCCUGUGGGUCCAGUAAUCUUUGAUGAGGUUCACAGAGAGUACAUGGUGAUCUCUUGGAAACCUCCACUGGACAGUGGAGGUGUUGACGUCUCCAACUACAUCAUUGAGAAAAGAGACACCAACAGAGACCUUUGGACCACAGUAACAUCAGCUUCCACCAAGACCACAUGCAAGAUCCCCAAACUGAUUGAGGGCAGGGAGUACAUCAUGAGGAUCUGUGCUGAGAACAUGUACGGCAUCAGUGACCCUCUGGAUUCUGAGGAGAUGAGAGCCAAAGAUCUUUUCAGAGUCCCUGAGGCCCCUGAGAUGCCAACGGUCAGGGAGGUGUAUGGCACCAACGCCCUGGUGCUAUGGAACCGGCCUCGUGAUGGUGGGAAGCCCAUCACCAACUACAUCCUGGAAAAGAAGGAGCCCUCAGCCAAAAGAUGGUCUCGGGCCACCAGAGAGCCACUAUACCCUGCUACUCAAUACAGAGUCCAGGACCUGGUGGAGGGCUGCGAGUAUGAGUUCAGGGUGAUGGCUGAGAACGAGCUGGGAACUGGAGACCCCAGUGAACCCUCAAAACCCAUUCUUGCCAAAGAUCCCAUUGUGUGUCCAAGCCCUCCAGUGACCCCUGAGGCUUACGACAAGACCAAGGACACUGUCAGUCUGAAGUGGAAGAUGCCUCGCCAUGACGGAAGGGGCCGGAUCCUUGGCUAUCUUGUUGAAUACCAGCAUCCUGGUUCUGUGGAGUGGAAACCGGCCAACGAGACCCCAGAGCAGUGCCCCGACCUCCACUAUGUGGUGACAGGCCUGACUGAUGGACAGGAAUACACCUUCAGGAUCUUUACUGUUAAUGCUGCUGGCAAAUCUGAUCCUGCCUACGUCAAAGAGUCCAUAAAGGUUCACGACAGACUCGAGGCGCCAGAGUUGCUGCUGGACGCAAACAUGUCGCGUGACCACCUGGCCAUGCUGGGCACUGACAUCACCCUCAGCGCCACCAUCAAGGGUGUGCCGACACCCACUGUCAGCUGGAAGAAAAAUGAUGGAGACAUCCCGUCUCACAUCACUGUUGCUGUCACCGCCACUGGAAGCAAAGUCUUCAUCCCCAAGUGCGUCCGCCCUGACUCCGGCAACUUCACCAUCACUGUGGAAAAUGCUGCUGGGAAGAAAUCAGCUACCGUUGCUGUGCUGGUGUUGAACAAGCCCACUCCUCCCAGAGACCUGGUGAUCUCUGAGGUUACCAGUGAGUCUGCUUACCUGACAUGGAAGGCUCCUGAGGACAAUGGUGGUGCCAUCAUCUCCCACUACGUUGUGGAGAAGAAGGACGUGGCGUCCGAGCAGUGGGUGCCCGUCUCUGCAGCCAAUAAGAAGCUGAGUCUGAUGGCCAUGUAUCUGAUGGAAGGAAUCCAGUACUUGUUCAGGGUGGCAGCUGAAAACCAGUUUGGCAGGAGCGAUUAUGUGGUCACCAAGACACCCAUCAAAGCAAUUGAUCCUCUUUAUCCUCCUGGCCCACCCAAGAACCUGCACCACACUGAUGCAGACAAGACAGAGGUAUGGUUGGCAUGGGAGUGGCCAGACCGCACAGGUGGAAGUGAAAUCACUGGGUUCAUUGUUGAGCACCAGGAAGAGGGUCAGACUGACUGGGUCACCUUCAAGACUGUCCACAACAACCAUGCACACGUCACCGGUCUAGAGGAAGGAAAGACCUACCGCUUCAGGGCGAAAGCUCAGAACGCCAUCGGUAUAAGCCGUCCUGACACCAGUGUUCCCGUCACGUGCCAGGAGAAGACAUUACCACCCACUAUUGAAGUUGAUGUAAAGCUUAUUGAGGGUCUUGUUGUCAAGGCGGGCACCACUAUUGUCCUCCCAGCCAAGAUGACAGGAAUCCCCACUCCCACUGCCAAGUGGGUGACAGAUGACAAGGAGAUCAUGUCUGAGGGCCGCUACCACAUUGAGUCUGCUGAAACCUCCACCAUCCUCAGUAUCCCUGAGUGCCAGAGAGGAGACACUGGAGAAUACCUCCUCACUGUGUCCAACACUACAGGCAGCAAGACUGUUGCACUGCAUGUCACUGUGCUGGAUCUUCCAGGUCCACCCGUCGGCCCCAUCAAUAUCUUAGAGGUUACACCUGAUUACAUGAUGAUCCAAUGGAGAGCACCCAAGGAUGAUGGUGGUACACCCAUCACCAACUAUGUAGUUGAAAAGAAGGAUGUGAAGAAGCCAUGGGAGCCCUGGUCUGUUGUUAGCUCCGGUGGCACCAGCACUAAGGCCAAGGUGUCACGGCUGGAGAAGGGUCGUGAGUACAUUGUUCGUGUCCGAGCAGAAAACAAGAUUGGUAUUGGAGCUGGGCUUGAGAGUCCUCCCACGAUUGCCAAGCACCUGUUCAACCCGCCUGGUCCUCCAGGCUUCCCAGUGUGCUCCGAUAUCACAGAAAAUGCUGUGACAGUGGAAUGGCCUCUGCCUGACUAUGAUGGAGGCAGCCCCAUCAGCGGCUAUGUGAUUGAACGUAGAGAGAUGACAGGAAAGUGGAUCCGUGUCAACAAAACUCCUGUGCUGGACCUCAGAUACAGAGUCUCAGGCCUGUUUGAAGGCAACACCUACGAGUUUAGAGUGUUUGCUGAGAAUGUUGCUGGUACCAGUGAGCCUUCUCCCAUCUCUGACCCCGUCAAGGCCAUUCGCGCCAUAACCAAACCCGGACCACCUGGCAAUCUUAAACUGAAGGACUGGAGCAAGGCCUAUGCUGACAUCUGCUGGACCAAGCCGACAAGAGAUGGAGGCAGUCCAAUCCUGGGUUAUGUUGUUGAGAUUCAGAAGACAGGAUCUGCCCAGUGGGACAGAAUCAACAAGGACCUCAUCAAGAUGUGUGCCCACAGAGUGCAAGGCCUCAUUGAAGGAAUGGAGUACAAAGUCCGCAUCAGAGCCACUAACAAGGUUGGAGACAGUGAACCAAAGGAGUUGACUGAAACCAUCUUGGCAAAAGAUAUUCUGGUCCCUCCUGAGGUUGUUGUCGAUGUGUCCUGCCGUGACUCUCUGACUGUUAGGGCAGGUCAGAUCAUUAGUUUGAUCACCAAGGUGAAGGGCAGACCUGACCCAGAGAUCACAUGGACCAAGGAUGCCAGAGCCUUGUCCCGGGACAAGCGCACUGACAUUCACAACAACUACCCUGUGUGUGAACUGGUCAUCGAAGAUGCAGUCAGGUCAGACUAUGGUAAAUAUGCCAUUGUUGCCAAGAACAGUAGUGGACAGGCACAGGCUACCAUUAUUGUCAAUGUGCUGGACACACCAGGAGCUUGCCAGAACAUAAAGGUGGCCUAUGUGACCAAGACCUCCUGCAUGGUGUCAUGGGAGAACCCAGAAGACAAUGGAGGCACUGAGAUUACUCAGUACAUUAUUGAGUCCCGCCAGCCAAGCCAAAGAGGAUGGAGUGUGGUGUCCAAUGACUGCACCAAGCGCUUGAUAAAGGCCCCUCUUACCCAAGGCUGUGAGUACUUCUUCCGUGUAAGAGCAGAAAAUAAGAUUGGUACCGGUCCACCCAUUGAAACCAAGACAGCUGUGCUGGCAGUUGAUCCCAUUGAGAAGCCUGGUGAACCUAUUGACUUCCACAUCUCUGAGAUUGGCAAAACCUUUUGCUUCCUCAAGUGGAGGAAGCCAGACUAUGAUGGAGGUAGCCGUAACCUGGGUUACCACGUUGAGAAGAAGCCAAAGGAAGCUGAGGAGUGGGAGAGACUUCAUAAGGGUGCAAUCCACGAGACUUACUUUAUGGCUGACAGGUGCAUUGAAAACCAGAUCUACCAGUUCAGAGUUCAGACUAAGAAUGAGGGAGGUGAGAGCAACUGGGUGACCACAGCUGAGGUCCUUGUUAAGGAGCAGCUUGUGCAGCCUGAGAUCAAGAUAAAACUGGAUGGAACCCUUGUGGUCAAGGCAGGAGACUCAAUUCCUAUUGAGGCGAUGAUUAAGGGCAAACCACAGCCUGAUGUCAAAUGGACCAAGGAUGACAGCACAGAAGAGAUCAAGAAGAGUCCCAGGCUUCAGAUCGAAAGUGGUGUUGACUUCUCAAAGCUGCUUGUGACAGGCGGCAGGCGCACUGACAGUGGCAAAUAUGUUGUGACUGCUUCCAACAAUGCAGGAACCUGCUCAGCACACGCUAAGGUCAAUGUACUGGACAGACCUGGCCCCAUCAGGGAUCUCAAGGUGUCCGGUAUCACCACCGACAGGUGCCAUCUGGCCUGGGAAAUCCCUGAGGAUGAUGGUGGAUGUGAUAUUUACAACUACAUUAUUGAGAAAUGUGAGACCAAGAGGGGAGUCUGGUCUGUCCACUCCAACGCUGUCAUCACCAACAAAGCUAAGGUCACUCGUCUUAUUGAGGGCAAUGAGUAUAUCUUCAGAGUCCGUGCUGAGAACAAGAUGGGUCCUGGCCCUGCAGUGCAAAGUGAGUCCAUCCUUGCUGGCACCCAGUUUAGUGUCCCUGGAGCCCCUGAUCCACCAGAGGUCACCAAGAUCGCCAAGGAGGAAAUGACUGUGCUUUGGUUAGAGCCAGACAAAGAUGGCGGAAAGCCAGUCACAGGUUACCUGUUGGAGAAGAGGGAGGAGCAUGCUGUCAGGUGGUCCCCUGUAAACAAAGAUCCAAUCCCUACAACUCACUUCACAGUUACUGGACUUUUGCACCUCCAUGACUACCAGUACAGAGUCAAAGCUGUCAAUGAAAUUGGUGUUGGUAACCCGAGCAAGCCUUCACGUACCGUCACUGCCAAGGAUUCAGUUGAACCUCCUGCACCUCCUACCAACAUGAAGGUCCUGGACAGCUCCAAGACUUCCUUUACUUUAGGCUGGACCAAGCCUGUAUCAGAUGGAGGAGCUCCCCUCAUCGGAUACGUUGUGGAGAUGAAGGUGUCAGGAAGUGGAAAGAAAGGAGACGAUAGUUGGAAGAGGUGCAACGUAGCGGCUCAGCUGGUUGUGUGCGAGUUCACAGUCACAAGUCUGGAUGAAAACCUUGUGUAUGAAUUCAGAGUGUCAGCUCAGAACCAGGUGGGCAUGAGCCUGCCCUGCAACCUGGAGGGAGCUGUAAUCCCCAGAGAGAUUCUAGAGGUACCAGAGAUUGACUUGGAUGCCAACCUGAAGGAAGGACUGACUGUGAGAGCUGGCUGUCCCAUCAGACUCUGUGCCACCAUCAGAGGUAGACCACCACCAAAGAUCACCUGGAGGAGGAUGGGCAUUGAUAAUGUGGUCAGAAAGGGGCAUGUCGACAUCAUUGACACCAUGACCUUCUUGGUCAUCCCCGACAGUACUCGCAAUGACUCUGGCAAAUACUGCUUGACUGUGCAGAGCCCUGCCGGAGAGAAGGCUGUAUUUGUCAAUGUGAAGGUUUUGGACACUCCGGGACCUGUGAUGAACCUGGAAGCCACUGACAUCAAACAGACGUCAGCCAAGCUGUCCUGGAGUCCACCAGAGAUUGAUGGUGGCAGUGAGAUCACUCACUACAUCGUCGAAAAGCGAGAGGUUGACCGCAAGACAUGGGCAGUUGUCAAGGCUGAAGUUGAGGUGGAUAAGAUUCCCUUCAAGGUCAGCGGUCUAAUAUCAGGAACUGAGUACUACUUCAGAGUCACAGCUGUCAAUGAGUAUGGAUCCGGAGUUCCCAAAGUGUCACCCACCUCCUAUCUGGCCUCUGAUCCUGUCAGCAAACCCGAUCCUUGUGAGAAGAUUGAGGUUCUGGAAAUCACCAAGAACAGUGCGAUAGUUGGCUGGGUGAAGCCCGCAAGAGAUGGUGGUGCCAAGAUUGAUGGUUAUGUGGUUGAGUACAUUGAGGUGAAACCUCCUCCAGAGCCUCCAGCACCAGUGGAGGUUCCAGAGGGAGAGGAAGCUCCUCCACCUCCUCCACCACCUCCAGUAGUAGAAGAGGAAGAAGAGGAAGCGCCUGAGGAGGUGUGGAAUGCUUACACUACUGUAAAGGAUUUGAGUAUAAGUAUCAGUGGCCUGAAGGAGGGCAAGAGGUACAAGUUUAGAGUGGCAGCCAAGAACUUCAUGGGCAUGAGCUUGUUCACCGAGACCCGGGAGCCAGUGGAAAUCAAGGAACAGAUGUGGGAGCCAAAGAUUGUCAUGCCUGAUAUGGUGGGUGCCAGAGCUGGAGCUAAGCUCAGGGUGGAGGCACUUAUUUCUGGAAAACCAGCCCCAUCCUGCAAGUGGAUGCGGGGUGAGACUGCGGUAGUCCCAUCAAGCCGUCUGGCUGUGCACCACUCCGGCAACCUGUGUGUCCUGAUCAUCAAGGAUGUGUCAAGGACAGACAGUGGAGAGUACAGCCUGGUGGCUGAGAAUAGCUCUGGAAAAGUGUCCCAGGCUCUAAAGAUCGUCAUCAGAGACAUCCCUGGUCCUCCUGAGGGUCCUGUGGUGAUCAGUGACAUUGACUCAGAUGCUUGCUCUCUGUCCUGGAACAUACCACUGGAGGAUGGAGGCAGCAAGAUCACCAACUAUGUGGUGGAGAAAUGUGACGUGACCAGAGGUGACUGGGUGAUGGCCACCUCCUCCCCGAAGACGAGCUGCAGGCUGGGAAAACUCAUUCCUGGGAAGGAGUAUGUGUUGCGCAUCCGUGCUGAGAAUCGCUACGGGGUAUCAGACCCCGUCCAAUCUGAGAGGAUGGUCGCCAAGUUCCCCUUCAAUGUUCCUGGCGAGCCUCUCAACUGCCGCAUCAACAAGACCAACAAGGACUGUAUGUUUGUGGCCUGGGACACACCCAAGAGUGACGGAGGCAGCCCCAUCACAGGUUACUACAUUGAACGUAAGGAGAGGAACAGCUUGCUCUGGGUGAAAGCCAACGACACGGUUGUCCGCACCAUAGAGUACCCAUGUGCUGGGCUAAUUGAAGGCCUGGAGUAUACCUUUAGAGUAUCUGCCAUCAACCGCGCUGGUCAGGGCAAGCCAAGCAAGAAGACUGACUUUGUCACUGCCAGAACACCUGUUGACACACCAGGUAAACCAGAGGUCCUGGACGUGACCAGGAACUCUGUCAGUCUUGUUUGGACCCGACCCAAGAAUGAUGGUGGCAGCAAGAUCAUCGGCUACUACGUGGAGGCCAUGAGGGUGCCAGGAGACACUUGGGUGCGCUGCAACACCAGCAGCCAGAAUGUCCCAAGGGAGGAGUACACAGUGACAGGCCUGGAGAGAGACCUGCAGUACCAGUUCAGAGUCACUGCUAAAACUGCCGUCAACAUGAGCAAACCCUCUGAGCCUACAGACCCCAUCCUGGUCUGUGCCGAGAAUGUGCCUCCCAGGGUCGAGCUUAACGCCAGGAUGCAGAAGGGUUUCAAAGUGAAGGCCGGAACUACAUUACUCCUGCAGGCUGAGGUGUUUGGUAAGCCAAUGCCAAGAGUCACAUGGAAGAGAGGUGAUGAUAGCCUGAAGUCAGCUGAAGGUCAGGUCAUCACCCAGCACAGACAUAACUUCCAGCUGGAGAUGACUGGAGUCACUAAGGAGCACACAGGAACCUACACCAUCCUGGCCGAGAAUGCCAGCGGAUCCAAGACUGCUGAAAUCCAAGUCAUUGUUCUGGAUGUGCCUGGUCCUCCUAUCCAUGCCAAAUUUGUUGAGGUGUUUUCCACCAACAUCAAGUUGUCCUGGGAGCCUCCACUGACGGACGGUGAUGCUUCUAUCACUAACUACAUUGUGGACAAGCGUGAGACCAGUAGAGCAAACUGGGCUCAAGUUUGCGCCAAGUUCAAGGGUGAAACUCUGGAGUUCAAUGUGGAUAAGCUGAUUGAGGGUCGUGAGUACCAAUUCCGAAUCCGUGCUGAGAACACAUGGGGAGUUGGAGACCCCCUCAUCACAGACCCUGUCGUUGCCAAGAACCCAUUCACUGUCCCUGGCCCAUGUGAGGCCCCAGUGAUCACCAACGUGACUAAGGACCAUAUGACUGUCAGCUGGAAGGAGCCUGCUGAUGAUGGAAAGUCCACCAUCCUGGGCUACUUGCUAGAAAAGAAAGAAAUCAAGGAGUUGAAGUGGACCAAGCUGCAUAGGAAGCCCAUGACAGAGAGGACCCUGGAAGUCACAGGUCUCAUCGAGGGAGCUGAGUAUGAGUUCAGAGUCAUUGCUGUCAACAGGGCAGGGCCUGGCAAACCCAGUGAGCCCUCUGCUGCUACCUCUGCACAGAAUCCUAUCACUCCUCCCGGCCCUGUGGUGAACCCCAGUGUAACAGACACCACUUCCAGUACCAUCAACCUCACCUGGACUGUCCCUGCAAAUGACGGUGGAAGCCCCAUCCUGGGAUACCUGGUGGAGUGCAAGCGGACGGGUACCACAGACUGGAUCCGCUGCAAUGUACCCAGGAACUUGCAGGAGACCCACUACAUCAUCCAGAACCUCAUACACAAGGCAGAGUACCAGUGUCGCAUCACUCCCGUCAACAAGGUUGGCUUCGGCGAGCCGGUCGAAGUGCCUGGCAAGCAUAUCGCCCAGGACAUCUUUGUUCCUCCAGAGGCAGAACUGAGUGCGGAGCUGAAAGAAUGCCUGGAACUGAAUGCUGGCGCCACCAUGAGGCUGCACGCCACCAUUAAGGGACGCCCAUAUCCCAAGGUCACUUGGGCAAAGAUGAACACUAACAUCAAAGACCGCCAAGGCAUCAUCAUCAAGUCCACCAACACUGACACCACGGUGAUGGUGGAGAGUGUCAACAGAUAUGAUGCUGGCAAAUACAUUCUGAACCUGGAGAGUUUGGCUGGCAUGAAGAUGUACACCAUUGUCGUCAAGGUUUUCGACACUCCUGGGCCACCAGUCAACCUGAUGGUGAAGGAGACAACCAAGGACAACGCCUCCAUCUACUGGGAUACUCCUCUAAUCGACGGUGGCUAUGAAGUCACCCACUACAUUGUGGAGAAGCGUGACACUGAGAGGAAGGCCUGGUCCAUGGUCUCCAACAACUGCACCAAGACAUCGUUCAAGGUGCCAGACCUGCAAGCAGGACGGUCCUACUGCUUCAGAGUGUCAGCUGCCAACCAGCUCGGUGUUGGAGAGCACUGUGAGACUGAUGACUCAGUCAGAGCAACUGAGGAGCCUGGGCCUGUCAUGGACUUCAAGACCCUGCUGGUUACCAAGGACUCUUGCACUCUAACCUGGAAGAAACCCCUCACGGAUGGUGGUAGUCGUAUCAUCUGCUAUGUGCUUGAGGUCCUCCAAGAUGACGACAGUUACAAAGAGCUGAUGAGGUCCAAGAACAUGCAGUACAGCGCCAAGGACCUGGUGGAGGGCAGAGAGUACAACUACAGAGUCAGAUCUGUAAAUGAUGCAGGAGAGAGCGCUGACAAGGAGUUGACAGUAGUCGCCAAGGACCAGAUCAUUUAUCCAACCUGUGACUUAAGGGAUCUGCCCAACAUGUGUUACGUUGCCAAGGAGGGCACCACAGUUCGUCUGAAGAUCCCAAUCAUUGGCAAGCCCACACCCAAGGUCUCCUGGAAGAAGGGAGAAGAUGAAGACCUGACAGACACUGGCCGUGUUUGUGCAGAGUCCUCUGCAGUCAACACCACCCUCCUCAUCAGAGACUGCCAGAGGAGUGAUGCUUCCAAGUACACCAUUACCCUGAGGAACAGUGCUGGAAGCAAGGAAUCCACCAUCUUCAUCAGGGUCGUGGGUAAGCCUGGCAUCCCUGUUGGGCCGGUUAAGUUCAAAGACGUUGCUGCUGAUGGUGCCACUCUGAGGUGGGGAACUCCAAAGGAUGAUGGUGGCUCUGAGAUCACCAACUACAUCCUGGAAAAAAGGGACUCAAUCACAAACAUGUGGGUGAAUGUCUCCUCUGCUGUGGAGACCAACAGCAUGAGGGUAACAGGUCUCCAUGAGGGCACAGAGUACAUUUUCAGAGUCUCUGCAGAGAACAAGUACGGCGUUGGAGAAGGACUCAAGUCUGAGCCCAUUGUUGCUAAACAUCCAUUCAAUGUUCCUGAUGCUCCUCCUCCACCUCAGAUCAUGAGCAUGCGCCAUGACUCUGCUUACUUGGCCUGGUCUGACCCCAGGAAGACUGGAGGAUCUCCCAUCACAGGCUACCAUGUUGAGUUCAAGGAGAGAAACAGUAUGUUGUGGAAGAGGGCAAGCCCAGCUGCCUUGAAGAUGAAGGAACACAAGGUAACUGGAUUGACUGAAGGUCUGGAGUACGAGUUCAGAGUCAUGGCCAUCAACCUGGCUGGCAUUGGCAAACCGAGUGCUCCCACUGAUCCGCAGGUUGCCCUGGAUCCUAUUGAUACUCCGGGUAAACCUGACGUAAUCAGCAUCACCAGAAGCACUGUGACCCUCCAGUGGACGGAGCCUGAGUUCGAUGGCGGCCACAGGCUCACUGGCUACAUUGUUGAGAAGCGUGACCUACCGUCGAAGAUCUGGGUGAAGGCCAACAACGUGAAUGUCAUAGAGCCUGCAUUUACUGUCACUGAUCUACAGGAGGGCUGCAAAUACGAAUUCAGAAUUAGGGCAAAGAAUGCUGCUGGUGCUCUCAGCCCGCCCUCGGAGCAGACAGACACUAUUAUCUGCACAGAUGAAUACGCUGCACCAACCAUCAUCAUUGAUGCUCAAGUGAUGGAGGGUCUGACUGUCAGAGCUGGUGAUACUAUAGUUAUCACUGCUACAAGCAUUUUAGGUAAACCUGCCCCAACCUCAUGCUGGUCUAAAGGAGGAAAAUACUUCAAGCUUUCUGACAUCGUCAAUAUCGAGACCACUGCAACCUCCUCCACCCUGUCUGUCAAGUAUGCUGGCAGGAAGGACUCUGGUGAUUACAUCAUCACUGCCAGCAAUCCUUUUGGUGUGAAGGAGGAAACUGUCAAGGUGAAAGUUCUGGAUGUUCCUGCUGCUCCUGGGCCCAUUGAAUGCAGCGGUAUCUCCUCUGAGAAGGUCACGCUGACCUGGACUGCUCCUACUGAAGAUGGAGGUUCUCCUAUCAAGUACUACACCCUGGAGAAGAGGGAGACCAGCCGCCUGCUCUGGACUAUCCUGGAAGAAAAGGUCAUCGACUGUCACUACGUGGCCCACAAGCUCAUCCAGGGCAAUGAAUACAUCUUCAGAGUCUCUGCUGUUAAUCAGUAUGGUGCCAGUGAGCCAUCUCACUCUGAGGCAGUCAAGAUGGUUGAUAGAUUUGGUCCUCCUGGUCCACCAUCCAGACCAGAGGUUGAGAAAGUUGAUGGGCAUUCAGCUACUGUGACCUGGAGGAGGCCAGCUGAGGAUGGAGGAAGUGAUAUCAUUGGUUACUGUGUUGAAAAGAAGGAGAGAAAGGCCAUGAGAUGGGUUAGGGCCUCCAAGAAAGCCAUUGCUGAGCUUAGCUAUGAAGUCACUGGACUAACUGAAGACAUAGAGUAUGAGUUCCGUGUUCUUGCUGAGAACAGAGCUGGCUUUGGAGAGCCGAGUGAACCAUCCAUGCCCGUCAGAACAAUAGUUGUUGCCUAUGUGCCUGGACCUCCGGUCAAUCCAAGAGUCACAGACACAACUAAGACCAGUGCCACUCUGAACUGGGGAAAACCUCUUGAUAAUGGUGGACUUGAAGUCACUGGAUACCUGAUUGAACACAAGAAAGAAGGAACAGAAGAAUGGGUUAAGGACACACCUUCAUCUCCACUUAGGAUCACAGAGUUUGUCGUUCCUGGGCUGGAAACUGGUUCAAAAUACCACUUCAGAAUUAGUGCUGUGAAUGCUAAAGGAGCUGGUGAACCAGCUGAAACUCAGGAACUGGUUGAGAUAGUGGAGCGUGCAGCUGAGCCUGAUUUGGAGCUAGACAUUGAGCUGAGGAGAACCCUUGUUGUCAGGGCUGGCUGUUCUAUUCGCCUCUUUGUGCCAAUCAAGGGACGUCCUACACCUACAGUCACCUGGACCAAGGACAGUGGUCCUGUUCCACGUGCUGUCAUUGACAGUACUGAGUCAUUUACAAUGCUGAUCAUCCCUGAGAGUUCAAGGAAUGAUGCGGGUAAAUAUGAGCUUACCCUUGAAAACUCAUCUGGAAAGAAGAGUGCCCCUAUCAACGUGAGAGUUCUAGAUUCACCUGGACCUCCACUUAACUUAAAACCAGUCAAGAUUGACAAGGAAAGCAUUUCUCUUAAGUGGGAGAUGCCUCUCAUUGAUGGUGGAGCCAAGAUCACAAAUUACAUAAUUGAGAAGAGAGAAUCAACUCGCAAGGCUUUUGCUACUGUUGUUAAAAAUUGCCGGACAACUUCAGUCACAAUCGCUGAACUAGGUGAAGGCUGUGAGUACUACUUCAGAGUAUCUGCUGAGAAUGAGUAUGGCAUUGGUGAGGCAGUUGAAACCACUGAUCCAAUACGUGCAUCCCAGGCACCAACUCCUCCAGAGAGUAUCAUUCCUACUGAUAUCACUAAGAGCUCUGUGAGCCUGGCUUGGACCAAACCCAAACAUGAUGGUGGAAGCAGAAUUACUGGAUAUGUCCUUGAGGCCCAGAAGAAGGGAACAGAUCAGUGGGCCCACGUAACAACAGUCAAGACCAUGGAUUUCACAGUGAAGAAUCUUAAUGAGAAUGAGGAGUACAUUUUCCGUGUCAUGGCUGUCAACCACUCAGGUAGAAGUGCUGCACGUGAGAGUAAAGCCAUUGCUGUCAAGGACUCGACUUUCCUGCCCGAGUUUGACCUGCGUGGUGUCUGUCAGAAGACUGUUAUUGCCAAGGCAGGAGAUGACAUCAAGGUUGAAAUUCCAGUUAUGGGACGACCUAGACCUACUAUCUCUUGGCAGAAGGAUGGCGCAGCCCUGAAGCUCACACAAAGAACCAAUGUGGAAACCACUGCAGCUACUGCUAUCCUUAGCAUCAAUGAAUGCAUACGAGGAGACAGUGGUGUAUAUACCAUGACAGGAAAGAACAUUGUUGGUUCUGUGACAGACAACAUCAUUGUCAAAGUACAUGAUGUUCCUGGGCCACCAAAAGGACCAAUUACGAUUCUGGAGAUAUCUCGUACCUAUUGCAUCUUUGCAUGGGACACUCCUGAGAAUGAUGGAGGUGUUCCUAUCACCAAUUAUGUGAUUGAGAUCAGAGACACCACUACCCAGACAUGGAUAGAGCUGUCUUCCACUAUCAUCCGUACCAUGUUCAAAGCCAUUCGUUUAACCACUGGAUCAGAGUAUCAGUUCAGAGUAAAGGCUAAGAAUAGAUAUGGUGUUGGACCCCCCAUCACCUCAGGGUCAGUGGUAGCUGCCUAUCCUUUCAAAGCCCCUGGACCUCCUGGUACUCCUCAUGUUGCUGCAUUCACUAAGGACUCAAUUACAAUUGGCUGGAAUGAACCGGUGUCUGACGGUGGAAAUGAAGUAAUUGGAUAUCAUGUUGAGAGGAAAGAAAGAAACAGCAUCAUUUGGACUAAGAUCAGCAAGAGUAUUGUGAAAGGAAAUAUCUUCAAAUCCAGCGGGCUGGAAGAUGGAGUUGCCUAUGAAUUCCGUGUCAUGGCUGAAAAUCUGGCUGGAAUUGGUAAACCUAGCAAAGCCUCAGAAGCAAUACUGGCCUUGGACCCUGUAGACCCACCAGGUCAGCCCAUUCCCAUAUUUGUCAACAACAAUGUCAUCACUAUUGAGUGGACAAAGCCUGAGUAUGACGGUGGCUUCAAAAUCACUGGCUACACAGUGGAGAAGAGAGAACUUCCUGCUGGUCGCUGGAUCAGAGCCAACUUUACAAACAUUAUUGAGACAACAUUCACUGUCAGUGGGUUGACUCAAGAUGCCUCCUAUGAGUUCCGUGUCAUAGCCAGAAACUCAGCAGGUGCAGUCAGUGUGCCUUCCGACCCCUCUGACCCAAUUAUCUGCAAAGAUGACAUUGUUGAGCCACGCAUCAGGGUUGAUGCCAUCUUUAAGGAUGUUGUUCUGCUUAAGGCAGGGGAGUCUUUCAAGCUUGGUGCUGACAUCUCUGGUCAACCAACCCCAUCCAUGGUUUGGACCAAGAAUGGAAAGGAGGUUGAGAAUACAAUGAAACUAAACAUUAAGUUCACUGAACUGACAACCACACUGACCAACAAGGACUCUGUCAGAUUGGAUGGAGGAGAAUUUGUUUUGACUGCCACUAAUGUUGGUGGAUUUUCUAAGCACAUCUUUAAAGUUAGAGUACUUGACAGACCUGGACCACCAGUUGGGCCUCUUAAUGUAUCUGAUGUCACAGCUGACCAUUGUGUUCUGACAUGGGCCCCACCUGAAGAUGAUGGUGGUGCCACAAUUGAAGGAUAUGUUAUUGAGAAGCGUGAGUCAAGCAGACUGGCUUGGACCAACGUGGCUUCAGAUGUGCAGGUUACACAACAAAAGGUGACCAAGCUGCUCAAAGGAAAUGAAUAUAUCUUCAGAGUUAUGGCAGUAAACAAAUAUGGGCAUGGUGAGCCUCUUGAUUCAGAACCUACCAUUGCAGACAACCCAUAUGUGGUUCCUGAUCCUCCACAGUCUCCUGAGGUGACAGCUGUCACUAAAGAUUCAAUGAUUGUUAUGUGGCAAGUACCUGCAAGUGACGGUGGAACCCCCAUCACCAACUACAAUAUUGAAAGAAAAGACAAGAUUGGCCUCCGCUGGGUCAAAUGCAACAAGAGGAAAGUAAAAGAUCUUCAGUUCAAGGCAGCAGGUCUUGUCUCUGGACAUGAAUACGAAUUCAGAAUACUUGCUGAGAAUGCUGCUGGAUUGAGUGCACCAAGUGUCCCCACUCCAUUCUACAAGGCUUCUGAUGCAUUGUACAAGCCAGGGCCUCCAUGCAACCCAAGAGUCUUGGACACUACCAAGUCUUCAGUUACUAUUGCUUGGAACAAACCUGUGUACGAUGGUGGCUCUGAUAUCACUGGCUACAUUGUGGAGACCUGCAUCCCAUCUGAAAAGGAAGAGGAUGAGGAGUGGACCAUUGUGACACCCACACAAGGGCUCCUUGCCACCUCAUUCACCAUCAUCAACCUAAAGGAGAACCAGGAGUACAAGAUUAACAUCAGUGCUGUCAAUGGUGAAGGAAUCGGAGAGGCAGCAUCUGUACCUGGUAAUCCCAAGGCAGAGGACAGGCUCCUACCACCUGAGAUAGAUUUGGAUGCUGAACUCCUCAAAGUUAUUAGCCUGAGAGCUUGUUGCUCACUUAGACUAUUUGUGCCCAUCAGAGGCAGACCAACUCCUCAGGCUAAAUGGACCAAAGAGGAUGGUGAGCACAUUGAGAGGGCGACCAUUGACAGCACAUCAUCAUACACAUCACUUGUAAUUGAAAAUGUCAACAGGUUUGACAGUGGAAAAUAUAACCUUACUGUUGAAAACAGCUCGGGCUCCAAGACAGUCACAGUUCAAGUCAGAGUGCUUGACACACCAAGUGCCCCACAGAAUCUGAAGAUUUCUGCUGUAACAAAGGAAUCUGUCUCUCUGACCUGGGAUCCACCAGUGAAUCAUGGAGGAGUUAAGAUUAAGAACUACAUUGUUGAAAAGCGAGAGUCCACAAGGAAAGCAUAUGCCACUGUUAGUUCUAUGUGCCAUCACACCAACUUUACAGUUGACCAACUCCUUGAAGGAUGCAACUAUUACUUCAGAGUGUUAGCUGAGAAUGAAUAUGGCAUUGGCCUACCCAUUGAGACUGGUGAAUCAGUUAAAGUGUCUGAGAAACCACAGCCACCUGGCAAAGUCACUCUUAAGGAUGUAACAAAAAACAGUGUCACCCUCUGCUGGGAGAAGCCAGAGCAUGAUGGUGGUAGCAGAGUGGGCUGUUACGUUGUUGAAGUCCAGCCCAAAGGUGUUGACAAGUGGACCCAAGCUGUGAUUGUGAAAGAAACAGAAGCUACUAUUAGUGGGCUCAAUGCAGGUGAAGAAUACAUGUUCCGUGUAGCAGCGAGAAAUGAGAAGGGAACAAGUGACCCGCGUCAAAUUGGUGUGCCUGUGAUCGUUAAAGAUCUUGUGAUCGCACCAGUUGCCAAAAUACUGUUCAACACAUUCAGUGUGUUGGCAGGGGAAGACCUAACAGUAGAGGUCCCAUAUGUUGCACGUCCCAAAGCAGCUGUCUCCUGGGUAAAGGAUGGUCAGCCUAUGAAGAGAACUACCAGAGUAAACUUUGGAGCAACAGAAACAUUGCUGAAGCUCACCAUAAAAGAGGCUUCCAGAGAUGAUGUUGGACACUAUCAUAUUACUCUCAGCAACACAGCAGGAGAGACAACAGCAGACAUUGGCAUUGUUGUUCUUGACAAACCUGGCCAACCAGGUGGUCCGGUUAAGGUGGAGAAAGUCACUUCUGACAGUGUAACCAUCUCCUGGAAACGACCAGAGUAUGAUGGUGGAUGCACAAUCAAAAACUACAUUGUGGAGAAGAGAGACACAUCCACAACUAACUGGAUGGUUGUUUCUCCUAACCUUGCAAGGACUAAAAUCAAGGUAGGCAGGUUGAAGACUGGUUCUGAGUAUCAGUUUAAAAUCACAGCAGAAAACAGAUAUGGAAAAGGGCCAGCUCUUCAAUCGGAGUGUAUUACAGCUCAGUAUCCAUACAAGCUCCCAGGACCUCCAGGAACACCAUCGAUUGCAGCCAGCACCAAGGACAGCAUGGUGGUAGCAUGGAAUGAACCUGUGAAUGAUGGUGGAAGCACUAUCUUGGGCUACCAUCUUGAGCGCAAAGAAAGAAAUAGCAUCCUCUGGGUCAAAUUGAACAAGUCUCUUAUUACUGACCAAACCUUCAAGACCACAGGCCUAGAACCAGGAAUGGAGUAUGAAUACAGAGUUUAUGCUGAAAACAUUGUUGGAAUAGGCAAAGUGAGCAAAGUGUCUGAAGGCCACAUUGCUAGAGAUCCUUGUGAUCCUCCUGGCACCCCUGAGGCAACGAAGAUUACUAAGGAGUCUGUGACCAUCGUUUGGACCAAGCCUGAGUAUGAUGGUGGUGCCAAGGUUACAGGCUAUAUUGUGGAAAAGAAGGAGCUGCCCGAAGGUCGUUGGCUGAAGGCUAACUUUACUAAUGUCAUAGAGACAGAAUAUGUUGCAACAGGCCUUGUGCAGGACAAUCAGUAUGAGUUCCGUGUCAUUGCCAGAAAUGCUGCUGGUGUUUUCAGUCUCCCUUCUUACAGUACUGGUCCUAUUACUGCCAAGGACGAGAUUGAGCCACCACGCAUCAGUAUUGACCCACAAUACACACAGUCUAUUGUGAUUAAUGCUGGAGAAAACUUCAAGAUUGAUGGAGAUGUUCACGGCAAACCAUUGCCGUCUAUCCACUGGAUGAAGGGAGAACAGGAACUGGGAAACACUAUUCAUAGAGAAAUUAAGAACACAGACACCAAAGCGUGUAUCACUGUAAAGGAAGCUAAACUUUCCGAUGGAGGCCAAUACACUCUGCUGUUAAAAAAUCCUGGAGGAGAGAAGGCCGUGCAGAUCAAGGUGGUUGUUCUGGAUAAACCUGGAGAACCACUUGGACCACUUGUUGUAACAGGAAUCACAAAAGAACAAUGCUGUCUUGCAUGGAAAGCACCUCUAGAAGAUGGUGGCAGCAAGAUCUCUCACUACAUUGUGGAGAGGAGAGAGUCAAGCAGAUUAGUGUGGACUGUUGUUAACCCAAAAGUUGAGAAUAUUUGUCUAAAGGUUACUAAGCUCUUGGAAGGAAAUGAGUACAUUUUCAGAGUCCAUGCUGUCAACCAGUUUGGUGUGGGUGCAGCACUUGAGUCUGCUGCUGUGAUUAUCAAAGAUCCAUACAUGCUCCCUGGAUCACCCAAGGGCUUAGAGAUUUCAGAUAUUAAAAAGGAUUCCAUGGUGAUCACCUGGGAGGCUCCCUCUGAAGAUGGAGGCAGUCCUAUCACUCAAUAUAUCAUUGAAAAACAUGACAAAGAUGGCAUAAGAUGGACCAGAUGCAACAGGAAAGCAGUCACUGACUUGACCUUCAAGAUCACUGGACUCCUGGAAAGCCAUACUUAUGAAUUCAGAGUUGCAGCUGAGAAUGCUGUUGGUGUUGGAGAACCAAGCCCCCCAACUGUUUUCUACAAAGCUCUUGAUCCUAUCUUUAAGCCUGGUCCACCACAGAAUCCAAAAGUUACUGACACAACAAAAACAUCAGUAUUCCUGUCAUGGGGCAAGCCAGUCUGUGACGGUGGCUGUGAAGUUCAGGGAUACAUUGUUGAGUGCUGCACUACCACAGAGUCAGCUGUACCAGCUGAGGCUCCUGUUGAAGCUGAAGAAGCACCUGCUAUAGAUGCACCUGCUGAGCAAUGGAUAAUGUGCACACCACCAACAGGUGUCAAAAAGACCAAGUUCGAAGUUGUAAACCUGAAGGAAAACCAGGCAUACAAGUUUAGAGUAUGUGCUAUCAACAAGGUUGGAAUUGGUGAGAAUGCUGAUGUUUCCGGAGUUAUUGUCACCCAUGACAGAACUGAAGAGCCAGAUCUUGAUAUUGACCCAGAACUGAGAAAGAUUGUGACCAUUAAAGCUGGAGCUUCACUUAGACUGUUUAUUCCAAUUAAAGGAAGGCCCACUCCAACCAUCAAGUGGGACAAAGAUGAUGUUGCACUGAAAGAGACUGCUCAGAUUGAGGUAACCAGUAGUUUCACAGCCCUUGUAAUUGACAAGAUGAGCAGAAAUGAUAGUGGAAAAUACACUGUCACUGCAGAGAACUCAAGUGGAACCAAAUCUGCAUUUGUUGUUGUCCGUGUUCUUGACACACCCAGUGCUCCUGUUAACCUGAAAGUAAAAGAAAUAACAAACCAGACAGUGACACUGGCAUGGGAACCACCUCUGUUAGAUGGUGGGUCGAAGAUCAAGAACUACAUUGUGGAGAAGAGAGAGAGCACACGCAAAACAUAUGCAGCUGUGGUAACAAAUUGCCAUGCUCUUUCUUGGAAGAUAGAGCCACUCCAGGAGGGCUGCAGUUACUAUUUCCGAGUCCUUGCUGAGAAUGCUCAUGGUGUUGGCCUGCCUGCAAUAACUGUUGACCCUCUAAAGGUGUCAGAGGUGCCCCAGGCCCCCAAGAACUUGAUUGUCACGGACCAAACUAAGACAAGUAUCUCUUUGGCAUGGGAGAAGCCAGAGUAUGAUGGUGGUAGUAGAGUCAUGCAGUACCUGCUUGAGGUAAUGGCUAAAGGCCAGGACAAGUGGUCUGGUGUUAACACAUAUAAGACAAUGGAGACUACUGUUACUAAACUGAACCCAGGAGAAGAGUAUCUAUUCAGAGUUACAGCAAUGAAUGAUAAGGGUAAGAGCGACCCCAGAGUCCUUGCUGGCCCAGUCAUGACCAAGGACUUAGUCAUUGAGCCAGAUAUUCGACCAGCUUUCAGCAACUACAGUGUACAUGUGGGCAAAGACUUGAAUGUUGUUGUUCCCAUCUUUGGACGUCCUAAACCAUCAGUAUCAUGGACAAAAGAUGGUGCUCUUUUGAAGUUCACUACCAGAGUGAACAUUUCCAGUACACUAACACAUACAACACUGAGCAUUAAGGAGGCAGCAGGUGACGAUGGUGGCAUGUACAGUAUAAAUGUAGCCAACUCAGCUGGAAAGAAGGACACAACAGUUGAAAUUAUUGUACUUGACAAGCCUGGGCCCCCAUCCGGCCCAGUGAGGUUUGACGAAGUCACAACACAGACUGUAACUAUUUCAUGGGACCCACCAAAACACAACGGUGGUUGCCAGAUUUCAAACUACAUUGUGCAGAAGAGAGAUACUACAACAACAACAUGGGAGAAUGUCAGCAUUAAUUGUGCCAGAACCAGCAUAAAAGUGCCUAGGCUGAAGACUGGAGCUGAGUACCAAUUCAGGAUCAUUGCUCAGAACCGCUAUGGCAAGAGUCAUGGUCUGGAUUCAUCUGCUGUGGUCGCUCAGUACCCAUACAGAGAGCCCGGGCCACCAGGCACUCCUUUCAUUGCUUCUCUCUCUAGAGAUCACCAGAUUGUUGAGUGGCACGAGCCUGUCUCCGAUGGAGGCAGCCCUGUUCUUGGCUACCAUAUUGAAAGGAAAGAGAGGAAUAGUAUUCUCUGGGUCAAGAUUAACAAGAUGCUUAUUCACGAGACUAAUUUCAAGAGUCACCCCCUGGAAGAAGGUGUUGAAUAUGAAUACAGGGUUUAUGCUGAAAAUAUUGUUGGCAUCGGCAGGUGCAGUAAGAUCUCAGAGGGCUGCAGUGCCCGUGACCCAUGCGAUCCUCCUGGCACACCAGAGGCCAUCCACGUGACAAAAGAUACCAUUGUCAUUCAGUGGACUAAACCUGAGUAUGAUGGUGGCAGUAACAUAACUGGCUACCUUGUGGAGAAGCGUGAUCUGCCAGACGGCCGGUGGAUAAGGGCUAACUUCACUAAUGUGAUUGAGACCAAGUUCACUGUCACCGGUUUGACUGAAAAUGCACAGUAUGACUUUAGAGUCAUUGCUAAAAAUGCUGUUGGCACCAUUAGCAAGCCAUCUUACAACAGUGGACCAAUCAUUGCAAGUGAUCAGGUGGAAGCACCCAAAUUCUCCAUAGACCCUGCAUUCACCAAGACCAUUGUCAUCAAUGCUGGAGAGACAUUCAAGCUAGACGCAGAUGUCCGUGGCAAGCCACUUCCUACUAUCCAGUGGUUCAAGGAUGAACAUCCAGUUGAGAAUACACUCAGACUUCAGAUCAAAAACUCAGAAAACCGUGCACUGAUUAUCAUUAAGGACUCUGUCAGAAUUGAUGGUGGAACUUACACGCUCCAGCUUACAAAUGUGGCUGGCACUGAAACUGUUCCAUUCAAGGUUGUGGUACUGGACGUGCCUAGCCCAUGUGAAGGACCUCUUCAUGUAACUGGGGUUGCAGAGGAUAGAUGUACACUGGUAUGGCGUGCUCCUCUACAUGAUGGAGGUAGUGCCAUUACACGCUAUAUCAUUGAAAGAAGAGAGACCAGUCGUCUAGCUUGGACUGUUGUUAAUGACAAGUGUGACACCACAUGCUACAAAGUCACCAAAUUGCUGGAAGGCAAUGAGUAUAUUUUCCGAGUCAUGGCAGCUAACAGUUAUGGUGUCAGUGAGCCACUGGAGUCUGGCGGAGUGAUCAUGAAGACUCCAUUUGUUCCUCCUGGUCCACCUCACAUUGAUGAUGUAUCCAACAUUGCCCAUGAUGGCAUGACCGUCACUUGGUCUGCCCCCGACAGUGAUGGUGGCAGUGAAAUCACCAAUUACAUUAUUGAAAAGAAGGAUAGAACUGGAAUUAAAUGGACCAGAUGCAACAGGCACAAGGUCACUGACCUUUCCUUUAGAGUUUCAGGCCUAACCACUGGCCACGAGUAUGAGUUUAGAGUGGGUGCUGAGAAUGUAGUUGGUGUGGGAGAGCCAAGCCUUCCAAGUCCAUUCUACAGGGCCUGUGAUCCUAAGUACAAACCUGGGUCCCCAGCACAUGUGCAUGUAAUUGACUCCACAAAGAGCUCUAUUACAGUUUCAUGGGGUAAGCCUCUAUUUGAUGGUGGCAGCACCAUUCAAGGAUAUAUUGUUGAAGUCUGCAAGGCUGAAGAGGAGGAAUGGACCAUGGUAACUCCCCCCACUGGCCUGCGCGUCAACAAAUAUGAAAUUACCAAACUUACAGAGGGUCAGGAGUACAAGAUCCAGGUGUGUGCUCUGAACAAACUGGGAGUUGGUGAGCCAGCUGCUCUCUCGGGAACAGCUAAACCAGAAGAAAGAGUCGAACCACCAGAGAUCCACUUGGACUCUGAGCUGAGGAAGGGUAUCAUUGUGAAGGCUGGAGGGUCUGUUAGAAUCCAUAUUCCAUUCAAGGGUAGGCCAACCCCUGAGAUUAAAUGGACUAAAGAUGAGGGAGACCUGACUGAAAAGGCACUGGUUGAGAAAGCUCAUAACUUCACGCAGCUGUCUAUUGACUCAUGUGACAGGAGCAACUCAGGAAAAUACACUCUGAGCCUAACCAACAGCAGUGGUUCUGUGUCAGAGUUUGUUGCUGUUAAAGUUUUGGAUACACCUGGGGCCCCACAAAACCUUGUGGUUAAAGAUGUCAAAAAGGACUCUGUCACUCUUGUAUGGGAUGCACCACUGGUUGAUGGAGGUUCCAAAAUUAAGAACUAUGUUAUCGACAAACGCGAAUCAACCCGAAAGGUAUAUGCGAAUGUGUCUACCAAAUGCACCAAGACAACAUUCAAAGUAGAGAACCUUAUUGAAGGUGCUAUGUACUACUUCAAAGUCAUGGCUGAGAAUGAAUAUGGAGUUGGUCAGGGUGUUGAAACAAAGACAGCUUCCAAGGCCUCUGAGGUCCCUCUACCUGUUGGAAAAGUCUUCCUCACUGAUGUCACUAAAACCACUGCCUCACUGGCUUGGGAGAAACCUGAGCAUGAUGGCGGCAGCAGAAUUGGUGGCUACCUAAUUGAGAUGUUGCCCAAGGGCACAGAUAAGUGGGGAGUUGCAACAAAUACAAAGACAUGUGAGGGCACUGUCACAGGCCUCACAAGUGGAACAGAAUACCUUUUCCGUAUCCUUGCUUACAAUGAGAAGGGAAAGAGUGAGCCAAAGGCACUUGUUGCACCUGUUAUUGCCAGUGAGAUGAGCAUUGAGCCAAGUCUAAAGAUUCAAUUCAACACUUAUAGUGUAUUAGCUGGAAAGGAUCUUAAAUUGGAAUUCCCUGUGCAUGGCAGGCCCAAACCGAGAGUCACCUGGACCAAGGAUGGUCAGGCUCUGAAGGUGACAUCCAGAGUCAAUGUGUUUAAUACUAAAACAUCAACUGGAAUUCAGAUUACUGAGGCAUGCAAAGAGGACUUAGGCAAAUACAGCAUUACAGCAACCAAUACUGCUGGCACAAUCACUGAGGAGGUGGGUGUCAUUAUUCUUGAUAAACCUGGUCCAUCAACAGGUCCAGUUAAGGUUGUUGAAGUGAGCAAUACCUUUGUCCAUCUCUCUUGGGAGCCCCCAGUGUACACAGGUGGAUGCCAGGUAAAGAACUACAUAGUGGAAAAAAGAGACACCACCACCCAAACAUGGCAAUCAGUCACCACACAACUUGCCAGAACAGCUUUCAAAGUCACCAAGUUGAAGACUGGUGCAGAGUACCAGUUCAGAAUCAUAGCUGAAAACAGAUAUGGAAAGGGUAUGCCUCUGGAUUCCAAGGCCAUUACUGUUCAGUAUCCAUACAAACCACCAGGGCCUCCUGGAACACCAAAUAUCAAAUCUGCAACAAAGGAGAUGAUGAUCAUUCAAUGGAAUGAGCCAGUUAAUGAUGGUGGAAGUCAAGUAAUUGGCUACCACCUGGAAAGCAAGGAGAGAAGCAGCAUCCUGUGGAUCAAACUGAACAAGACUCUUAUCACUGAUACAGAGUUCAAGACCUGCAAUCUUGAGGAGGGUAUUGGAUACGAAUUUAGAGUGUAUGCUGAGAAUAUUGUUGGAAUUGGCAGAUGCAGUAAAGUGUCCGAGUCCUUUGUUGCUCGUGACCCAUGUGAUCCCCCUAGUGCUCCUGAAGCUAUAACUAUUACUAAGAAUCUAAUCAAGAUUCGGUGGACCAAGCCUCAGUAUGAUGGUGGCAGCAAGGUAAAUGGCUAUAUUGUGGAGAGGAAAGAUCUUUCCUCCCCUGAGGGGCGUUGGGUAAGAAUUAAUUUCACUAAUAUAAUUGAGACUGAAUAUUCCAUCACUGGUCUGACAGAGAAUGAACAGUAUGAAUUCAGAGUUAUUGCUAGAAAUGCAGCUGGAGUCUUCAGUGAGCCAUCUGACAGCUCAGGACCUAUUACGGCUACUGAUGAAAUUGAACCACCAAGGGCCUCAAUGGAUCCCAAAUACAAGGAUGUCAUUGUUGUCAGUGCUGGGGAAAACUUGCUUCUUUAUGCAGACAUCCAUGGCAAACCAGUUCCAGAUGUUGUCUGGCUAAAGGAGGGCAAGCAAAUGGAUAAAGCCCUGCGCAUUGAAGUGAAAACUACACACAAACAUGCGGCCAUGACCAUUAAGGAUGUAACCAAGCUUGACAGUGGCCACUAUGACCUUGUCCUGAAAAAUCUGGGUGGUACAAAAAUGUUCCCCAUCACUGUAAAAGUCCUUGACAAACCAGGUAAACCUACUGGACCCAUGAAGGCGACAGGUGUUAUGGCUGACAGGUGCACCCUUUCCUGGACUGCGCCAGCUCUGGAUGGUGGGGCUAGUAUCACUCACUAUAUUUUGGAGAAGAGAGAAACUAGCAGAUUGUCCUGGAUGGUGGCUGCACCCAAUAUCAACGGUCUGUUCUUUAAAUUAACAAACUUGCUCCCUGGAAAUGAAUAUAUUUUCAGAGUAAGGGCUGUCAACAAGUAUGGUGUUGGUGAUUAUCUCGAGAGUGAACCUAUCAUUGCACGCAAUCCUUAUAAGCCACCUAGUGCUCCCGGAACUCCAGAGGCAAGUCAUAUCAAAAAGGACUCUAUGGUUUUGUCAUGGACUGCUCCAGAACAGACGGGUGGAGCUGACAUUGAAGGCUACCACCUUGAAAAACGUGACAAAGAUGGUGUGAGAUGGACAAAGUGUAACAGACAAAAACUGACUGAAACCCACUUCAAGGUCACUGGUCUGAUGACAGAUCACUUCUAUGAGUUCCGUGUUGCUGCUGAGAAUGAGGCUGGAAUGGGAGACCUCAGUGAAUUAUCCCUGUUCUGCAGAGCCUGUGAUGCCACAACACCACCUGGACCUCCACACCAUCCUAAGGUGGCAGACUACACAAAGUCUUGUGUGUCUCUAACCUGGGGUAAACCUGACUUUGAUGGUGGUGCCUACAUUAAGGGCUACAUUGUUGAAAUGAGGGAGUAUACACCAGUACCAGAGGAGGAGGAGGAGGAGGAGGACACAGAAGUAGCACCAGCAGUAGACGCACCAGUUGAAAAGGAAUGGGCCAUGUGCACUCCACCCACUGGCAUUCAAGCUACUAAACUCACUAUUACAGACCUGAAGGAGGGUGAAGAGUAUCAGUUCCGUGUCUGUGCCAUCAACUCUGAGGGAGUGGGAGAGGCUGCUAAUGUGCAUGGCACUGUAGUCACAUCUGACAGGUUGGAAGCACCCGAGAUCGAGCUGGAUGCUGAUCUCAGAAAGGUGGUAUCUGUCCGUGCUGGUGGAACUCUGCGUUUGUUUGUCACCAUCAGAGGACGGCCUGAACCUACUGUGAAAUGGGAGAAGGUUGACGGUGCACUUACAGAGCGUGCUGCUACUGACACUACCAGUUCAUACACUAUGCUGGUCAUUGACAAUGUUAACCGCUUUGACAGCGGCAAAUACUCACUGACAUUGGAAAAUGGCAGUGGUACAAAAUCUGCCAUCGUUGCAGUGAGAAUUCUGGAUACACCAAGUGCACCACAAAACUUUGCUGUGAAGGAACUCAAGAAGGACUCAGCGACUCUUGCCUGGGACACUCCACUCACAGAUGGUGGUUCCAAAAUCACAAACUACAUUGUGGAGAAAAGAGAGUCUGUCAGAAAGGCCUUUACUACUGUAACCAGCAACUGCACAGCUAACUCAUUCAAGAUUGAAGAGCUACCUGAGGGUGGCACCUUCUAUUUCAGAGUAUGUGCUGUUAAUGUAUAUGGCCAAGGACAGAUGGUAGAAACUAAAGAAAUCAAAAUAUCUGAGGUACCUCUGCCACCAAGCAAGGUUACUGUUGUGGAUGUGACAAAGACCAGUGUGUCACUGGCAUGGGUAAAACCUGCUCAUGAUGGUGGAAGUAAAAUAAUGUGCUACAAUGUAGAAUUUAUGCCAAAGACUGGUGAUAAAUGGGGAACAGCAUGCACAGUCAAGGUGCCUGAGGCAACUGUUCCUAAUCUGACUCCUAAUGAAACAUAUUUAUUCAGAGUUGUUGCAAUCAAUGAGAAGGGAAAGAGUGAGCCAAAAGAUCUUGGCUUGCCUGUGGUUGCAAAGGAUAUUGCAAUUGAGCCAUCUAUGCACUUACUGUUCAACACAUACAGUGUGAAGGCUGGAGAUGACCUCACUCUUGAGGUCCCAGUAAGAGGCAGGCCUAAGCCUGUUGUGUCCUGGAAGAAGGAUUCCCUUCCUUUGAAGCAAACAUCAUCAGUGACCAUCUUAAACACUGCAACCUCAGCCAAAAUUAUAAUUAAAGAAGCAAAGAGAGAGCAUGUUGGCAAUUAUGAGAUCACUCUGGCCAACACAGGAGGAACAGUCACUUCACAAAUUGGAGUUGUUGUCCUUGAUAAACCAAGUGCACCUAACAGCAUUAAGGUGGAUGCUGUGACCUCAGACAGCAUCACACUGUCCUGGUCUCCACCAGACUAUGAUGGUGGCUGCUCCAUCAGUAACUAUAUUGUGGAGAAGCGAGACACAAACACACAAGAAUGGCAGUUGGUAGCAAGCAAUGUUGCCAGAACAUCUUUCAAGGCUGGCCGUCUGACACAGGGAUCAGAGUACCAGUUCCGUAUCUAUGCAGUUAACCGUUAUGGAAAGAGUACACAUCUGGAUUCACCUGGAAUUACCGCUCAGUACAACUUUAAACAACCUGGACCUCCUUCCACACCUAUAGUGAAGUUGGCCACCAAGUCUUACAUGUUGGUGACAUGGAAUGAGCCAGUCAAUGAUGGUGGUAGUCCUGUUCUGGGUUACCAUCUGGAGAGGAAGGAACGUGCUAGCAUUCUUUGGACAAAGAUGAACAGAGGAAUGAUAAAAGAUACUGAAUACAAAGUCAUUGGAAUUGACGAGGGUAUGAUGUAUGAAUACCGUGUCUAUGCUGAAAAUAUUGCUGGUAUCGGUAAAUGCAGCAAAGCCUGUGAAGCUGUUGCAGCCAGAGAUCCAUGUGAUCCCCCAGGCACACCUGUAGUCAAAGCUGUUACCAGAACAUCUGUCUCCUUGUCCUGGAGUAAACCAGAGUAUGAUGGUGGAGCCAAGGUUUCUGGCUACAUCAUCGAAUUCAGAGACCUUCCUGAAGGACGCUGGACAAGGUGCAACUUCACCAAUGUAGCUGAGACCCACUAUAAUGUGACAAGUCUUACAGAGAACAACCAGUAUGACUUCCGUGUUAUUGCAAAGAAUGCAGCAGGAUGUUUCAGUGAUCCAUCUGACAACACUGGCCCCAUCACUGUGAAAGAUGAUGUGGAUCCACCACGCAUCAUGAUGGAUGUCAAGUUCAGAGAAACUGUGAGUGUGAAAGCAGGAGAAACUUUGAAGAUUAAUGCUGACUUCGCUGGACGCCCUUCUCCUGUCAUUUCCUGGACCAAGGAUGGUAAGGAGAUCGAGCGCAGAGCUAGAAUCCAGAUUGUUUCCACAGAUACCAGCACCGCCGUCACUGUGAAGGAUUGCAUCAGAAGAGAUUCUGGAAAGUACGCUCUGACUGUACAGAAUAUUGGCGGAACAGUUACGAUGCCAAUUAACUGUGUGAUUCUGGAUAAGCCCGGGCCCUCUGCAGGACCUCUGCAAAUCACAGGUCUCACAGCUGAGCAUUGCACUCUGUCAUGGGGACCACCACAGGAGACUGGUGGUGCUGAGAUCACACAUUAUGUUGUUGAGAAGCGUGACACCAGCCGCUUGGCAUGGACACUAGUGAAGACAGGCAUUACAAAAACAUACUUCAAGGUCACAGGACUAAUUAAGGGAGAUGAAUAUAUCUUCAGGGUUUUGGCUGUCAACAAGUAUGGAGUUGGUGAGGCCCUGGACAGUGAUGCUAUAAAAGUUACAGAUCCAUACACUUUUGCCACAGCUCCCACUGGUGUGGAUGUCACUGACCUAACUGGAGAUUCAAUGACCCUUACCUGGUGCAAACCAGCCAAUGAUGGAGGCAGUCCCAUAACUGGAUAUGUGAUUGAGCGCCGUGAAAAGACAGGUAUGCAUUGGGUUCGAGUGAACAGAGGUCCAGUUGUUGAAUGCACCACUGUAGCAACGAAACUACGCAAGGGUUGUGAGUAUGACUUCAGAGUCUAUGCUGAAAAUGCUGCUGGUCUUAGUCCUCCAAGUGAACCAUCUGCAUCAUUUAGAACAAUGGAACCUCUGGUUGUUCCUUCUUGCCCAACUAAACCAAAGAUUGUCAAUUCAACUACGGACAGUGUGACCAUAGUCUGGAAACCACCCACAGAUGAUGGUGGUGCCCCUAUCCUUGGAUAUAGUGUGGAAUACAGAGACUACAUUUACAAACCAGAACCAGAGGUUGAUGAGGAGGAGGAGGAAUAUGAAGAAGAAGAAGAGGAAGAAGAAUCACCUGAAGAACUAGCAAGAUGGGUGGAGGCUGUUCCUCUUACCAAGAGUUUGGAGUUCACAGUCAUUGGACUAAAGACAGAUGCAGAAUAUGAAUUCUGUGUCAAGGCAAUAAAUAAAGUUGGACACAGUGUGCGUAGCUCAUAUUCAGAUGCAGGUGUUGCCAUGGACAGAACUUCAGAACCCUCAUUUGAUGUUGACAUUGAGAUGCGCAAAGUACUUGUUGUCAAACAUGGAACAGCAUUUACACUCAAUGUACCAUUCAAGGGCAAACCUGUUCCAUCAGUGGCAUGGGCCAAAGAGGACGUUGAUCUAAAGGUUAGGGGAAUGAUUGAAUCGACAGAAUCCAGCACUAAACUGACAAUUGAUAAAUCAACUAGACAUGACUCUGGAGAAUAUUGUGUAACUAUUGAAUCACCUUUGGGAAAAGCAACAUUACCCAUGGUCGUCAAGGUGCUCGACUCUCCUGGACCCCCUGUCAAUGUUAAAGUUUCAGCAGUGACCAGGGAUUCUGCAACCCUUACUUGGGAAGCUCCCGAGAAUGAUGGUGGUGAUGCAGUGAAGGCUUACCAUGUUGAAAAACGUGAAGCCAGUAAGAAGGCCUGGGUGACUGUGACCAGCAACUGCCAUGCACUAACUUACAAGGUAGAAAACUUGCAGGAAGGAGCCAUGUAUUACUUCAGAGUCAUUGGAGAAAAUGAGCAAGGUGUGGGCGUCCCUCAAGAGGCCAAGGCUGGCACAAAGAUUACAGAGGUACCAAGUCCACCCAUGAAAUUUGGAGUUGCAAAUGUUACUAAGGACAGCGUUACAAUUGCCUGGACAAGACCCGAAUAUGAUGGAGGAAGCAGAGUCAAGGGUUAUGUUAUUGAUGCCAUUGAGAAGGGACAGACCAAAUGGGUGAAGUGUGCAACUGUGAGAACUACGAAUCACACCAUAAAGAGCCUGAGGGAGGGUGCAGAAUACUUCUUCAGAGUCCGUGCUGAGAACCAUGCUGGACUAAGUGAACCGAAGGAGAUGAUUGUACCUGUUAUCGUCAAAGAAAUACACGAGGCUCCAGAGUUUGAUCUGAAGAACUACCCCAAGAAUACAGUUUAUGUGAGAGCAGGAUCCAACCUGACCUUUGAGAUUCCUCUCACCGGCAGGCCUAUGCCUAAAGUGACUAUGUCCAAGAAUAAUGUUGUCAUCAAGGGGUCCAAGAGGCUGCUGACUGAAGUAACACCAGACACAUUAAUCAUCACCCUGAAUGAAAGCAUGGCAAGCGAUGCCGGCAAAUAUGAAAUCACUGCCUCAAAUGCUGGAGGUACCGCCAAGAUCUUUAUUAUCUUCGUUGUACUAGACAGACCCGGACCUCCUACUGGACCAGUUGAGGUUGGAGAGGUUGGAGAGACCACAGUGUGCCUGAAAUGGGGUCCUCCAGAGUAUGUUGGCGGCAGUCCUGUAACCAACUAUAUUGUUCUAAAACGUGAAACUAGCACUCCUUCCUGGGCAGAGGUGUCCACUAGCAUUGCUAGAAACGCAAUUAAGGUGACUAAGCUGUCCAAGGGAGAGGAGUAUCAGUUCAGGAUAAAGGCUGAGAAUCGCAACGGCAUCAGUGACCACAUUGACACCAAGCCAAUCACAAUAAAGCUUCCAUAUACUAUCCCUGGACCUCCAUCCACACCAUGGGUCACCUUUGUAUCUAGAGAGAGCCUAACGGUGUGCUGGAAUGAGCCAGUCACUGACGGUGGAAACCCCGUGUUUGGAUAUCAUCUCCAGAUGAAGGAAAGGAGCAGCAUCCUCUGGCAGAAAAUCAAUAAGACAGCAAUCCCAGGAAAUCAGUGGAGGGUCACCAACAUCUGCGCAGGUCUCAUUUACGAGUUUAAGGUGGCAGCUGAAAAUGCUGCUGGUAUUGGAAAGAUUAGCAAGACAUCAGAGGAGGUGCUGGCUAUUGAUGCCUGUGAGCCCCCAGCAAGUGUUCAAGUCACAGAAGUCACCAAGAACUCAGUCAGCCUGGCCUGGCAGAGGCCUCCAUAUGAUGGAGGCAGCAAGAUUACUGGCUACAGCGUGGAAAGGAGGGAUGCUCCCGAUGGCAGAUGGGUGAAGGCCAACUUCACAAACAUCAUUGAAAUGGGCUUUACUGUAUCUGGACUGAACCAGGAUGAGUCUUAUGAGUUCAGAGUGUACGCCAAGAAUGCUGUUGGGUCUGUCAGCAACCCAUCUUUUAUUGUUGGCCCAGUCACUUGCGUUGAUGCAUGUGGUGCUCCAGCUAUUGACCUUCCUCCAGAGUAUCUGGAUGUGGUUCAGUACAAGGCUGGAGCUACAAUUAAACUCGGAGUAGGAAUCAUUGCCAAGCCUCUGCCAAGCAUUGAGUGGCUCAAGGAUGGAAAGGAACUUGUGGUAACCUCAACUGUUAGUGUUGAAAGCACAACUGACUCUUCUGCUGUCCUGAUCAAGGAUGCAUCUCGCUUUGACACAGGCUCAUAUGAUAUUAAGAUCAAGAAUGUUUUGGGCUCAGCAUCUGCAACCAUCCGGAUUGAAAUCCUAGAUAAACCUGGACCCCCAACUGGCAACAUUAAUUUCAUCUCCAUUACAGCAGAAAAGAUGGUCUUCAACUGGGAGCCUGUGCCUGAGGGUGACCAGGGAGGUUCCAAGGUGACCCACUACAUUGUCGAGAAGCGCGAAACCAGCCGAGUGGUCUGGUCAACAGUUUCAGAGAGGCAUGAGCAGACCCACAUUGCUGUUAGCAAGUUAGUGCGAGGAAAUGAGUAUGUGUUCCGCGUCAGAGGUGUUAAUAAGUUUGGAGCUGGAGAGCCACUGGAUUCGGAGCCAGUCAUCGCAAAGAAUGCCUUUGUAACUCCCGGGCAGCCUCGAACCCCAGAGGUGAACACCACCACCAAGACCACCAUGGUGGUAGAAUGGGACAAACCAGGUGUAGAUGGAGGCAGCCCCGUUACAGGCUACUACCUGGAAAAACGUGAUAAGAAGAGCUUGCGUUGGAUAAGAGUUUACAAAGACCCUGUUACUGACAUCAAACAGACUGUCUACCACCUGACAGAAGGAAACGAGUAUCAAUAUCGUGUCUGUGCUAUUAACAAGGCCGGAGAAGGACCAUUCUCUGAAGCAUCGGACCUCUACAAGGCUGCUGAUCCAGUUGAUACACCAGAUGAGCCUUGCAAGCUGAAGGUGGUGGAUUCCACUAAAACAUCCAUCACCUUGGGUUGGUCCAAGCCAGAAUGGGAUGGAGGCAGUGAGGUCACCAGCUAUAUGGUGGAGAAACUUAUUGAGGGAGAGGAAGAAUGGACCAUGAUUACCUCGAAGGGAGAGGUGAAGACUACAGAGUACACAGUUCAUCACCUAAAGCCAGAUGUCAACUACUUCUUCAGAGUGUCGGCCGUCAACUGUGCUGGCCGUGGAGAGCCUCUUGAGAUGACGGAGCCUGUGCAGGCCAAAGAUAUUCUCGAGGAGGCCCAGAUUGACUCAGAUGUGGCCAUGAGAACUCACUACAUUGUGAAGGCUGGCAAGGAUGUGGAGCUGUCUGUUCCUCUGAAGGGCAGACCGGCUCCUUCUGCUUCCUGGAGCAAGGGAGAGGAAUGCAUUGACCACAAACCUGAGUAUGAGUUCCACGACUCAGACACUACUACAGUCCUUGUGAUGCGAAACGUGACCAGGAAUGAUACCGGAAAGUACACAGUCAAGAUUGAGAAUGGUGUGGGAGAGCCCAAGACACUGACCCUGUCCAUGAAGGUCCAAGACACUCCAGCUCAGUGCAGGAACCUGGAACUGAAGGACGUGACCCGUGGAAAGGUCACUCUCUGCUGGGAGCCUCCACUCCUUGAUGGUGGUGCUGAAAUCACAAACUAUAUUGUUGAAAAGAGAGACUCCUCCAAGAGAUCCUACUCUGCAGUGACAAGCAAAUGCACAGAGACAACAUACACCAUUGAAGAUCUCUCAGAGAAGACAUCCUUCUUCUUCCGUGUAUUAGCUGAGAAUGAGAAUGGAGUCGGUGAUCCAUGUGAAACACAUGAGCCAGUGAAGGCUACAGAGACUCCAGGACCAGUCAAGGAGGUGUCUAUGAAGGAUUCAUCCAAGACCUCUGUCACUCUGCAGUGGCUGAAGCCUGAUUAUGAUGGUGGCAGCAUUAUCUCUGAUUAUGUUAUUGAGAAGAAGGUAGAGAAGGAAGAGGAAUGGUCACUGGGAGGAUCCAGCAAACUAUGUGAGUUUGAGGUCAAGAAACUCAAGGAGCACUCAAACAUGCUCUUCAGAGUUGCCGCCAGGAAUGAAAAGGGACAUGGCGACUUUGUUGAGAUUGGGCCUAUCAAGGUGGUUGACUACAUUAUCACACCUGAAGCAAGCCUUGCAGACUAUCCAAAUGGCAGAAUCAAGGUUCGCCUUGGUCACAAUGUGCACAUUGAGCUGCCAUACAAAGGUAAACCCAGACCUUCAGUUAAGUGGUUGAAGGACAAUCUGCCUCUGAAGGAAAGUGACCAAAUCCGCUUCAAGAAGACAGAAAACAAGGCCACUCUAAUGAUCAAGAAUGUGAAGAAGGAGCACGAGGGUAAAUAUACUCUUACCCUCGACAACAUGGUCAACAGGAGAUCCUUCCACAUCCAUGUUGUAACACUAGGACCACCAUCAAAGCCUGUUGGACCUAUCAUCUUGGAUGAGGUGAGAGCUGAGAGCAUCAUGAUCUCCUGGGAAGAACCUAAUGAUGAUGGUGGUGGAGAUAUCAACUGCUACUCCGUGGAGAAGCGUGACACCUCCCAAAAUGACUGGAAGAUGGCAUGCUCCAGUGUAGAAGGAACUCAGUUCAGGGUGCCCAACCUGAUAAAGGGUGCUCAGUACCAAUUCAGAGUGUUUGCUGAGAACAGGUAUGGUGUCAGUGAACCUUUGGUAUCACAGAUGGUAGUUGCCAAGCACCAGUUCAGGCCUCCAGGCCCACCAGGCAAACCUGUUGUGUACAAUGUCACCAAUGAUGGCAUGACUAUCAGGUGGGAGCUGCCCAUCUAUGAUGGUGGUACCCCUAUCCAGGGCUAUCAUGUGGAGAAGAAGGAGAAGAACAGCAUCACAUGGCAAAAGGUGAAUACUAUGCUGGUCAAAGAAACAGAAUACAGGAUCUUGGAAUUGAUUGAAGGCCUUGAGUACUCCUUCAGAGUCUACGCCCAGAAUGAUGCUGGCUUCAGCAGAAUGAGUGAUGAAAGCAAGUCCACCAUGGCUGUCAGUCCUGUUGAUCCUCCUGGCCAGCCCGACUACACUGAUGUGACUAUUGAUUCAAUAAGUCUUAAAUGGGAUCCACCAAAACGUGAUGGAGGUAGCAAGAUUACUGGCUACACCAUUGAGAAACGCCAAGGACAUGGCCGCUGGUUCAAAGCCAACUUGACCGACGUGCACGACAGCCAAUACACUGUCAGUGGUUUGACAGCAAAUGAGCGCUAUGAGUUCAGAGUGACUGCCAGGAAUGCCAUUGGUGUUGUCAGCCCUCCAUCCAACUCCUCUGGAUUGAUUGUGGUUAGAAGUGAGAAUGCUGCUCCUCAUAUUGAGUUUGGCCCAGAGUACUUCGAGGGUUUGACAGUCAAGGCAGGAGACAACAUCAAACUGAAGGCAACUAUUUCUGGACGCCCUGUUCCUAAGGUCGUCUGGCACAGGGAUGGUGUGUUGGUUACCAAAAAGAUGAUGGAUAUUAUCAACGUAGCUGGAUCCAGCACCUUGUUUGUCAGGGAUGCUGACCGUACUCACCGUGGCCUCUACACUGUGGAGGCUACCAACGGCUCUGGAAGCAAGAAGGAGAACAUCCUUGUUCAAGUCCAAGACACGCCUGGAGAGCCAGUAGGACCCAUCACUUUCAGCAACAUCUCCGAGGGCAGGUGCACUCUGUCUUGGACUGCACCUGAGAAUGACGGCUGCUCUGAGAUUUCACAUUACAUUGUUGAGAAGCGUGAGACUGCCAAGAUCUCCUGGGCUUUAGUGUCUGAUGAGUGUGAAGAGUGCACUUUCAAUGCAACAAAGCUCAUCACGACCAAUGAGUACCAGUUCAGGGUCUCUGCUGUCAAUAAGUUUGGAGUUGGCAGACCUUUGGAAUCCAGCCCCAUCAUUGCACAGAUGCAAUACACUGCUCCUGAUGCUCCAGGCACUCCUGAUUCCACUGAGGUAACAGGAGAGAGCAUCACCCUGGCCUGGGCUCCUCCAAAAUCUGAUGGAGGAAACCCCAUUCAGUACUAUAUUCUGGAGAAACGAGAGAAGAAGACUAUGCGGUUCUACAAAGUACUUACCAAGAAGCCUAUUGUUGAGUGUGCUCACAAGGUACUAAAUCUGACCGAGGAUAUGGAAUAUGAGUUCCGUGUUAUGGCUGUGAACGACGCUGGUGUUGGAGCUCCCAGCAAUGUAUCCCUUCCUAUCAAAGCUGCCGAAGAAAAGGAUAUCCCCUGUGCUCCAUCUGUGGUCUGUGUGUCAGACUCCACCAACACUUCCAUCAGUCUGGAAUGGUCUAGGCCUGCUGAUGAUGGAGGCAUGGAGAUCCUGGGCUACAUAAUUGAGAUGAUGAAGGCUGACGAAACAGAGUGGAAGAGGGUGAAUGAGGAGUUGGUAGCAGAAACCCAUUAUACGGCGACUGGCCUUCAGACAGGAGCUGAGUAUAAGCUCCGUGUUGCAGCUGUCAAUCACAUCGGAAGAGGUGAGGACAUGGAGACUUCAGAGCUUGCUCAGGCUGUUGACAGGCAAACACCACCACAGGUGGAUAUUGAUGCCUCCUUCAAGCAGACACACAUUGUUAAGGCUGGAGGUUCAGUGUGCCUGGCUGUACAAUUCAGAGGAAAGCCCAUUCCCACCGCCACCUGGGUGAAGGAAGAAGGAGAGCUGGGUGUCAUGUCGGAGAUAAUAACUACAGAGGGCAGCAGUUCUCUCAUCAUUGAAAACUGUUCAAGAAAUGAUACAGGCAAAUACACUGUUGACCUGGAGAAUGCCAGCGGCAGCAAGGCUAUUACUUUCAAUGUAAAGGUGAUGGACACUCCUGGAACUCCACAGAAUGUGGCCUUUAAGGAAGUAUCCAGAGGCUCAGUCACAAUCGUUUGGGAGCCUCCCCUUAAUGACGGUGGAGCACGAAUCUAUCACUAUAUUGUCGAAAGGCGCGAAGCUAGCCGCCGCACUUGGCAGCAGUCUGGUAGCAACUGCACUCGGCAUAUCAUGAAGAUCCAGGACUUGCUGGAGGGAGUGCCAUACUUCUUCAGAGUCUCUGCAGAGAACCAAUAUGGUGUGGGUGAGGCUUUUGAGAUGACUGAGCCCGUCACUGCCACUGCAGAGCCAGCAGCUCCAAAGAGACUGGACAUCCUUGACACCACAGACAGCUCUGUGUCACUGGGCUGGCUCAAACCAGAGCAUGACGGUGGUAGCCGCAUCCAGGGUUACACCAUAGAGGCUAAACCAAAGGGUACAGACAAAUGGGUAGUGAUUGGCAACACCAAGAAUCUCACCUACGAGAUGCAAAAACUCAACAAGGGUGAUCAGUAUGACAUCCGUGUGAAGGCUAAGAAUGAAGCCGGCUUCAGCAAACCCAGGGAAACUCUGACCCCUGUGCUCAUCAAAGAGCCUCAAAUUGAACCUGCUGCUGACCUCAGCGAGAUCACCGGCCAGCUCAUUACAUGCAGGUCUGGCAGCACCUUCACCAUCGAUGUUCCUAUUAGUGGUAGACCAGCUCCUAAAGUCACCUGGAAGCUAGAGGAGAUGAGGUUGAAAAAUUCUGACAGAGUUACCAUCAAAGUAUCAAAGGAUAGAGCCAGCAUCUCAGUCAAGGAGGCCAUGAGAGGUGAUGGUGGUAAAUACUACCUGACUCUGGAGAAUGUGACAGGAACCAAGACCUUCACCAUUGAAGUUAAUGUCACUGGUAGACCCAGUCCUCCUUCUGGACCCAUUGAAAUCUCAUCCAUCACCUCUGAGUCCUGUGUCGUUAACUGGGAACCACCAGAGGAUGAUGGUGGCACUGACAUUACCAACUACAUUGUGGAGAAGCGUGAGUCUGGCUCUACGGCCUGGCAGCUGAUCAACUCCAGCGUAAAGCGCACGACUCUCCAUGUUUCUCAUCUGACCAAGUACAUGCAGUACACAUUCAGGGUCUCCGCCGAGAACAGGUUUGGUGUCAGCAAGCACACUGAGUCUGAGACUAUUGUUGCAGAGCAUCCUUUCACACCUCCUGGCCCACCAACAAAGCCUGCAGUCUCCAACGUCACUGCCAACGCAAUGACCCUGCGAUGGGAAGAGCCCUACCAUGAUGGCGGCAGCAAGGUGACAGGUUACUGGAUUGAAAAGAAGGAGAGGAACAUUAUUCUGUGGGUGAGGGAGAACAAGAUCCCAUGCUUUGAGUGCUCCUACAGGGUGGAGGGCCUGAUUGAAGGUCUGGAGUACCAGUUCAGGAUUUAUGCCAUGAACAGUGCUGGGCUGAGCAAAGCCAGCGAGGCCUCCAAGGGAGCAGUGGCUCAAAAUCCUGUUGAUCCACCAAGUAAGCCAGAAGUCACAAAUGUCACCAGAACCACUGUGUCCCUCAAAUGGUCAUCUCCACUGAACGAUGGUGGCAGCCCAAUUGUUGGAUACAUCAUUGAGCGUAAGCCAUACACUGAGACUGGAGAAGGCCGUUGGCUCAAGUGUAACUACACUAAUGUGACAGACACUUUCUACACUGUUACUGCCCUUGGAGAGGGAGAGCCCUAUGAGUUCAGAAUCGUUGCCAAGAACGCCAACCAGGUCUUCAGCACACCCUCAGAGUCCACCGGCUCCGUGCAGUGCAAGAGUGAAUUUGAGCCUCCAAAGGCCCAGCUGGACAGCAAACUCAUGUCUGAAACUGUAAAGGUCAGAGCUGGUUCAGACCUGGUUCUGGAUGCUGCAGUGGGCGGCAGGCCUAGCCCCAAAGCUUCCUGGUCCAAAGGCAAAAAGGAGCUGGAGUUGUGUGAAAAAUACCACCUGCAGUACACAUCCACCAGGGCCAUGGCCAUCAUCAAGUUCUGUGACAGAGAUGACACUGGAAAGUAUAUCCUGACGGUCAGGAACGUGAGUGGAACCAAGACCGCUGAAGUCAAUGUCAAAGUGCUCGACACCCCUGGAGCGUGUGAAGGCAACAUCCAAAUCAGCAAGAUCACUGAAGAGUCGUGCACACUGAGCUGGAAGCCUCCUCUCGAGGACGGUGGCGACGAGAUCUCCCACUACAUCGUGGAAAGGCGCGACACCAACAGGCUCAACUGGGUUAUCAUGCAUGACGAAUGCAAGGAGCUGACCUGCAACAUCACAAGGUUGUUCAAAAAUACAGAGUACCUGUUCAGAGUCAAGGGAGUCAACAAGUAUGGAGCUGGAGUCCACAUCCAGUCGGAGCCCAUGAUCGCCAGAAACACUUUCACUGUGCCAAGUCCUCCUGGUGCUCCAGAGAUCAUAGCAUCUGGAGAGGACUUUGCCACCAUUGAGUGGCUGAAGCCAGAGAGUGAUGGUGGCAGCCCAUUGAUCCACUACCUGGUCGAGAGGCGUGAGAGGAAGAGUGCCCGCUGGGUGAAGGUGAACAGGGACGGAGCUCACCUGGACACGACUCUGAAGGUGUCUGGUUUGACUGAAGGCAACAUCUACCAGUUCAGAGUGACAGCCAUUAACAAGGCCGGAGAGAGCGAAGCCAGCGAGGUUUCUCUGUAUGUUGUCUGCAGAGUGCCAACAUGCACCCCUGCUCCUCCUUCGAUUCCUCGUAUCACCGACACUCACUCCGAAAGCAUUAGCCUGGCCUGGUCCCGUCCUUUGGAGGAUGGAGGUGCUGACGUGAUGGGCUACAUUCUGGAGAUGCAGGAAGCUGGAGCAGAGGAGUGGAAAAAGGCGCAUGAAAAGACCCUGCGAGCUGCAGAGCAUGUGGUGACCGGACUGUCAGCGGGUAAGAAGUACUGCUUCAGAGUGGCUGCCAUCAACAUCAACGGCACAGGAGACUUCAGUGAACCAUGUGCUGAGACAGAGCCAGUGGACAGAAUCGAAACUCCUGACUUUGAGCUCCAUGACGACCUGAAGAAGACCAUCUGCCUGCGUGCCGGUGGCUCCCUGCGCCUGUUUGUGAACGUCACGGGUCGUCCUGCUCCUGCCAUCACCUGGAGCAAGCCUGGUGUUGACCUCCACAACCGAGGUUUCAUUGACAUCAACACCACAUCCACCACACUCAUCAUUGAUAAGGUCCACCGCUACGAUGCCGGCAAGUACACGCUGGUAGCUGAGAACUCUGCCGGCAAACAGGAAGUUAGCAUUCUGGUCAAGGUCUAUGAUACUCCUGGACCAACUGGUCCAAUCAAGAUAAAGGAGCUGACCAAGGACUCUGCCACCAUCUCUUGGGAUGCCCCAGCUGUAGACGGCGGUGCUCCUGUCAACAACUACAUCAUCGAGAGGCGUGAGGCCUCCAUGAGAGCCUACAAGACUGUCACCUCCAAGUGCAGCAAGACUUCUUAUAAGAUUGAAGACCUGUUUGAGGGCAUGCUGUACUACUUCAGAGUCCUCCCCGAAAACAUCUACGGUAUUGGUGAGCCCUGUGAGACUCCAGACCUCAUCCUGGUGUGUGAGGUGCCUCUGCCACCACAGAAGCUGGAGAUGAUUGAUGUCACCAAGAGCACCGUCUCAUUGGGCUGGGAGAAGCCCGAGCACGAUGGUGGCAGCAGGUUAACAGGCUACGUCAUUGAGGCCUGUAGAGUCGGCACCGACAAGUGGAUGAAGGUGGCCACGCUGAAGAUAACCGACUUUGAGCACACCAUCGAGAAGCUAAAUGAGAAGGAGCAGUACUUGUUCAGAAUCAGGGCAGUCAACAGCAGAGGUGCCAGCGAGCCAAAGGAACUUGUUACAGCUGUUACCGUGCAGGAACAAAGAGUGAUGCCUAUGGUGGAUUUCUCCAGUAUUCCUCAGAAGGUUGUGAAUGUUCUGGCUGGAAAGACCCUGGAGCUGGAUCUGCCAAUCAUUGGCAGGCCUCCUCCCAAGUGUUUCUGGUACUUCAGCAACAACAGGAUAAAAGUCUCUGACCGCAUCAAGAUGACGAGUACCGGCAAGUUCUCUACACUGACCAUGUCGGACACCACCAUCGAUGACAGCGGUGACUACACCCUGGAGGUGAAGAACGCUGUUGGUGUCAUCUCUGAGGUCAUCAAAGUCGUCGUCCUAUCAAAACCCGAUGAACCAACAGGACCUAUCAGGAUUGAUGAGAUUGACGCCACGACCGUCACUUGCAGCUGGGAUCCUCCAGCCAGAGAUGGUGGUGCUCCCGUCAGUAGCUAUGUGGUGGAGCAGCGCGAUGCUCACAGACCAGGCUGGGUGCCCGUCUGCGACUCUGUCAGUAGACCAACCUUCAAGUUCGAGAACCUGAUUGAGGGAGAUGAGUAUGUCUUCCGCGCAGCUUCCGUAAAUCGCUAUGGCACCGGAGAUUUCCUGCAGUCUGAGAUUGUCACUUGUAGGAGCUUGAAAAACGUGCCUGGACCUCCUGGCCGACCAAUCAUCUUUGACUUUUCUCGUGAUGGCAUGACUGUGGCCUGGGAGCCACCAGAGGAAGAUGGCGGGCUUGAAGUUUCUGGAUACAUCAUUGAGCGCAAAGAAGUCAGGUCUGACAGAUGGGUGCGUGCCAACAAGAACCCCGUCACCAUGACUAGAUACAGGUCGAAUAAUCUGAUUGAAGGCCUGGAAUAUGAACACAGAAUCACUGCCAUCAAUGCCAGAGGAACGAGCAAACCAAGUCUGCCAUCCAAACCAGCGGUGGCAAGAGAUCCCAUCGAUCCACCCGGCUGUCCUCAGAACCCAAGAAUCACUGAUACUACUAAGACAUCCGUGUCACUUGCUUGGAGUCCUCCAGAUGAUGAGGGAGACGCAAGAGUGGAUGGUUACCUGAUUGAGAUGCAGAAGGUGGGCACCAUGACUUGGCUGAAGUGUAACACCACGCCAUCUCUGAUCUGUGAGUAUACGCUGACCAGCAUGCCUCAAGGAGAAGAAUUCAAAUUCCGUGUGAUGGCCUGCAACGCUGGUGGCUCUGGGGAGCCUGCCGAGGUGCCAGGAACUGUCACGGUCACUGAGAUGCUCGAAUCUCCUGAUUGUGAACUAGAGCUGAAAUACAAAGACGUGUACGUAGUCCGCCAGGGAGGAGUGGUUAGACUCUCUGUUCCCAUCAAGGGCAAACCUCUCCCAACCUGCAAGUGGUUGAAGGACAGCGGUGUCGUCGCCGCCAGGGCCAUGAUCGCCUCCACCGAGAACACCAGUGAGCUGGUGAUCAAGGGAGCUGAGAGGAGUGACUCUGGUAUCUAUGACCUCCUGCUCGAAAAUAGGGUUGGUAAGAAGAAGACCCAAAUCAAGGUGAAGGUAAUCGGCCGCCCGGGCGCUCCAGACGGACCAAUGGUCUUUGAGGAGAUCCAGGCCAGCUCUGUUAAGGUGACCUGGAAGGCGCCCACUGAUGACGGCGGCGCAGAGAUCCUGGGUUACAUCGUGGAAAGGAGAGAGGCUACUAGAAACGCCUGGUACACGAUAGACUCCAGAGUGACUGACACUCAGCUGGUUGUCAAGGGUCUGAAGGAGGGAACCGAGUACCACUUUAAGGUCACAGCUGAAAACUCCUUUGGGGUCAGCGCCUCUCUGAAGUCUGAGCAGCCACUGGUGCCCAAAACUCCACUCUGUCCCCCUGAGCCUUCAAGCACCACACCAGAGAUCAUGGAUGUUACAAAGAGCUCUGUGGCACUGGCCUGGUCCAGACCAAAGGACGAUGGUGGUUCUGCCAUCACUGGCUACUUUGUUGAGUAUAAGGAGGUGUCCAGUGAGACGUGGUCCCGCCACCAGACCAAGGUUACCUCCACCAUGUUUACUCUGCCUGGACUCACCCCUGACACAGACUUCCAGUUCCGCAUCAUUGCUGUCAACGACAUUGGUGAGAGCGGUGCUGGUCCUGUGUCUGACCCAGUCACAUGCAAAGAUCCAUUCGACAAGCCAAGCCAACCAGGCGAGAUUGACACAGUUAAUGUCACACACAACUUCAUCACUAUCCGCUGGCAAGCUCCAGAGUGUGAUGGUGGAAAGGAGGUCCUGGGCUACUGGGUGGAGUACAGGAAGUCCACAGAGAGCACCUGGAAGAAGUGCAACAAGCAGAGGCUGAAGGCAAUGGAGUUCACCAUACCUGCAUUGGCUGAGGCCACCGAGUAUGAGUUCAGAGUGUUUGCCGAGAAUGAGACCGGAAUGAGCAGACCUCGUAGGACUGCCACAUGCGUCAAGACCAAACUGAUCGUUGAAACAAAACCAAGCUUGAGAAAGGAAAUGGAUGAAGUAACUACCAAGCUUGGACAGCCUGCCGUCAUGAAGUGCCAGAUUAUUGGCAGACCUGUUCCUGAAAUCAAGUGGUACCACAGCGGCAAAGAGAUUGUCGAAUCUCGCAAGUACGAGUUGAGCUCUGACGGCCGCAACCACUCCCUUUCCAUCAUGACUGACCAACAGGAGGAUGAGGGAGAGUACACUUGCAAGGCCAUUAAUGAUGCUGGAGAGGCUGAAUCCACAGGAAUCCUAGUAUUGGAGGCUGCUUCCUCUUUCCACCCCGACUACCCGCUGAAGGACACCUACUAUGCCGGCCUUGGAACUACCCUGCGUGUCCAUGCUGUCUAUAUUGGACGUCCUCAACCAAAGAUCAUGUGGCUCCACGGAGCAAAGACUCUCGAGAGCACAGAGGAUAUCAGCAUCGAGACCACAGAACACUACACUCACCUAGUCAUUAAGAACGUGCAGCGUAGAAUCCAUGGAGGCAAAUACAGAAUCAGACUACACAACCACUUUGGCAGAGCAGACACUAUGUUCAAGGUUGAAAUCUACGACAAACCUGAUAUACCUCAGGGCCCCAUUAUCCUGGACGCCCUCCUGAAGAACUCUGUCAUCAUCAGCUGGAAGGCUCCAAUGGACGACGGAGGCUGCAUGAUUACCAACUACAUCGUGGAGAAGCGCGAAGACAAGGAGGGCGCUGAGUGGGAAUUGGUGUCAUCAUCCAUUAAUGGCACAUCUUGCCGCGUGCCCAACCUAAUUGACAGUGCUGGAUACUUCUUCCGUGUGUAUGCCCAGAAUCGGUAUGGCAACAGCGAGCCAUUGGAGCUCACUUCACCUAUCCUUAUCAAGAGCCAACUGGAAAAACCAUCACCACCUCUGUCACCAGUUGUUUCUGGAAUCACCAAGGACUCUUGUGUGGUUUCCUGGAGACCUCCACUCAGCGAUGGUGGCUCCAAGAUUAAGAGCUAUUGCCUAGAAGAGAAACACAAGAAGGAUAAGAAGGAAUGGACAGAAUGGACUCCGGUGACCACAGAUGAGAUCAAACAGACAGUGUUCUCUGUCAAGCAUCUGACCGAGGGCAUUGAGUACAUCUUCCGAGUUAAGUGUGAGAACCUCGGAGGCCAAAGUGACUACAGUGAGGAGACCGCUCCUAUUGUUCCAGCCACAGCCGUUGACAUCCGUGCUCCUGCCUUCAAGGAGGAGCUGAGGAACAUGAGCGUCAAGUACAAGAGCAAUGCUACCCUUGUCUGCAAGAUCACAGGACAGCCCAAGCCUGUCAUUAAAUGGUUUAGACGAGGAAAGGAGAUCCACUCUGAUGGAAAGAAGAUCAAGAUUCAAGAAUUCAAGGGAGGCUACCAUCAGCUGGUCAUCACUGAGGCUGAUGAUGAAGACUCCACUGUAUACCAGAUCAGGGCCACCAACCAGGGAGGCGCCAUCUGUGCUACAGUCUCUCUGGAUGUUGAAAUCCCUGCCAAGAUCAACCUGCCCAAGAACCUGAAGGACAAGGAAGCCAUCCCUGCCCUGCGUGGAGAAGUAGUCAACAUCAAGAUUCCUUUCACUGGCAAACCAGAUCCUGUCAUCACAUGGCAGAAGGGACAAGAUCUUAUUGACAGCAAUGGCCACUAUCAGGUCAUUGUCACCAGAUCAUUCACGUCUUUGGUGUUCACCGGAGUGGAGAAGAAGGAUGCUGGUUUCUAUGUCGUCUGUGCCAAGAACAGAUUCGGCAUUGAUCAACAGACAGUUGAACUGGAUGUGGCUGAUGUGCCUGAUCCUCCACGUGGUAUCAAAGCCAGCGAUAUCUCCAGAGACUCUGUCACACUUAACUGGGUGGCCCCAGCAAAUGAUGGCGGCAGCAAGGUGAUCAGUUACAUCAUUGAGAAGUGCCCCACUACUGCUGAGAGGUGGCAGCGUGUUGCCCAGUCACGUGACACCCACUACACUGUUAUCAAUCUAUUUGGAGGAACCAGCUAUCAGUUCAGAGUCAUCGCUGAGAAUAAGUUUGGACAGAGUGCUCCAUCUGAGACCAGCGGGCCUGUUAUGACCAAGGAGGAUAAAUCCAGAGUUCUGCUCUAUGACAGGGAGGUUGAUGAUAGUGACCAUGUCCCCAAGGGCAAGGCUCAACACUCUGAUGCAAAGAAUAUGCACAACAAAUAUGCAAUUGCAGAAGAAUUGGGCAGAGGGCAGUUUGGCAUUGUUCACCGCUGUGUUUCCAUUAGCUCUGAGAAGACCUACAUGGCCAAAUUCAUCAAGGUGAGAGGUUCCGAUCAAGCAAUAGUCAAGAAGGAAAUUGCGUCACUAAAUGUGGCCAAACACACUAACUUCCUCCUCCUCCAUGAAUCAUUUGAAAGCCCAGAGGAGCUAGUGAUGAUCUAUGACUUCAUCUCAGGUGUCGACAUCUUUGAGCGUCUCAACGUAGCUGAGUUUGAACUUAAUGAGCGCGAGAUUGUUAAUUACUUGAGGCAGAUAUGCUCAGCUAUAGAGUUCUUGCAUGAGCAGAGCUACGGACACUUUGAUAUCAGGCCUGAGAACAUUGUGUACACAUCUAGAACCAGCUCUACUGUAAAGAUUAUUGAGUUGGGCCAGGCCAGACACAUGACUCCUGGAGACCAAAUCAAGAUUCAGUAUACCACUGCAGAGUACGCUGCUCCUGAGAUCCACCAGUGCGACAUGGUUAGCACUGUCACUGACAUGUGGCCUAUUGGUGUCCUUGCAUAUGUGCUCAUUAGUGGACUUAAUCCAUUCACUGCUGAAACCAACCAACAGAUGAUUGACAACAUUUCCAAUGCAGUCUACAGCUAUGAUGAUGAAUGCUUCAAGCAGGUCAGUGUUGAGGCAUUAGACUUCACAGACCGCCUGAUGACAAAGGAACGUAAGCACCGUAUGACUGCUGCUGAGGCUCUGGCACAUCCUUGGCUGACCAAAUCCACAGAGGAGCUCAGCACCAGAGCAAUAAAUACUAGCAGGCAUAAGAGAUACUACCAGCACAUGGUGAGGAAGGAGUGGAACACUGUCAUCUCUGCAGCCCGUGUGGCCAGCGGCGGCUCCAUCAGGUCCCAGCGUGGCGUAUUUGUUGCCAAGGUGAAGAUUGCUCCAUUUGAACACGGUCCAAUUGGUGGCCAGAUUAACCAUGCAGUAGUGAAGGAGGGAGACAGUGUCAAAUUCAUCUGCAACAUUGAAAACUAUGACAGCGCCACUGAAGUGACAUGGUACUGUGGUGUCAGGCAGCUUGAAGCUGGUGACAAAUAUGAAAUUGAAUAUGAUGAAGGCCUGGCUGUAAUCAGCAUCAACAAGGUCACAAGGGCAGAUGACGGCACGUACAGGUGUAAGAUUGUGAAUGAGUAUGGUGAGGACAGUGCCUAUGCAGAACUGUUCGUCAAUGGUGUCAGAUCUUAUCGUGACUUCUUCACUGCUCGUGUGGUCAAGAAGAUAAAGCGCAGAGUUGAUGCAGCCAGAAUGCUUCAGAAGCCACCAGAGUUCACCCUUCCUCUGGUCAACCGUACAGCCUACAUGGGAGAGGAUGUCCGUUUAUCCGUCACCAUCACUGUUCACCCUGAGCCUCGUGUUACCUGGCUCAAGUCUGGACAGAAGCUCAUCCCUGGAUACGAUGAAAGAAAACACACCUUCAUCAGUGACAAGGGCCUGUACCAGCUGAUUAUACACAGCCUGGACGAUGAUGAUGACGCUGAGUACAGUGUUGUGGCCCGCAACAGGUAUGGUGAUGACAGCUGCAAGGCUCGUCUUACCGUUGUUCCCCGACCUAAACCAGCAGACCUCACCCUGAGGCCCAUGUUCAAACGUCUGCUUGCAAAUGUUGAAUGCAGGGAGGGCCAGAACGCGCGAUUUGAAAUUAGAGUAUCUGGUCAUCCCGAACUCAAGUGGGAGAAAGAUGGCACUCCUAUAGCCUUUGGACCAUCUAUUGAGCUUGUCCAUGAGGGUCUGGAUUAUUUCAUUCUCCACAUCAAAGAGACUCUCUGUGCAGACUCAGGCGUCUACAGAGUAACUGCUACCAAUUCCGCUGGAUCUGCCAGUUGCCAGGCCACACUCAGAGUAGAGCCCUACAUUCAAAUAAAGAGGGAGCAUGAGCCCACUGAAAAGGAGAAACAAAGAAUGGCCGGCAAGGAGAAACUGGACAAAAAGGUGAGGCUGUCUCAGAUUUUGAGUGGCACUGUUGUCAUGCCUCUACCACCCGCAGCAAUAGCAGCUGUCAGAGAAGCAGCCACCAUGUUCAAACCUGCUGUCACAACUAAGAAGGGUGAGAAGACUGAGGCAGAGAUACAGAAAGAAAAGGAAGAGAGGAAGAAGCGGGCAGAUGAGAAGAGGCUGCGUAUGCCCUACAUUGUCCCUGCUCCUCGUGUCAUUAACCCAGUUGUUCUUGAGGAGGAUGUGGAAAUAAAACACUUCAAGCCCCUCUCUGACAUGAAGUGGUAUAAGAAACUGCGGGAUCAGUAUGAGUUCCCUGAACCCAUGGAAAAAAUUAAGCAGAAGAGGAUGAAGCGUAUUCGCCUCUCCAGGUGGGAACAGUUCUAUGAGGUGCCUGUUAGGAUCAAGGACCACUAUAAACCUAGGUGGCGCAUCUCAUCCAUGACUCAGGAUGAUUUGGAGACAGUGAGGCCUGCAAGGCAACGUACUCCUUCCCCUGAGUUGGAGGCCUACCAUAGGAUCAGGAGGAGAUCUCUGGGUGACCUGUCAGAUGAGGAGCUGCUGCUGCCUGUGAAUGAGUAUCUGUCUAUGAAGAGAACUGAGGAGGAGAGGCUUCGUCUGGAGGAAGAGCUGGAGCUUGGUUACUCUGCAUCUCCGCCUAGCCUCAGCCCUGUUCGCUUUGAGUUGUCUGCUCUGCGUCCUUCAUCACCUGCAAGAGUCUACAGUGAUGAAGAAGAGGGAGAAGAGAUCCACAGAUAUGACUCCUAUCGAAUCCCUUCUAAAUAUGAGGCUGGACCAAGUUUCGUUGAGCUCCGCGAGCGUCAUGACAAGACCACAUACAAACCUCCAAGACAGAAGCAGAGAGUGUAUGAAGAAAGAGAAGAUCAGGAACUGCUGCGCCCACACACUACUACUCAGAGAAUCUCCACUUACAAGGGUGCACUUAAACGCAUGGAGUUUGAGGAGAAGACUCGAAUCUCCAGAAAGGAAAAAACAGUCUCUGUUUCAACAGUCUCUGAGGGCAUUGAAUCUGAGCACCUGACCACAAUUACUUCCAAAUUUAUUCCUAAACCAAUCAAGAAACUCCCAAUGCCAGAACCAGAGAGGAGGAGAUCUCCUACCCCAGAAAAGACUGUCAAAGCAGAAGUGGCCCUCCCUAAAGUUGACUAUAUGUCCAGGUAUGAGGAGAGGAAGCAGACUCUGAGAUCAGAGAGGAAGUCAAUGGAGAGGAAGGUGGAGGUAGUGACACAGGGUCACUUUAGCCUUGACCAUGCCCCACGUAUAACCAUCAGGAUGCGAUCUCAUCGCGUUCCAUACGGCACCCACACAAGGUUCACCCUGAAUGUCCAGUCCAAACCUGAGUCUGAGGUGAAGUGGUACCACAAUGGAAAAGAGAUUCAUCAGAGUGGCAAAUACCACAUGAGCAACAUCAGUGGAGUUCUGACUCUCCAGAUCAUCAACUGUCUGACUGAAGAUGCUGGCACUUACCGUGUGGUCUGCAAGAACGCCAAAGGAGAGACUUCUGACUAUGCCACAUUGGAUGUAGCAGGAGAAGAAUAUGCUGCCUUCUCUUCAUUCCGCAAAGAUGAGGAACCUCCAUCCUCCCAUCUCCCAGAAAUGACCAGAACAGAGGUGUAUCACGUCUCCUCCUCUAAGACAACAGUGAAGGAGACAGUGAGUGAAACAAUGAAAGAAACCACGACUGUUGUUGAGACGCCAAGGGUGAAGCCUAGUGUCCCUGCCAAGAUCCUGACCAAACCAGUGUCCUUGACUGUGGAGGAGGGAGAUAUUGCCAGAUUUGAGUGUGAUGUAGAUGGUGAACCAGCACCUUCUAUAACCUGGCUGCAUGAAGGAACAGUACUUGGUUCCUCUGUACGUCAUCACAUUGUCUCUACCCUUUACAACUCCUCCUUUGAGAUCUCUGCUGUUGAGAUGUCCGAUGAAGGUAGCUACACCCUGGUUGUGGAAAAUGCUGGCAGCAAACAAGAAGCACAUUUCACUCUGACCAUCCGCAAGUCUGAGACCAAGGAGGAAGUAGUUGCCCCUGCCAGAGUCAUCUCUCCAGAGGCCAAGUCCCCUGAACCGAUCAAAUCUCCUCAGAGAGUCAAGUCCCCUGAGCCGAUCAAGUCACCUCAGAGAAUCAAGUCUCCAGUCUCACCAAAAUCCCCAACACCAAAGUCCCCCACUCCAAAAUCCCCAACACCAAAGUCCCCCACUCCAAAAUCCCCAACACCAAAGUCCCCCACUCAUAAAUCACCAACGCCAUCUGAGAAGGAACGAGUCACUUCUCCAAUCAGGUCACCAAAGAGAGUGAUGUCACCAACUCUUGAAAAGAAGCCAACCUUCUCUGUCAGGCUGAGUGACGUCACUGCAACCUCUGACUCUAUUGUCAAACUCUCAGUGAAGGUGACAGGAGAGCCCAAACCUGUAAUCUCGUGGAUGAAGGAUGGAAAGGCUCUGUCUGAGGGUGGGAAAUACGAAAUCUUUGAAGAGUAUGGCUCUGCACAUCUUGAGAUCUAUGAAUCAGAGGUCUCUGAUACUGGGGUGUACAAGUGCACAGCUACCAACAGUGCUGGAGCAGUGUCAACGAGCUGCACAGUCACUGUGCGAGCCUCCAUAAGCUCCACAACAAAAGCUGAUAUCUCAGAGGAGGUCAUGAAAAAGGAAAUGGUACAUGAGGAAGUCCUGUCCUCUGUGAAAGAGGUUACGUCCUCCCAUAGCCAGAUGUCCGUUACAGAGGGCCAGUCUCUGACUCUGAGGGCCAACAUCCCCGGGGCCUCCAACAUCAGAUGGAUCCUGAACGGGCUCGAAUUGGCCAACUCAGAGCAAUACAGAUACGGAGUGUCUGGACAUGAUCAAACCUUGACCAUCCGGUCGGUCAGCCAGCGUGAGCAGGGGAUCCUCACAUGUCAGGCUCAAACAGAGCACGGCCUGGUCAGGUGUCAGUUUGACACCACAAUCACAGCCGGGCCCUCAGAUGCACCUUACUUCCUGGUGCAGCCCAGGUCCCAGAAUGUGAAUGAAGGACAAAAUGUGAAAUUCACCUGCGAGAUUGCAGGAGAGCCAACCCCUGAAGUGGAGUGGUUUAAAGACAACAUGACCAUAUCAGUCACAUCUGGCAUGAAAAUGAGCCGCUCUAAGAAUCAGUACACUCUGGAGAUAUGUGAAGCCACGGUUGCAGACAGUGGGAAAUACACAAUAAAAGCAAAAAAUCAGUCCGGACAGUGCUCUGCAACAUCCUCCCUCAACGUCCUCACUCUUGUUGAAGAACCAACAAAAAUGGUUAUUGUGGAGCAAAGAGCUUCUACUGAUGCUGCUGCCAGCAUUCAGAGUUUCUCAGCCUCGUCAGCUUCCAUGCAGGCCGGCAGUUACAGCAGCAGCUCCCGCUCUGCUGCUGCCGGGUAUUCGUUUGAGAGCAUGUCUGCAACUAGCAUGUCUGCCAUGAUGUCAGAGUCAAUGGUUUCCAUGAGCUCCAGCAGCCAAAUGAUGGAAAUGUCUUCUCACUCGCAUGUCGAGGCUGCCUCCUCGUUGAGGGCCCUCACCGCAGGGGGUAAAAGAGGCACUCCACCAAAGAUCGAAGCUCUUCCAGAGGAAGUCAGUGCCGAGCCGGGGAAGUCACUGACGGUAGCAGGAAUGUUCUCUGGAGACCCCGCCCCCUCGGUGCAGUGGGUCCGCUUAGGUCGGACCCUCCCGAACGGGGACGAGAGGUACCACGUGGAGAACGCCGAUGACCUCUCCACCCUCGUGAUCUCUGCGGUGAAGGAGGACGACGCCGGAGCGUACACCCUGCGACUGUCCAACGAGCUCGGAUCCGACUCUGCAACCGUCAACAUUCACAUUCGGUCCAUGUAAA